CAGCCUUGUGGAAACAAGCUGCCGACCAUCAUGUCAACACAAGCACCAACGUUCACACAGCCGCUACAGAGCGUCGUGGCACUAGAGGGUAGUGCCGCCACGUUCGAGGCUCAAGUUAGUGGUUCUCCAGUUCCUGAGGUGAGCUGGUUCCGUGAUGGCCAGGUUCUUUCCGCCGCCGCUCUGCCCGGCGUUCAGAUCUCGUUCAGCGACGGCCGCGCUGUUCUGAGGAUCCCCGCUGUGACCGCCGCACACAGCGGAAGAUUUUCUGUCAGAGCCACCAACGGCGCUGGACAAGCCACAAGCACCGCCGAACUCCUCGUUACAGCGGAGACGGCGCCUCCCAGCUUCCUACAGAGACUGCAGAGCUCCACAGUGAGACAGGGCAGCCAGGUGAGGCUGGAUGUCCGAGUCACAGGUAUCCCCGAACCUGUGGUCAAGUUCUACAGAGAGGGAGCCGAGAUCCAGAGCUCGGCCGACUUCAGGAUCCUCCAGGAGGGAGACCUGUAUAGUCUGCUGAUCGCUGAGGCCUUCCCAGAGGAUUCUGGGACGUAUUCUGUGACCGCUACCAACAGCAGUGGACGGGCCACCUCCACCGCAGAACUGCUGGUUCAGGGUGAAGAAGCCGUUCCAGCAAAGAAAACCAAGACAGUGAUUUCAACCUCUCAGAUUUCACAAUCCCGUCAGACCAGAGUGGAAAAGAGGAUGGAGGCCAGUUUCCAGGCCUCCGCCAUGAUGCAGAUGCAGGUGGAGGGCGCCGAGCUGACUCAGCAGCUGGCUCACAAGACUCCACCCAGAGUGCCUCCAAAACCCACAUCCAAGUCCCCGACCCAGCACUCGCUGGUCGCCAAGGUGACCGGAGGACGGCAACAGUCACCAUCACCUGUCAGACACGUGAAGGCGCCCACGCCCACACCAGUCAGGCCUGCCUCUCCCACUUCAAGACUCUCAGUCUCCCCAAUCAGGCCGGUCAAGUCUCCCAUCACCACGCGCAAACAGGUGGUUGUCGGCGCCGAUGUCCUGCCACCCUGGAAGCAGGGAGACUACAUGGCCGAGGCCAGCUACACCAGCAUGACCAGUAUGACCAGUAUGACCAGCAGCACUGUCACCCAGCUGGGCCAGGAGCAGCACUGGGAGCAGCAGGUCACCGGGGUCAAAGAGGCUGGGGGAGGGAAAAGAGCCGGGGCAGUGGCCAAAGUGGUUGCCGCCGUUGACCUGGCUCGUGUACGUCAGCCCGUGCAUGUCGAGGGCGGUCGAGCUGAAGAGGAGGAGGCCGUGGAGGCAGAAUUAAGGCAGCAGGGCAUCGCCGCCGCUGCCCACCAAUAAACACAGAAACAAGAUUUACUUUUAUUCAGAAUCUUCUUGUUGUAACGCUCUUGUGAACUCUGUUGGUUACUCCAGAUUCAGAGAGCGACAGAAAUCUCCUCCCACGUGGACACUGGUCUCGCCCCGUCCCCAGUUCCACAUUUCACAGUUUCUAAAGUUUCUGUCCCAAAACCUGAAUCUAGCUCUGAGGUUUCCAUCGCUGGCUCAGCCAUCGCCACUCUGCAGAAAGAGUUAUCUUCAUCCUCCGCCGCGGCUAGAAAGAUCAUCAGGCCUGUCAAGUCUCCCAGUCCAUGUAGAGUGGCAGAGACCAGAGUGACGCCAGAGCCCAUCCCUCCACCGUUCAAAGACUUCUCUGAAAAAUAUCAAAGUCGUCUUGGCACUGAGUUACAGAGGGGGGUGGUGAGCUCGGGGGGCAUGGAGAGAGUAUAUGAGGACUGGGCAGUCCAGGUGGUGGAAGCAGCAGCUGUACCUUCUGCAGGUGAUGGCGUGGUCCCACCCACACUGAUGUCUGGCUUGAAAAACACAAAUGUGACAGAGGGUGAGUCAGUGACCUUGGAGUGCCAGAUCAGUGGUCACCCCGCUCCCGUCAUCAUGUGGUUCAGAGAGGACUACAAGAUCGAGACCUCCAUUGAUUUCCAGAUCAGCUAUGAGAGUGGAUUUGCCCGGCUGGUGAUCCGUGAAGCAUUCGCUGAAGACAGCGGACGCUUUACCUGCACCGCCACUAAUGAGGCGGGAACCGUCAGCACCUCCUGCUACCUGCUCGUCCAGGUGUCUGAGGACAUCGAGAGCAGAGAGGAGAUCACUAUCGUCACCGAACAUGUUGAAACUGCUCAAGAGAAACUAGUAACCGAAGAAGCCAAACAAGAAACCAUGUCUCAGGUGAGCGUGGCCGAGUCAGAUGCUGCUGCCGCUGCUCCCUUUUUCAUCAAGAAACCUACUGUUCAGAAGCUGGUGGAGGGAGGAAGUGUUAUAUUUGAAUGCCAGGUCGGCGGAAGCCCAAAACCACACAUCAUCUGGAAGAAGAGUGGCGUACCGCUCACUACCGGAUACAGAUACAAAGUUGCCUACAAGAAGGAGACUGGAGAGUGCAGGUUAGAGAUCUCCAUGACCUUCGCUGAUGACGCCGGAGAAUACUCUGUGUUUGCCAAGAACCAGCUUGGAGAAGUCUCAGCCUCCAUCAAUCUGCUGGAGGAAGAGGAAUACGAAGCCUACAUGAAGAAAGAGGAAGCAUCUUUUAAGACUGAAGUGACAGCCAUGGUGCAGGAGCCCACAGUGGGAGACGUUCCCCCAGUUGUUGUUACAACCAUGGAGCAGAUGACCACUACCAUUAUCUCAGGACAGGAAUUCCAUCUUUCUGCUAUCGAGCAGAGGAUAAUCCAAGAGAUUGAGCUCCGCAUCAUGAAGAUUACCUACAGAGAGAUAGUGACAGAGGAUGGAGAGUUGAUGGUGACCGCUGCCCCCACAGAGGCCAUGCAGCCCGCCUUCGACACUCCUGUCAAAAACUACAGGAUCAUGGAAGGAAUGGGCGUCACUUUCCACUGCAAGAUGGCUGGAAUGCCGCUGCCCAAGAUUGUUUGGUACAAAGACGGCCAGCGCAUCAGAGCUGGCGACCAUUACCAGAUGGAAGUUCUUCAGGAUGGACGAGCCAGCCUUCGCUUGCCCGUCGUUUUGCCUGAGGAUGAGGGCGUGUACACCGCCUUCGCUACCAACUUGAAAGGAAAUGCCGUCAGCUCUGGAAAGCUCUACGUGGAGGCGUCUGGAGCUGCACCACCUCAAAGAUACACACCACAGCCAGCAGUGCAGAGGAUAAGGUCCACAUCUCCUCGUUCUCUGAGCCGCUCUCCUGGUCGCUCCUCCAGCCGUUCACCUGGACGUUCUCCGGCCCGCCGGCUUGAUGAGACAGAUGAGGCUCAGUUGGAAAGACUCUACAAACCUGUGUUUGUCAUGAAGCCCUCCUCAUAUAAAUGCUCUGAGGGGCAAACAGCCAGGUUCGACCUGAAGGUCGUCGGCAGACCAAUGCCCGACACAUACUGGUUCCACAACGGACAACAAGUGGUUAGCGACUACACGCACAAGAUAGUGGUUAAAGAGGACGGUACUCAGUCAUUGAUCAUUGUCCCAGCCAUGCCACAAGACUCUGGAGAGUGGACGGUUGUGGCUCAGAACAGAGCUGGACGCUCAUCCCUCUCCGUCACUCUCACAGUUGAUGCUAAAGAAACUUUGGUGCGACCCCAGUUCACUGACAAGCUGAGGAACAUCAGUGUAAAGCAGGGAACUCUGGUUGAACUGGCUGUUAAAGCCAUUGGAAACCCCCUGCCUGAUAUUGUCUGGCUGAAAAAUAGUGACAUUAUCACACCACACAAGCAUCCAAACAUCAGAAUUGAAGGAACCAGAGGAGAGGCCAAAUUCCAGAUUCCCUCAGCAGCUGGCUCAGACAGUGCCUGGUACACAGCUACAGCCAUUAACAAGGCUGGUAGAGACACGACUCGCUGCAGAGUCAACGUUGAGGUGGACUAUGCUGAACCCGAACCAGAGAGGAAGCUCAUUAUUCCCAAAGGAACCUACAAAGCCAAAGAAAUCACUCCUCCAGAGGUAGAGCCUCUUCAUCUACGAUACGGUCAAGAGCAGUGGGAGGAGGGCGACCUUUACGACAAAGAGAAGCAGCAGAAACCGCUGUUCAAGAAGAAGCUGACCUCUGUUCGCAUGAAGCGUUUCGGUCCAGCUCAUUUUGAGUGCAGACUGACCCCUAUUGGUGACCCCACCAUGGUGGUGGAGUGGCUGCAUGAUGGCAAACCCCUGGCAGCUGCUAACAGGUUGCGCAUGGUCAAUGAAUUUGGCUACUGCAGCCUUGACUAUGAAGUUGCUUACGCUAGAGACAGUGGCGUUAUCACCUGCAGAGCCUCAAACAAGUUUGGAGUCGACCAGACCUCGGCCACCCUGAUCGUCAAGGAUGAGAAGGGUCUUGUUGAGGAAUCACAGCUUCCUGAAGGCAGGAAGGGAGCACACAGAAUUGAUGAGAUUGAGCGCAUGGCUCAUGAGGGAGGACCCUAUGGAGUCACUGCUGAAGAAGAAACUGAGAAACUGAAACCUGAGAUUGUACUUCUUCCUGAACCAGUCAGUGUUAUGGAGGGCGACAUUGCACGAUUCCGCUGCAGAGUGACCGGUUAUCCAGCACCCAAGGUUAACUGGUACCUCAAUGGACAACUUAUUCGUAAAAGCAAGAGAUACAGACUUCGUUAUGACGGUAUUUACUAUAUGGAAAUCACUGAAAUCAAAUCCUAUGAUUCAGGAGAGGUCAAAGUCAUGGCAGACAACAACCUGGGCUCAGCGGAGCACACUGUGAAGCUGGAGAUUAAGGAGAAAGAGGACUUCAGAACUCAUCUGCGCCGUGCUCCUGAGGCUAAGGCAGCUGAGGCUGCACCUGAGCUUGGAAAAACGACAUUCGAGGUGGUGAAGGCUGAGAAACAUGCAGAGGAUUCUCACCUGAAAGAGGUGGUCAAGCUCAAGAAAGCCCAUAGAAUCGUCCAUGAGAAAGCCACAGAGGAGACUGAGGAGCUGAGGAGCAAGUUCAAGCGCAGGACCGAGGAGGGCUAUUACGAGUCCAUCACCGCGGUGGAGCUUAAGUCACGUAAGAGGGAUGAGUCCUAUGAGGAUCUGCUGAAGAAAACAAAGGAGGAGCUGCUCCAUCGUGCCAAGGAAAAGGAGGAGGCUGAGAAGAAGAAGGAGGAGGAGCGCCUCAAACUUACAGCUAAACCUCUAAAACCAGAGAGGGUCAAACUCUCAGCCAGUAUGGAAGCUCCAAAGAUCCUUGAACGUAUUACAAGCCAGACAGUUGCACAGGGUGACGAAGUCAAGUUCAGAGUCAGAGUCAUCGGCAGACCAGAACCUGAGUGUCAGUGGUUCAAGAAUGGUGUUCAGUUGGAGAAGUCUGAUCGUAUUUACUGGUACUGGCCUGAGGAUCACGUGUGUGAACUGGUGAUCAGGAAUGUCAGAGCUGAGGAUUCUGCUAGCAUCAUGGUCAAAGCUUCAAACACUGCUGGAGAGACUUCAAGCCAUGCUUUCCUGCUAGUUCAAGCAAAGCAAGUCAUCACCUUCACACAGAAGCUGGAUGACAUCAACGCCAAGGAGAAGGACACCAUGGCUACCUUUGAGUGUGAGACCAACGAGCCUUUUGUCAAGGUCAAAUGGCUGAAGAACAAUGAGGAGAUCUUCUCCGGAGACAAAUACAGGAUGCAUUCUGACAGAAAGGUUCACUUUCUGUCUGUUCUGAUGAUUAACAUGAGGGACGAUGCAGAAUAUACCUGUGUGGUCAUAGAUGAUGACGUCAGGACCACUGCUAAGCUUAAUGUUGAAGGAGCUCCCCUGGAGAUACUUAAGCAGCUGGAGAGCACAGAGGUGCCAGAGACAUACUCCGGAGAAUUUGAGUGUCUUGUGUCUCGUGAGGAUGCAGAAGGCAGCUGGUUCUUUGGAGAAAAGCUGAUCUCUCCCAGCAGUAAAUACGUCAUGUCCUCCCGUCGUGGAAGACACACCCUGUCUGUCAAAGACGUCAAGAAGGAGGACCAGGGAAAAUAUACCUUCAAAGUGGGCGAGUUCAAGACAAGUGCCUCACUCAAGAUGAAAUUGCGUCCAGUAACCCUGAUGCAGCCUUUGACAGACCUGACGGUCUGUGAGGGCGACAUUGCUCAGUUGGAGGUGAAGUUCUCCCAGGAGAAUGUUGAAGGAACAUGGAUGAAGAAUGGGCAGCCUGUCACAGCCUCCAACCGUGUCCACAUCGUUAUCGACAGACAGAUCCACAAGCUCCUGAUUGAAGACACCCACAAGGACGACUUUGGAAUGUACUCAUUUGUUGUUCCUGCUCAGGAGAUCUCAACCUCUGGAAAGCUGGUCAUUCAAACUAUCGGUGUACUGGUGCCACUGAAGGACACUAAAGCCAUUGAGGGCACCAAGGCUGUCUUGGAGACCAAGAUCUCUGCUCAGGACAUCAGCUCGGUCAAAUGGUACCACAAUGACCAACUGCUGACACCCAGUGACCGAAUCCAGAUGGUGGCAAAGGGAGCCAAGCAGCGUCUGGUCUUCAACAGGACCUAUGCCUCAGAUGAAGGACACUAUAAACUGGUUGUUGGCCGAGCCGACACCAGCUGCAAAUUUACUGUUGAGACUGUCCAGAUCGUGACCCCAAUGAAGGACAAGGAGUGCUCUGAGUCUGAGAAUGUCAACUUUGAAGUCGAGGUUUCUCACCCGGGCAUUGAUGCCUUCUGGACCUUCAAAAGGCAGCCGCUCAAAGCUGGCGCCAAGCAUAAGAUGGAGUCCAAGAACAAACGCCACACCCUGACAGUCAUGAAUGCAAUGAAGGAUGAGGAGGGCGAGUACAUGUUCGCAGCUGGUGAGAAGAUGUGCAGUGCUUCUCUCACUGUAACAGGUGGUGCUAUCAGGAAGCCUCUCCGUGAUUUGGUGGUGGCUGACUCCCAGACUGCCAUGCUGGAGUGUGAAGUAGCCAACCCGUCUGCAGAGGGCAAGUGGCUGAAAGAUGGCCAGUCCGUUGAUUUCAACGAGAACGUGGUGAGCGAGGUGAAAGGCGCUGUCAGACGCCUCAUCAUCAUCAUCACAAAAGCCACCGACAUUGGAGAGUACACCUAUCAGGUUGCCACCUCCAAGACCUCAGCCAACCUGAAAGUUGAGGCUGUGAAGGUCAAGAAGACCCUUAAGAACCUUAAUGUGGUCCAGACUCAGGAGGCUGUGUUCAGCCUGGAGCUGACCCAUGAAAAUGUGAGGGGAGCGCAGUGGAUCAAGAAUGGUGUUGAGAUUCAGCCCAGUGAUAAAUACGAGAUCAAGAUUGAAGGCACAGCCCACACCCUAAAGAUCAAGAACUGUACCACACAGGACGAGUCUGUUUACUCUUUCAAACUGGGAAAACUGUCUGCAAGUGCCAGGCUGAAUGUUGAAACUAUCAAGAUCCUGAAGAAGCCAAAGGAUGUGACGUCACUGUUGGGCGCAACAGCUUCAUUCGAGGUUGGCAUCUCUGAGGACGACAUCCCUGUGAAAUGGAUGUUCAACAACGCGGAGCUGAGGCCAAACGAGCACUACAGCAUACUCUCUGAGAAAAAGACCCACAAACUGGUUGUCCAGAAUGUGGACAACAGCAAAGAGGGAGUGUAUACCGCUGUGGUGGGCCACCUGCAGUGCAACGCUCGCCUCACCGUUGAGUCUCUGCGAGUCACCAAACCCAUGAAGAGCGUGGAGGUCCCAGAGACUCAGGUGGCCACGUUUGAGUGUGAAGUUUCUCACUUCAACGUGCCGUCCACCUGGCUGAAGGACGGUGUGGAGAUCGAAAUGAGCGAGAAGUUCAGGAUCGUGGUUCAAGGAAAACUCCACCAGCUGAAGAUCAUGAACACCAGCAGGGAUGACUCUGCAGAGUACACCUUCAUCUGUGGGAACGACAAAGUCUCCGCGAAGCUCACCGUUAAUCCCAUUCUAAUCACGACGAUGCUGCAGAACCUGAACGCUCAGGAGAAAGACACGGUCACAUUUGAAGUGAACAUUAACUACGAGGGAAUCACCUACAAAUGGCUGAAGAAUGGCGUGGAGAUCCGAUCCACGGACAGAUGCCAGGCUCGCUGCAAACAGCUCACACACACUCUGAGCAUCAGGAACGUUCACUUUGGAGACAGUGCUGAGUACACCUUCAUGGCCGGCUCUGCAGUUACUACAGCCAAACUUUACGUUGAGGCCCGUGUGGUUGAGUUCACCAAACACCUGAGGGACCUGAAGAUCACAGAGAAGAAGAGGGCAACUUUUGAGUGUGAAGUUUCUGAACCAAACGUGCAGGUGAUGUGGAUGAAGGAUGGGCAGGAGCUGGAGAUGUCCGACAGAUAUAAAAUGACCUCGGAUGAAUUUGUGCACCGCCUGGUGCUGCCAUCUGUCCGCCUCUCUGACGCCGGAGAAUACACCGCUGUGGCUGGAUCCAGCAUGUCCAAGGGCCACCUGACAGUCGAGGGACGGGACAUCAAAAUUUCAGAGCCCGCUAGCAGGAACAUCACUGUCGUUGAGAAACAGAGAGCAACCUUCGAGUUUGAGGUGGAUGAGGAAGAUGUGGAUGGUCGGUGGAUGAGGAACGGCGUGGAGAUCCAGUUCUCAGUAGAGGAAAGGUUCAACUAUGCCACCAUCAGGAAGCUCCACCGCCUCACCAUCUCUGAGACGUACAGGAGCGACGCCGGGGAGUACACCUUCUUAGCCGGCAGAAACAGGAGCACCAUGAACCUUCAUGUCAGAUUGCCAGAGCCUCCUCAGAUCGUCCGCCCCAUGCAGCCUCAGACGGCGAUGUCAGGUCGGUCAGUUCGCUUCUCGGUGCAGGCGUGCGGCCUCCCUCAGCCUCAGGUCACCUGGUACAAGGACUCCCAGGCUCUGUCCACCAGCUACAAGUGCAAGUUCCUCCACGACGGAGACGAGCACACGCUGCUGCUGCUGGAGGUCUUCCCUGAAGACGCCACUGUCUACAGCUGCACGGCCAAGAACGACUACGGAGAGGCGACAAGCUCCGCCCCUCUCAAUGUGGAAGUUCCUGAGGUGGUUGAAGCUGCAGCUCGGGUCCCUCCUCCGGUCCUCAUCACUCCUGUACAGGACAUCCUGGUCGCUGAGGGACACCGUGCCCAGUUCCAGUGCACCGUCUCUGGGGAAGAUCUGCAGGUUUCGUGGUUCUGUAAUGACAGAGAGAUCAGAGAGUCAGACAUCUUCAGGAUGUCUCAUUAUGGUGACACCUGCCAGUUGGAGAUCUCCAGAGUUCUCCAUGAGCACGAAGGAGAGUUCUCAUGUGUUGCUGCAAACUCAGCAGGAAUGGUCACAUGUGCCGCGACCUUGAAUAUUGAUGGUGAGUUUUCCAGAUAUUCAUGCGCUCAAUGACAUUCAGCUAGUGUGUGGAGCACUGAGGCUGAGACUAAGCUAAGUCAGAUUCAAAUGGAGAGUGUGAGCCUGGUGGAGAUGAGCUCUGAGCACAGCGUUGAUAUCAAACUCUCAGCCAGCCCCAAACUGCUGAUGGAAAUGAGCGACGUCCGGGUGAAAAAUGGCGAGAUGGCCGAGUUCAACUGCUCAUUCAAUGGGCAGCCCUUCACCGGGGUGGUAUGGGAUCAUAACGGCCAGAGCCUGGCGGACACGGAGCGGGUGAGGCGCUCUCAGAGCGGGGGAUUGUUCUCACUGGUCAUCCAGAGUGUUGGUGUGGUGGACCAGGGUGUGUACCGCUGCACGGCCACCAACCAACACGGCCAGAACAGCUCCUCUGCCCAGCUCACUGUUGAAGCUAAAGAAGCAAAUCUCAAAGCAGAAACCCCCAUCCCUACCGAUUCUGUGCGUAAAAUGUCUCAGGCAGACAGGGAGACCCCUAGAGAUUCCCCCAACCAAGACAAACAGGAGGCAGUGGAGAAACUGGGACUGUCGCCUCCAUCUUCCCAGAGACCUUACGGCUUCAUCAGCCACCUGCAUUUCCCUGAUGUCUUGCCUCAUGACGAGCGAGGUCAACUCCUCUCCAGCUACCCCGAGUUCCUGAUCAAACUGCCUCCUGAGCUGCUGAUCCAAAACAGAGACAGCGGCUCCUUGUAUUGCGUUAUGAAGGGGGUUCCCACUCCCUUUGUUAUUUGGCUUUACAACCGGUUGAAUCUUGAAGAUUCUGUGUCUUACUCUCUGAAACAUGACGGCCCCCUGUGCUGUGUAAAUGUUAACAAUGUGGGAUCCGGACACGGGGGCUCUUACACUUGCAAAACUGUCAACUCAGCCGGGGAUGCUGAGUGCAGCACAGUGAUGAAAGUAACUGCAGUGGAGAAGGAAUCAAUGAUACAGCAGGAAGUGAAAGCCUUCUCUAGCUCAACCAUCACAGUGGAAGAGGAAACACAGGAGUCGUUCUACACUCGCUUAAAGUUACCAGACAAAACCAGAACACUUGAACUCAAGCCAGAGUCUAAACGCUACUCCAGCACUGUGGAGAAGAAAAAAGAAAAACCAGUUUUCCUCAGCGAACUUUCUCCUAAAGCAGCGACUGUGGGGGAAACUACUAUGUUAACUGUCAAAGUGUCCGGUUUCCCUAAGCCCACUGUUCAGUGGUCCCACAACGGGCAGACCAUAACGAGUUCGUCCGUCUAUACAUUCAUUCACGAGCAAGAUGAGUAUAGCUUGGUGAUUAAUAAAGUUCAAAGGGAUUUUGAAGGAGAGUACUCCUGUACAGUCAGUAAUAGAUACGGCCAGUCAACUUGCACUUCAUAUCUGCAUGUUGAGCUGAAGGAGCCAGAAAGGGAGGAAAGAGAUGAUGAGACAUUUGAACCAACUGGGAAACCCCCAGAAUUCACUAAAACAAUAGAGACUGUUCAGUUGUCCGAGGGAGGUCAAGCCUUCUUCAGGUACAUUGUGACCGGAGAUCCUCUCCCUGAGGUUCAGUGGCUCAAAGGCAGCUUCCACAUUCAGCCUAGUGGGUUCUGUAUCAUUGUGAGCAACCCAGAUGGAUCAGGUUUUAUUAAUAUUAAGAGUGUCAAACAAGAGCACAGUGGCAUCUACACCUGCAAGGCCUCCAACCAAUAUGGGGAGGCGUCUUGUACUGCUGAGUUGCUGGUGGUCGUGGAGACAGUUCAGGAAGAGCACACAUUGGUAAAGAAAACUAAAGGUUUGAAGAUUUCCAUGACUGAACAGUCAACAGAAUCUAGGUUACAUGAGGGAAGAACCCGAUCUGAUCAGAUGAUUUAUACUAUUAGCACCGAAGACCGGCAGAUUAUUCCCAGUGAGGAGGUGGGAACUCUCAGAGAGCUCGAUAUCUCUGCUGCCACCCUUCAUCGAGAGCAGCUUACCCACCAGGCAGCAGUGCUGCAGUCUCAUGAAAUACAGGAGAGGGUUACUUUGGCUCCCACCCACCCACCUCAGGCCUCAGCUGUUCCUAUGAAACAACUUCACAUGGCGACUUUCUUGUCUUCCGUCCACGAGAGACGAAAGAUCACUGAGCAGCACUCUGAACGAAUUCUCAGCCCUGAGGUAGUCGAACUCCAGUUAGCCAAAGAGCAGCCGUCCAAGCUGAUGUCGGCCACAUCUGAAGAGGUCCUGCCACUCACCACAGUGAGAGCUGAGGCCUUGACGGACCAGACACUAGAGCACAUGAAGACCUUGACUGAGCCCAGGCAGCUUGUUAGCGGUUACCAAAUAGAGUCUCCUCUACCUGUCCUUGAUGAAACUUCAAGCGUCCUGCACAGAUCAGAGGAAGAGAGGAGUUUCAGAAUCACAGAGGGGGUUAAGCUUUUAUACUCGGCUCAGUCUACAGCACAGCUGCCCAUCACAGAAAGGCACUCUGAGCCUAUGCCAGCUUUAGAUGCAGCUACCAAACCCCUCACCAAGAAAGAGCAGUCUGAACCAGUGGUAGCACCAGUGAGCGAAACUAGAGUGACGUUAUCAAAAGAGCAGAAAUUUGAAAUUCACAGACUGGAGCAGGAGAGCAUCAGUCCAUGCAAAGAUAUCAUAUAUAAAUCAGCUAUCGCUGCUGAAGAGAAAUAUGAAUUCCAGGCUGAACAGGCAAGGCAGGUGCCAGGUAUAGCAUCUUCUGUGAAUCUGCAGCCUCAGCGAGAGGGAGAAAGACUCCUGAACCUGCAGGUAAUCAGUGAUCAGGAUGUUUUACAGUCCGAGGGAAGGUUCAGUUGUGAAAAACCCUGUAGAGAGCAGGCAGAGGCAAGGAAAAGUCCAACUGUGUUGCAUUCAGUGACUCAAGAAGAGCAGAGAACUGUGAUUUGUGAGGCAACUUCAGAGUUUGCAGCAAAGACUGACGCCAUAUCAGCUCAGGCAAAGAAAGAGGCACCACCGACAAAAUACCUUCAGUCAGUUCAUUCUUUAUCAGUUCUACCAAAGGAAGGCUUACUUACCAUCAUUACACCCAACAAGCAGGUGGCGAUGCAGAAGCAGGAGAAGGCUAGAAGACAUGCAGCUACCUCAGAAGAGAGAAGAGAGAUCACAAUAGAUUAUCACAAAGAUCUUGAUUUGACGGUGACUGGGGUUCAGUCACAGCUUCAAACAGAGCCCAGACUAGCAAACAUCCUCAUGGUCUCCUCCCAGCCCAUGCAGUUUCCAAAGGAGACUCCUUUUACUGCUGACAUGAAGCAGCAGCGAGCACUAGUCCAAAAAGAGGAUAAUUGGAAUAUCAUGCACUCUUUGAACGUCAUAGACACUCAGACUCUUGAGGAAGGUCACACCAUUAGUCUUGAAACUGAUGAGAAAUUCAGGCCCGAGAUGAAAGUUGAGCCCAAGAUCCCCAAAAGGCCUGUGUUCAUAGAGGAGAAGGCCGUUGCUACUGAACGCUGUACUAUCUUAGAAGCAGCUGAGCAGGACUUUGCGGUCCAGAUCCAAGAGGGCCAGUCACUCCGACAGUCAGUGCUGCUUGAGGAGAAGCAGGUCAUUAUUGAAGAACAUUCUAGUGAGAUACAUAAAUCUACGGGCUCCUCUGUCAGCGUUGUGAUGCAGCCCAAAGGAGUUCUGUUUGUCCAUGAGUCUCAGGACACGGAAACUCUACCUAAGGAACUCAACUUUAUCAUUCAGAUUCCCAAACCCUCAAGUCUGAAUAUACGGCGCCAGCUCAGAGAUGCUCUUCAGUCUGCUGUGGCCAGCGACCAGUCAGUGCUGCUGGCUGAUGUUGUAGGAAGGUUAGAGGUUGUGGAGGUACAGGAAGUGAAGGUUCAGAGAGAGCCCAAACAGGUCACGAAUACUUAUCUUAUCACAGCACCAGGUGCUCCCAUAGAGAUCACACUGUCUUUUGAGGGUGAAUACCCUCAGACAGCUGACCUCAGGUCUGAACUCCAGGUAGCUCUGCAUGCUAUGGUUUUCCAGGAGCAGCAAAGUCUUACAUCAGAGCAAUCAGGCACCAUGCAGAUUGAAAAGCCUCAGAAAGCGCUAGUCAGGUCAGCACCCUCUAAAGAGGUGUUGUCAUCUGUGGUGGACACUGUGAUUGUGGCAGAGAGUGCAGUUGGUUUUCCUCCUGCCAUGUCUCAGUCUGCAGCCAUCAAAACUGAGGACAGGGCGUCCUUCGAAAGUGCAACGGUUCAGAGUCAGUCUGAGAUCCGACAGUCUGAGCAGGUAAGCAGGAAGACAGUAAAGGUACAGAGGGAUGUCUCCGCUGCUGAAGCAACUGCCAGUGUCCCUGUGGGCCAGGUUCCUGUUGAACAAUGCAUGGACAUUUUUGUCCAUAGAGAAACAAGAGAGGAGUAUCUCUCAGAGGCAAUCAUGAUCAGUGAGUCCUCAGACAGUCUGGUAGAUUAUCCUGUUGUCGUUGACUCUCUGGAAGAAGUUUACACUGAGGAAAACAGCAAGGCCAUUUUUACUGCCACCAUCAAGUAUGUCACCAAAGUAAACUGGUUUUUCAAUGGGCAAUUGGUGAAAUCUGGCAAAGAGUUCAAGUGUUCUAAAGACCACGACACAUACACACUAGUUGUCAACAAAGUUGUCAAGGAGAGGCAUCAAGGAGAAUAUGUCUGUGAGGCUGAGAAUGAAGUCGGCAAGACGACAACAUCUUCAAGACUCACUGUGGUCUCAAGAGUGAAACCUGUGUUCAGGCACAGAAUUGUCCCUAUGGAGAUCAACAUUGGCAACAGUGCCAAGUUUGAAUGUGAAACCGAGGACGCUCCGAAUGUGAGCUUCAAGUGGUUCAAAGAUGGGCAGUCCAUCAGAGAGGGUGAUAAGUACAGGAUUAUCAGUCGCUUCAGCACUUCCUCUCUGGAGCUUCUGGCCCCCACCAAGGAGGACAGUGGUGAAUACACCUGCAAGGCGUCCAAUCAACAUGGCAGUGAUGAAUGCUCCGCCUCUCUCAGUGUGACAGAGCAAUAUCCUCCUGCCUUUGUAACUAAACCUGACCCUCAGACUGUGUAUGUUGGUAAGAGGGCAAUGAUACAGUGUGUAAUAACAGGAUCUGCUCCUCUGAAUGUUGUCUGGCUCAAAGACAAUCAGGACUUACCCAAAGUGCCUGCACAAUACCAAACCUUUUGUGAAAAGAACAAACACACUCUUGAGAUAACCAGACUUGAGGCAGCUGACAGGGGGCUUUAUGUUUGCAAAGUGUCUAAUAAUGUUGGGACGGCUGAGUGCAGCAUGGAGCUGCGUGUCAUUGAUAAGCCCAACUUUGUAAAGCCUCUGGGUCCUGUCGCUGCUGUGGUUGGAGCUCCUCUGCAUCUGGAGUGUCAGGUGGAUGAGGACACUGGAGUAAAUGUCACCUGGACCAGAGAUGGUAGAAAAGUCCACCAAUCUCCAGACUGUAAACUGUCUUUUGAGGAUAAGACAGUGACCCUUGAUAUCAUAAAGACAACACUGAAAGAUUGUGGAAAUUUUGUGUGUACGGUGGCAAAUGAAGCCGGGAGUGCAACAUGCUCCACUUCGGUGAAGGUACAAGAGCCACCAGUCUUUGUAAAGAGGCUGGAAGCCGCCACAGUCUGGAAGCAAGGCAGCACUUCACGACUGCAGUGCACCAUCAAAGGAUCCCCUGAACUUCACACCACCUGGUUCUUUAAUAACAGUGAGCUGUCUGCUGGAGGCAGAUACAGCAUCAGUCUGAAGAAUGGUGUGGCCACUCUUGAGAUACACGAAGUCAUGUUGAGUGACAGUGGAAACUACACCUGCGAGGUUCUCAAUGAGUCUGGCUGUGAAAGUUGUAGCACUAAAGUAACAGUGAAAGAGCCACCAUCUUUCAAAAAAGAGCCGCUCUCCAUAGAGGCGGUCAGAGGAUCUGUGGCUGUGUUGGCGUGUGAACUAUCAGGUUCUUCACCAUUCGAGGUGUCUUGGAAAAAGAAUAAGAAACGCCUGAACACAGAUAAGAAGUACAGGAUAAUGUCACAGGGAGCCAUCACCUCUCUGGAGAUCCACUCAUUCGAGAGUGCUGACACAGGGGAAUACGAAUGUGUCGUAUCAAAUGAGGUCGGGUCAGUGUCCUCAAAGUCUGUGGCUAAACAGAAAGAACCACCUAUGUUCUCAAAGAGGAUUGAGAGUGCUACAGCAGUGUUGGGAAAUACAGUGAAGCUACAGGGAACCCUAAAAGGCUCAGCUCCCAUAACUGUCAAAUGGAUGAAAGACUCUGAGCUGCUAAGAGAUGACGAUCCAAACCUCAAAAUGAAAUAUGAGAACAACAUCACAAGCAUUUCCUUCUCCUCUGUUGAGAUAAAACACAGUGGCAAGUACACUUGCGUCGCUGAAAAUGAGGCAGGACAGCAGAAGUGUGAAGCAGUCUUAACGGUUCAAGAACCCGCUAGGAUCUUAGAGAAAGCAGCGUCCAUCAGUGUGACGACAGGGGAUUCGGCCACAUUGGAGUGCACCAUCUCUGGAAGCCCAGAGCUCAAAGUGAAAUGGUUUAAAGAUGGUAAAGAGAUGAUCAGUGGCCGUAAAUAUAAGAUGACAGUGAAGGAGAACACUGCCACCUUAAAGAUCCUCACAGCAGAGAAAGGAGACACUGCAGAGUACAAGAUGGAGGUGUCCAAUAAAGUUGGAAAAGACCAGAGCACAUGCUCAGUCACUGUGAUAGGUCGUCCAGUUCCACCAUCCUUCACUAAAGCUCUUAAGAAAGUGGAUGGGAGGAUCGGUAGUAACAUUACCUUGGAAUGCAGAGUUUCUGGAUCUCAGCCAAUGGUUGUUUCUUGGUACAAAGACAACCGAGAAAUCCACAGUGAUGACAAAUAUAAGCUUGAUUUCAGUGGGAGUACAGCUUCUGUACUGAUAACAGGCCUGGAUCAAAGUGAUGGUGGAGUUUACACCUGUCAGGCCUCUAAUGAUGCUGGGGAAAAAGAAACCAGUGGCACUUUGUCCAUCAAAGAACCUCCAGUCUUCACUGUGAAACCUGAAUCCCAGGACGCUUCACCAGGAUCAAACAUUGUGAUGAAAUCAACCUUUACAGGAUCAGCUCCUCUGGCUGUUAAAUGGUUCAGAGAGGAGAAAGAGGUUUUCACUGGGGGAAAAUGUUUCAUAAAGAAAGAUUCCUCUUCAAGCUCCUUGGAGCUUCACUCUGUGAAACCUAGCGACUCUGCUAAGUACACUUGCCAAGUGUCCAAUGAUGCUGGGAGGGUGGACUGCACUGCAUUACUCUUUGUAAAAGAAGCCCCAACAUUUACAAUGAAGCUGGAGCCUUCACAGCUGCUAAGAACUGGACAGCCCCUGAAUUUGUCCUGCAAAGUGCAGGGUACCCCUGUCAUUAGCAUCAGGUGGUUUAAAAAUGGCUCAGAAAUCAUUUCAGACCACAGACACACUAUGUCCUUCGACAGCUCAAUAGCAACUCUGGAGGUAGAGAACUGCUCUGUAGAGGACGGUGGUGAUUAUGUCUGUGAGGCGUCCAGCGAGGCCGGCAGAGACCAAUGCAGCAGCUCAGUAACAGUGAAAGAGCCUCCAGUGUUUGUGAGGUCGUUUGAAUCAGCUGAGCAUGUGAAAGGAUCCGAUAUUAUCUUGGAAGGAACCGUGUCAGGUUCUGCUCCAUUUGAAAUAAGUUGUUUCCUCAAUGAUAAGCCAAUCAGAAACGACUCAAAGCAUCAAAUCAGUGUGGAAAAUGACACAGUCACUGUUCAGAUUUCAAACUGUGCAACCGGAGACGCUGGGACGUAUCAGUGCACUGUUGCAAAUGAUGUUGGAGAGACAUCUUGUUCUUGCCAGAUUUCAUUGAAAGAACCACCAUCAUUUGUUCAGAGACUAGAGGAUAUGUCCUGCAUGGUGGGCUCUGAAAUCUCUCUGAAGUGCAUGUUGUCUGGAUCACUUCCCAUGACUUUCUCCUGGAUCAAGGAUGAUCAUGAGCUCACAGAAGACGAGCAUGUUAAGAUGUCCCAUGAAACUAAAAGUGCCAUUUUGAAUUUGAAAAAUGCUCAGUUAUCACACGGCGGGAAAUAUGUGUGUCAGGCACAGAACAAAGCUGGGACUCAGAGAUGUGCUGCCGUGCUCAUUGUGACAGAGCCAGCAAAUAUUUCAGAACAUGCAAAGUCCAUCAGUGUAACCCAGGGUGACCCAGCCAGGCUUGAAUGCAGAUUCUCAGGCACCAAACCUCUCAAGUCCAGAUGGAUGAAGGCAGGGAAGGAGUUGACCUCAGACCACAGAUACAGAAUACAGAGCACAGACUCCAGCUCUGUGCUCAAUAUUAUCAGAACAGAGGAAGGGGAUAGUGGUGAAUAUACCUGUGAGGUUUCUAACAUUGCCGGCUUCAGUUCUUGCGAAGCAUCAGUUACUGUCUUAGAACCACCACGCAUUCUUGAAAAGCCUGAAUCCAUGAAUGUUUUGCCUGGGUCAAAGGUUGUGUUUAAUGUUCGUGUUUCUGGCACACCACCGCUGACCAUCAAAUGGUUUACAAAUAAGAAAGAAAUUUUAUCCGGCUCUGACUGCUUGGUGACCAAAGACAACAUCUCAAGUUCACUGGAGCUCUUCUUUGCCAAAACCUCUGACUCUGGAGACUUUAUGUGUGAAAUACAGAAUGAUGUCGGUUCCACUUCAUGUCAGGCAUCACUCUUUGUGAAAGAACCCCCCUCUUUCAUUGAGAAACCUGAGGGCGUGUCAGUAGUAAGAGUAGGAGUAAGGAAGGUGUUUGAGUGCAAGGUUGCUGGUACUCCAGACAUCUCUGUGCACUGGUUCAAAGAUGGAGCUGAGAUUCUCCAAAGUGACAAAUACAAGAUGUUGUUUGUCAACUCUGUAGCCUCCUUAGAAAUUUGUCAAGUUAGUGAACAUGACAGCGGGAAAUAUUUCUGCGAGACUUGCAAUGAAGCUGGUACAGAGAGUUGCCCUGUUGAGCUAGAAGUGAAAGAGCUUCCUGUGUUUAUUGAGGAGUUGACGUCUCUUGAAGUUGUUAAAGGGUCCACAGCAGUGUUUGCUUGCACAGUGGCAGGAAGUUCUCCAUUUAAGGUCACAUGGUUCAAAGAUAAAAAGCCAAUCAAAUCCAGCCAAAGGUAUGUUAUCAUUGACGGUGAAAAAGUGGGCUUGAAAAUCCAGGACUGUAGAGAGGAAGAUGUUGGCACUUAUCAAUGCAUGGUAGCCAAUGAGGUUGGAAGUUGCACUGGCUUUGCAGCUUUAUCUCUGAAAGUGCCUCCAGUAUUUGUAAAGAAGAUAGAGAAUGUCUCCACCAUUCUGGGUGAUGUCGCAGUCUUUCGCUGUGUGGUGAAAGGUUCUCUGCCUCUCUCUAUACAAUGGCAAAAAGAUGAGAAGUGGAUCCCAGAGGAUCCAAAGACUGAGAGAGGAUUUGAGAACAAAGAGGCCACUCUCAGGAUUCCUGCCUGUGAGGCAACUCAUGGUGGGAAAUAUACCUGCCAGGUGGUAAAUGAAGCCGGGCAGGACAAAUGCUUUGCCACUCUUGUAGUGCAAGAACCACCUAUGAUCCAAGAGAAGCCAGAGGUAGUCAAAGUAACGUGUGGGGAUCUGGUUAGUCUUGAGUGCAGGGUAGCUGGGACUCCUCAGAUCCAUGUAAGAUGGACCAAAGAUGGUAUAGAGCUCCACUCAAGCAGAAAACAUCAUCUGUGCUAUGAGAACAACCUGAGCAGUCUUCACAUACAGUCCUCUCAGCUGGAGGACAGCGGCGAGUACCUGUUUGAAGCUACAAACUCUGUUGGGUCUUGUAGCUGUAAAGUCAUGCUGGUUGUUUUAGAUGAGGUCAGUCCUCCAGCGUUCAUUAGGAAAUUAACAAACAUUCAAGCAGUUAUGGGCUCAGUGGUUACGAUGGAGUGCAAAGUGGCUGGUUCUCUUCCAUUAUCAGUUGAAUGGAGCAAAGGGAAACAAAAGAUCACCAAAUGCUCCAAAUAUAAACUUCUGCACAUUGACAAUACAAUCUCACUGGAGUUAAAGCUGACAGAGAGCAGUGAUACAGGAGAGUACUCCUGUAGAGUUACCAACAAAGCAGGCAACUGUGUGUGCAGUGGAAUUCUCACAGCUAAAGUGCCACCAAGCUUUGUAGCUGAGCCUGAGUCUCAGGCUGUCACUCCAAAGUCUACUGUACUCUUCAGAAGUGUCUUUGAAGGGACACCUCCGUUUGCAAUCAAAUGGUUCAAGGAUGACAUGGAACUCAUCUCAGGGCUGUCAUGUACAAUUAGACUGGAGAAAUAUUCUUCCUCUGUAGAACUCUACUCAGUUGGGACUCUGCAAUGUGGGAUUUAUUCUUGCCACAUUAGCAACGACGCAGGAGCAGUGAAAAGUGCAGCAGAGUUGUUGGUGAAAGAACCUCCUCAGUUUGUUGUGAAACUGCCUCCCACUACCUUUGUGAAGCAGUGCGAGGGACACCGUUUUGAAUGCAAGGCCACCAGCUCAAACUGCCUGAAUAUAUGCUGGUACAAAAACGACCAAAAGAUAACCGACGGAGGCAACUAUAAAAUAAUGUGUGUUGACUCGACUGCGUACCUCCAGCUGCAGAGUGCAAGGUUUGAGGAUAAUGGAGCCUACACCUGUGAGGCUCAUAACGAUGCGGGCAGUGCAAGCUGCAGCACCAUUCUCACGGUUCAAGAGUCCCCAUCCUUUAUUAAAACCCCAAGCCCAGUGGAGGGCAUUAAUGGGAAAGAUGCCAGCCUGCACUGUGAGAUGUAUGGCACUCCACCUUUCCAGGUUAACUGGUACAAAGACAAAAGGCCUCUAAAGGAGAGUAGGAAGUAUAAGAUGGUCAGUGAGGGCAGCUCUGCAACACUUCACAUUAUGAAACUGGAGCAGGAUGACGCUGGUCUUUAUGAGUGCAGGGUGUCAAACAAUGUAGGAAGUGAAUCCUGCCGCACUACCAUUACCCUGAAAGAACAACCAGCGUUUGUCAAGAAACUGGUCGACCAGUCCGUGAGAGACGGUGAGCAGCUGACACUGACAGCUACAAUAAAAGGCUCUGAACCUUUGACUGUGUCCUGGGUUCAGGACAAAGAUCACAUCCUCAGAGAUGGUGACAACAGGAGGAUCACCUUUGAGAACAAUGUGGUUACUCUUGUAGUGCCCAAGGCUGACUCAACCACAGCUGGUAAAUACACCUGCCAGCUGAGGAAUGACUCUGGGGUUGUAGAGUCCGUCUCCCAAGUGACCGUUCUAGAACCUGCUGCUAUUGUGGAUAGUCCAGAGUCCUUGAAUGUGAAGUCAGGAGAAAAUGCAGCUCUUGAGGUCACAGUGUCUGGCUCACCAGAACUGAAAGUUAAGUGGUUUAAAGAUAACAAAGACCUAUCUGCUGGUGCCAAGUAUCAGAUGUCCUUCACAAAGAAGGUUGCCACCCUGAAGAUUCGAUCUGCUGACAAAGCAGAUGCUGGAGAAUACAAAUUAGAGGUUACAAACCAUGUCGGUCAAGCCUCUUGCAAAACUAAGCUAUCUAUCUCAGAUAAAUUGAUUCCACCAAGUUUCAUAAGGAAGCUGAGAGACACCCACCUUGUUGUGGGUAAGCCUGGUGAAAUGGAGUGUAAAGUUACUGGCUCUUCUCCUUUAACAACUUCCUGGUUCCACAACGGCCAGGAGAUCAAAAUUGGGCCAAACUAUGACAUUAGCUGCACCAAUAAUAACUGCAAACUGAGAGUUCCAACUAUCAGGAUGUCGGAUUCUGGCAAAUACACAUGUAAAGCUGUAAAUGCUGCAGGAACCAGCGAGACAAAUGCUUCGAUGAAUGUGACAGAACCUCCAUCUUUUGUGGAAACGCCUGAGGCGAAGGAAACAUUGCCUGGCGAAAAAGUGUCUUUCUCAGCUAAAGUGAGAGGCAGUGCCCCCCUGAAAGUGAAAUGGUUCAGGGGAGCCAAAGAAAUGCAGCACGGAAGAGGCUGCGAGAUCGCCCUGAAGGACGAUGUCGCCACUUUAGUGCUUAACAGAGUUGAACAGUCCCACGCUGGCGAGUACACCUGCCAGAUCAUUAAUGAUGCAGGGAAGGAAAGCUGCCCAGUUCACCUGUUUGUAAAAGAACCAGUCCACUUUGUGAAGAAGCUGAGGAACAUUUCCUCUGAAAAGGGCAAGCCUCUAAGGCUUGAGGUCACAUUUGCUGGAACUCCCAGGGUAAAUGUGUCCUGGAAGAAGGAUGGAAAACUCCUCCAGGCUUCAUAUCAGUACAAUGUGAUCACCACUGACGCCUCCUGUAUCCUGGAGGUUCUUAACUCUGACAGGAUGGAGGCAGCCGGAAGAUACUCUUGCGAAGUAGACAACAGAGUUGGAAGUGACAGAUGCGAAGCACAAGUGUCAAUUCUAGAACGACCAUACUUUGUUGAAACGAUGGAGCCAGUGGAGCUAACUGUUGGUGAGCCAGUUACCCUGAAAUGCCGUAUUGCGGGAACUCCUGACAUCUCUGUAGCUUGGUUCAAAGCUGAUGGAAAAGUGCACAAGUCCAACACUUGCUCAAUGGACUUUACAAACGGUGUUGCCACUUUACAGCUGAUCAAAACAACCAAGUUUGAUCACGGAGAAUAUAUCUGCAGGGCUGAGAACCGGAUUGGUUCAGCAUCCACCAGCUGUAAUGUGACAGUGAAAGAACCUGUGCGUUUUAUCAAGAAGCUGGAGGAAAAUACUUUCAUAGUUGGUCAGCCACUGAAAUUAGUCUGUACAUACGCCGGAAGCCAGAGGGUCUAUGUCACCUGGAAGAAGGACGACAAGCUGAUUUGGGCCUCUUAUCAGUACAAUGUUAGAACUACUGAUUCAACCUGCAUUCUGGAGGUCCUCAACAGCGACAAGCCUGAGGCAGCUGGAAAGUACACUUGCGAAAUUUCCAAUGGAGUUGGAACUGACAUCUGCCACGCUUGUAUCAGCCUAGAACCUGUUCGCUUUGUGAGAAAACUGAGAAACACCUUCUAUAAAAUUGGCCACCCAUUGACGCUGGAGUGCACAUUCACCAGCAGCCAGAGGAUUUAUGUCAGCUGGAUGAAGGAUGGAAAACCCAUCUGGGCGUCUUACAAAUACAAUGUCAAAACCACCAACUUCUCCACCACCCUGGAAGUUCUCAACAGCGACAAACCUGUACGCUUCCUAAAAAAGCUGGAAGACACCACUUUCAGACUCUGCCAGCCCCUGUCGCUGUACUGUGCUUACAGUGCCAGCCCCAGGGUCUAUGUGAGCUGGAGAAAGGAUGGCAAACCAAUCUGGGCCUCCUACAAGUACAAUGUAAAGACCACAGAUAACUCCUGUGUUUUGGAGAUCCUCAACAGUGACCGGCUAGAUGCAGCAGGGAGAUAUUCCUGUGAAAUUUCUAACUCUGAGAGCACUGCUGUCUGCCAUGCACAGGUCAAACUAGAACCUGUACAAUUUGUCAAGAAACUAGAGGACAUCUGCCAUGAGCUGGGUAAACCCUUGAGACUGGAGUGCACUUACACUGGCAGCCAGAGGGUCUACGUGACCUGGAAGAAAGACGGCAAACUAAUCUGGGCUUCUUACCAGUACAAUGUCAAAACCACCGACUCUUCGUGCAUUCUGGACAUCCUCAACAGCGACAGAGCUGCAGCCGCGGGGCAGUACACUUGCGAAAUUUCCAAUGCAGAAGGAACUGACACCUGUCAUGCUCAUGUAAAAAUAGAGCGCAAAAUCCCUCCAAACAUCAUCAAGAAGCCCUCCGAGUCCAUGGUGGAUUCAGUGGGUAAAACUGUGACAAUGGAGGCUCGGGUGUCUGGAUCCCAGCCCUUGAACAUCAUGUGGUACAAGGACAACAAUGAAAUCUCUGCUUCCAACAAAUAUGACAUCAGCUUCAAGAACAACAUUGCUGUGCUGUGUGUCAGAGACUCCACCACCUCUGACAGCGGGGUGUACACCUGUGAGGUCUCCAACGAAGCUGGAAGAGCUUCUUGUCCAGUUUCUCUCACUAUUUCAGAAACUGGCCAGGCUCCAAAGUUUGACGUCCAUCUGGAGCCGGCAUCGGUCAACGAGGGGGAGAAGCUGAGCCUUAAAUGCCACGUCAGCGGCUCUGCUCCUCUGACCAUCCAGUGGAUGAAGGACAGACGGGAGCUGAAGUCCAGUGGAAAUACCAAAAUCACCUUUGUUGGUGGGAUGGCUUGCCUGGAGAUCAGCUCAGUCUCAAAGACAGACGCAGGGGAUUACCUCUGCAAGGCCAGCAACGCUAUUGGCAGUGACUUCUGCAAGUCCAGGGUCACUGUGAGAGACAAAGGAACCAAGGCUGCACCUGCUGAGGCCGCCACCCCAGCUGCAGCUGCUCCGGUCAAAAGGCUUGACAACCUGUUCUUCAUCGAGGAGCCCAAGAAUGUUUCUGUCACAGAGAAGUGCACCGCUACCUUCAUUGCGAAGAUCGGUGGCGACCCAAUCCCCAGCGUAAAGUGGAUGAAGGGCAAAUGGAGGCAGAUCACUCCCGGUGGUCGUAUCUCUAUUGAGCAGAAGGGCCAGAACGCCAAACUGGAGAUCAGAGAGGUGACCAAGUCUGACUCUGGUAACUACAGAUGUGUCGCCACCAACAAGCAUGGAGAGAUUGAGUGUAGCGCUGAUAUGGAGGUCACCAAGAAGGAAGAAGUGGAGGGUAUCGGAGACAUCAGGACCAGGCUGAAGAAGACUCCCUCCAAGCAGAAGAGCCCCAAGAAAGAUGAAGAGGUCGAUAUUGUGUCGUUGCUGAGAGGUCAUGACCCCAAAGACUAUGAGAGGAUACUGCGAGAACAUGGAAUCCACGACUACCGGGCCAUCCUGCAGGCUGUUGAGUUCCUGAAGAGGGAGAAGGAGAUGGAGACUGGAAAAGUGGAGGUGGAGCAUGGUGGUCGGGUUGAAGAGGACGACAUGGCCCGAGUCAUCCAGCAGCUGGAGGGACGUGUCAGCACUGAGCCAGUCUCAGUACUGGAGGACAUCACCGACCAGACGACCACUGAGAACCAGAGCACUACCUUCGAGUGCCAGAUCAGGAUCAACUACCCAGAGAUCACUCUGACCUGGUACAAGGGCACCCAGAAACUGGACAACAGCGACAAGUACGACAUCAGCAGCGUGGGCGACCGCCACUCUCUGAAGAUCAAGAACUGCCAGGUCAAAGAUCAGGGCAACUACCGAGUGGUGUGUGGUCCUCACAUCUCCAACGCCAAACUGACUGUCACAGAACAGAUUAACUCUGAUUAUCUGGUUUUAGCUGACCAAAUUCAGUUCACUAAAUGCAUCAGAAGCAUCGAGGUCAAUGAACGCCACUCUGCCACCUUCGAGUGUGAGUUGUCCUUCGACAAUGCCACCGUCACUUGGUACAAAGACUCAUGGGAGCUUAAAGAGAGCCCAAAAUAUAACUUCAGGACUGAGGGCCGGCGGCACUUUAUGACCAUCCGCAACGUAACGGCAGAGGAUGAAGGCGUUUACUCUGUGAUCGCUCGUCUGGAGCCAAUGGGAGAAGCUCGAAGCACAGCUGAGCUUUACCUCUCAGGCAAAGAAAUUGAGUUAGGAAGGGUUCCUCAGGAUGUCCCAGACACGUCAAUUCAAGUACCAGAGACAGAGUCUAUGGUUGUUUACAGAGAACCCUCAGUAUACACCAAACCAGAACCUGAACCAGAGAUAGUUCCCAGAGAGGUCACUCCUGAACCUUAUCAACCCAAGCCAAAGAUGGCAGAGCCAAAAAUGGUUCCUCCUGAGCCUGAAGUGACACCUCAUAAACCGGCAGCACCUGAGCCCAAAGUGACACCUCAUAAACCGGCAGUACCUGAGCCCAAAGUGACACCUCAGAAACCGGCAGAACCUGAGCCCAAAGUGACACCUCAGAAACCGGCAGAACCUGAGCCCAAAGCGGCCAAAAUUAAGCCUGAACCUGAAGCACCAAAGGUUGAAACUGUCAAGAAAGCACCAGAAGUUCCUAAACCGAGAGAACCAAAGACACCUGAGCCUCCAAGAAAACCACAUCUACUGACUGGUAAACCUGAGCCAGAUGCACCAAGGUACAUUCCUGAAACAAAACCAGAAGAACCAAAGAAGGUUCCUGAAGCCCAAAAGAAGAUUCCAGCAGCACCAAAGAAGGUUCCAGAAGAACCAAAAAAGGUUGUGGAAGAAACAAAGAAGGUUCCAGAGGCACCAAAGAAGGUUCCAGAAACACCUAAGGUAGUUCCAGAAGAACCCAAAAAGGUUGUGGAAGAGAUAAAGAGGGUUCCUGAAGCUCCAAAGAAAGUUCCAGAAACACCCAAAAUAGUUCCAGAGGCACCAAAGAAGGUUCCAGAAGAACCAAAAAAGGUUGUGGAAGAAACAAAGAAGGUUCCAGAGGCACCAAAGAAGGUUCCAGAAGAACCCAAAAAGGUUGUGGAAGAGAUAAAGAGGGUUCCUGAAGCUCCAAAGAAAGUUCCAGAAACAUCCAAAAUAGUUCCAGAGGCACCAAAGAAGGUUCCAGAAGAACCAAAAAAGGUUGUGGAAGAAACAAAGAAGGUUCCAGAAGAACCAAGAAAGGCUCCAGAGGCACACAAAAUGGUUCCAGAAGAACCAACAGAACCAAAGAAACUGGCAAAGAAACCUGAGGCAGCUGAGCCUCCAAAAGCUAAGAAAGAGGGGGAAGCAAAAACAGAUACUGAGCGUACUCCAUUCAAGAGACAUGAGAUCCCUCAGAGAGAUCAACCCAGUGCUGCUAUUAAACACAGAAAAGAUGAAGAUGUUCCCUCAACAAGUCCAGAGGUAAUUCCUGAUGUCAGCAGAGACCAGACAGUGAUCCCACAGAAGAAAAAAAUUGAUCAGGUACCAAAGGAUGAGGAACCUACAGCUGCCGACAAACUUUGUGGAAAACCUAAAACUAUUUCCACACCAGAUAAAGAGAAAGAGCAGGUUGUGUUAAAACCUUUCACCAAAGAUGCCAAGCCUGAAGAAAAAUCUGAAAAAACAUCUGAAGAGGAGAAAAAGAAGCCUGUGGACACAAAAAUAACCAGUCGAACUCCAAGAGAUGAAAGUCCUAAAGAUCUGAAAGAACAACAGCUUCGGGGAGUUGAAAAGACUGCAACACCCAAAAAAGAGGAGGAGAAAGCUCAGGAGAAAGAACCAGCUGUUCCACCCAAGAAGCCCAGUCCACCAGGAAAGAAAGACAUGAUCCAGCAGGAAGAAGGAGAGAAAGAGCUUCCACCAAAACAAACAGAAGCCUUGAAAAAAGGUGUUGAACUCAAAAAGACUCCAUCGCCUAGAGUUGGUAAAGACAAGGUAGAAGAAGAGAAGGCCCUCAAACCUAUUAAGCAGCUCAAGAAGGUUGAGCUCAAAAAGACGCCAUCACCAAAAGCUGAUAAACCAAAGCCUAAGGAAAUGGAACGAGUCCCCAUUGAAAAGAAGCCAAGUGCUGAAAAAGUCAAGAGGAUUCCCAAAACGGUUUCACCCAAAGAUUCUAUUGAAGCUGUAACACUCAAAAAGGUCCCUAAGAAGCCGUCACCACAGGUGGUUUCAGAACCAGAGAAGCCUGGUAAAGGGAGGGUCCCUCUGGUGAAGGAGGUUUCUCCUGGAGCCGUGCAGAUGAAGAAGGUGCCCACCCAGCCAGAGGAGGAGAUUUUCGAAGAGGAGGGAGAAGAAAUGGAGGGUGAGGAAGAUGAGGAGGCCUGGGGCUGGGAGCUUGUUCCUCCAGAAGACUGGGAAGAUGAAGGGGUUGAUGGGGCACUGGAGACUCCAGGCAUGCCCGGUGGUAAACGAGAUGGAAAACCAUCAGAGGAGGCACCAAAAGGCAGAGGCCGAGGAUUUGGGGCAAGACAAACCCCAUCACCUGGCGAUGGUGGCAGGGGCCGGGGCCUGAGGCCUGGUGGAAAGGGCCCAUCGCCUCCAGAGGAUCCCUUUGGAGGAUUCAAGCUCAAAGCCGUCCCUCUGAAGUUCAUCAAGAAGCUUCAGGACAUCGUGCUGAAGGAAGCCGAGUCUAUUGGCUCGGCUGCUGUGUUUGAUUGUCAGGUCUCACCUUCCACCGCCAUCACUUCAUGGAUGAAAGAUGGCAGCAACCUGCGUGAGGGCCCCAAGCACAAGUUUACUUCUGAUGGCAAGGAUCGCAAGUUGAACAUUAUUGAUGUCCAGCUGUCUGACACUGGUGAAUACACCUGUGUGGCCAAGAACGCUGGCAAGGAAGUAACAUGCACAGCCAAGCUCAUUGUUGAAGAACUGCCUGUGAAAUGGCUGAAGGAGCUGGAACCAGAGACGUCGUGUAUGAAGGGUCAGCCUAUGUACCUGACCUGUGAGCUGAACAAGGAGAGAGAUGUGAUCUGGAAGCGUAACGGCGCAGUCCUGAAGAAACAGGCUGGAAAAGUUGCCAUUAAUGUCAUUGGUAUGCAGCACGCUGUGACCAUUCAGAACUCCACUGAUGAAGAUUCGGGUGACUACACGUGUGAGGUAGACGGACAAGAGGAAGUCAAGACUACAACCAACGUCAAAGUGAUUGAAAUCAUCAAAGACUGGCUGGUGAAGCCCCUGAGAGACCAGCAUGUGAAACCAAAGGCUAAGGCCACAUUCAAAUGUGAGCUCUUCAAGGACACUCCCAACUGGAAGUGGUUCAAAGGAGACAACGAGCUCACUCCUUCAGACAAGGUGGAGAUCAACAAAGAUGGAAAGGACAUGACACUGACCAUUAAGAACUGCCAGCCCGAAGACGUAGCAGAGUACACCAUCGAGGUGGAGGAUCGCAGAUACUCAGCGAAACUGACACUUGGAGAGCGUGAGGCCGAGAUCCUGAAGCCUCUCGCCAGCGUGGAAGUGGUUGAGAAGGAAGAAGCCAACUUUGACACUGAAAUAUCUGAGGAUGAUGUGGCUGGUGAAUGGAAGCUGAGAGGCCAGGUGUUGACCAGAUCUCCGACCUGCGACAUUAAAGCUGAGGGAAAGAAACGUUUCCUCACGUUGAAAAACGUGCAGCUGGAUCAGGCUGGUGAAGUGUCGUACCAGGCCCUGAACGCCAACACCAGCGCCAUGCUCACCGUUAAAGAGAUCGAAAUGGGCUUUGUUGACCUGUUGAAGGACAUUUCUGUGCCUGAAAAGAAACAGGCUAAGUUUGAAUGCACCAUCACCAAGGAUGUGCCAAAGGUCAUGUGGUUCAGGGGGGCGGAGAUCGUCACCCCGAGCCCUAAAUAUGAAAUUAUUGACGAUGGAAAGAAACACAUGCUGAUCAUAAACAGCUGUGAGUUUGACGAUGAGGCUCAGUACACCAUCGAAGUGUUGGGCCAGAAAUCGGCCGCUCAGCUGGUGGUGGAAGGCAUGAGGCUGAAAUUUGUCCAGCAGCUUCAGGACCAAACAGUCAAAGAAGGUAAAACGGCUCGGUUUGAGCUGGAGCUGACUCACGAGAACGUGCCGGUGGUUUGGUACCGAAACGAAGUCAAACUCCACGUGAGCCGCACAGUGCUCACGCACGUGGAAGGAAAGAGACACACUCUAGAAAUGAGGACGUUGUCUCUAGAUGAUACCUGCCAGAUUAAGGCAGAGGCCAAAGGAAUUUACUCGGUGGCCAAACUGACUGUGAUAGAGGGCGACCCCAUCUUCGUGGUGAAGCUGCAGGACUACACCGCCACAGAGAAGGACGAGGUGACCCUGGACUGUGAACUGAGCAAAGAUGUCCCCGUCGUCUGGUACCACGAAGAGACGGAGAUCAUCGCCUCCAAGAUGGUGGUCAUGAGGUGCGAGGGCACACGCAGGUCUUUGGUCCUGAAGAAGGUGGAGCAGAGCGAUAAAGGGAAAUACGUAUGUGACUGUGGAACAGACAAGACCUCAGCCAACAUCAAUAUUGAAGCUCGUGACAUCAAGGUGGUUCGGCCGAUUUACGGCGUGGAGCUGUUUGAUGGAGAGACGGCUCGUUUCGAGGUCGAGAUCUCGGAGGACGACGUCCGCGGCCAGUGGAAGCUGAACGGAGAAACUCUCAGUCCUUCCUCUGAUGUUGACAUCAUUGAGGAGGGAGCGAAGCACACACUGAUCCUGUACAACUGCAAAGUGUCCAUGACCGGUGAGGUGGCAUUCGCCGCCGCUAACGCCAAAUGUUCUGCUAACCUGAAGGUCAAAGAGCUUCCUCUGAACUUCCUCACUCCGCUGAGCGACGUUCAGGUGUACGAGAAGGACGAAGCAAGGUUCGAGCUGGAGGUGUCCAGAGCUCCGAAGACGUUCCGCUGGCUGAAGGGUUCGCAGGAGCUGCAGAGCGACGACAAGUACGAGAUGAUCCAGGAGGGAAACAUGUACGUUCUGCUGAUCCGCUCGGCCGCCUACGAUGACGAGGCCAAGUACAUGUUUGAGGCAGAGGACAAGAGGACGACUGGCAAACUGAUCAUUCAGGGUAUUCGUUUGGAGUUUGUCAAACCGAUUAAGGACGUGACGGUGAAGGAGCGGGAAACAGCCGAAUUCAGUGUUGAACUCUCCCACGACAAGAUCCCGGUGGUCUGGUACAAAAACGACGUCCGUCUGCACCCGAGCAAGGUGGUGCACAUGUCGGAUCACGGAAAGAUCCACACGCUGGCCUUCAAGGAGGUCACCAUCGACGACACCUCCAUGAUCAGAGUGGAGGCCAUGGACAAGACUGUGACCGCCAUGCUCAAUGUCAUCGAGGGCGACCUGUAUUUCACCACAAAGCUGCACAACUACACGGCCGUGGAGAAAGACGAGGUGAAGCUGGUCUGUGAGCUGAGCAAGGCCGUCGCCGACGUCAAGUGGUUCAAGGACGGGAAGGAGAUCACUCCCUCCAAGAACAUCGCCAUCAGCACCGACGGCAAGAAGCGCAUCCUGAUGGUCAGGAAGGCGGAGAAGGCCAAUAUCGGCGCAUACACCUGCGACUGUGGCUCAGAUAAAACCACAGCCAACCUCAACAUUGAAGAGCGCGACAUCAAGGUGGUCCGUCCCCUGUACAGUGUGGAGGUCACAGAGACGGAGACAGCCAAGUUUGAGACAGAGAUUUCAGAGGAGGACGUCCAUGGAAACUGGAAACUGAAGGGAGAAGCCCUGCACCAGUCUGCUGACGUUGAGAUUAAGGAGGAAGGAACCAAACACAUGCUGAUCCUCUAUAAUGUCCGGAUGGACAUGGCAGGAGGCGUCGACUUCUCAGCCGCCAACGCCAAGUCCAACGCUCAGCUCAGAGUGAAAGCUCGGUCCAUCGGCCUGAUGCGUCCUCUGAAGGACGUGACGGUGACGGCUGGAGAGACAGCGACUUUCGAGUGCGAGCUGUCGUACGAAGGCAUCGCGGUGGAGUGGUUCCUGGGAGGACAGAAGAUGGAGGCCAGUGACCGGGUAAAGACUCGUGUGGCGGGUCGUGUUCACGCUCUGACCGUCAGAGAUGUGAAACUGUCGGAGGCUGGCGAGGUCAAACUGACCGCUAAAGACUUCCAGACCCAGGCUCAGCUCAUUGUCAGAGAGCCGCCGGUAGAGUUCACGAAGCCGCUGGAGGACCAGACGGUGGAGGAAGAGGCCACCGCCACGCUGGAGUGUGAAGUUUCCAGAGAGAACGCAGAGGUACAAUGGUUCAGAGAAGGACAGGAGAUCAGAAAGACCAAGAAGUAUGACUUGAUUGUCGACGGACGCAAGAGAGCGCUGGUCAUCCACGGCUGCUCUCCGGAUGACGCCAAGAUGUACACAUGUGACGCCAAAGAGUUCAAGACGUCCUGUUUCCUGGAGGUUACACCUCCUCAUGUGGAGAUUACAAAGCCUUUGCAGGAUGUGGAGGUCAGAGAGAAGGAAUCUGCCAAGUUUGAAUGUGAAGUGUCCCGCGAGUCCGCCAAGGUGCGUUGGUUCAAGGACGGAAGUGAGAUCAGGAGAGGAAAGAAGUACGAGAUCACGGCUAAGGGAGUCCAGAGGAUCCUCAUCGUCCACAAGUCGGUGUUUGACGAUGAGGCAGAGUACGAAUGUGACGCCAGAACUUCCAAGACAUCCGGCAUGCUCACGGUCAUCGAGGAGGCAGCCAGGUUCACCAAGAACCUGUCCAACGUGGAGGGAACGGAGACGGACAGCGUGAAGAUGAUCUGCGAGGUGUCGAAAGCAAACGCUGAUGUCAUCUGGUACAAAGGAGAUGAGGAGCUGCCGGAGGGCGGCCGCUACGACCAGAUCAUGGACGGACGCAAGAGGAUCCUGAUCAUCCAGGACCUGAGAAUGGAGGACGCCGGAGAGUACAACUGCAGGCUGAGUCCCACUGUCAAGACGUCUGCCACGCUCAAACUCAACGAACUGGCGGCUGAGUUCAUCACCCGUCCUCAGAACCAGGAGGUGGUGGAGGGCGAGAAAGCUGAGUUCACCUGCUCCGUCUCCAAGGAAACCUAUGAGGUGAAAUGGUUCAGAGGUGACAAGGAAGUCGAAGCCGGGGACAAGUACACAAUCAUCAGUGAAGGAAAGAGAAGGGCUCUUAUUGUGAAAAACUGUGAGCUGAAGGAUGAAGGAGGCUACGUUGCUCACAUCAGCAGCGUUAAAGCCUCAGCUGAUCUGUGUGUGAUUGAAAAACUGAGGAUCAUCACGCCGAUCAGAGAUACGGAGGUGAAGGAGGGAAGCGAGAUCGUGUUCAAUUGCGAGACGAACACAGAGGGAGCAAAGGCCAAGUGGCUGAAGAACGAGGAGACCAUAUUCGAGAGCAGCAAGUACAUGAUGGCUCAGAGGGACAACGUCUUCUCCCUGAGGAUCAGAGACGCCCAGAAGGGAGACGAAGCCAGCUACACCAUCAACCUGACCAAUCACAGAGGAGAGCAUGCCAAGAGCGCUGCCAGCGCUAAAGUCGCAGAGGAGAAGCUGAAGUUCCUGGAGCCCAUCGAGGACAUUGAGACUCAGGAGAAGAAGACCAUCAGUUUCAUCUGCAAGGUGAACAGGCCCGAGGUGACAGUGAGGUGGAUGAAGGCCGGCCAGGAGGUGACGCUCAAUAAGCGCAUCGUCUACAGAGCUGAUGGACUCAAACACACCCUGACCAUCAAGGACUGCGUCAUGGAUGACGAGGGCGAGUACACCGCUGUGGUUGGUGAUGACAAGUGCGCGGCUGAGCUGAUCAUCAGCGAGGCGCCAACUGACUUCGCCGCACAGCUCAAAGACCAGACCAUCACCGAGUUCGAGGACGCCGAGUUCACCUGCAAGCUGAGCAAGGAGAAGGCUGUCGUCAAGUGGUACAGGAAUGGACGCGAGAUCAGAGAAGGACCCAGAUAUCACAUGGAAAAAGAAGGCAAGAUAUGCAGACUGAUCAUCAAGGUGUGCAGACCUGAUGAUGAAAGUGAAUACGCCUGUGGUGUAGAUGAGAGGAGGACAAGAGCAAGGCUCUUUGUUGAAGAGACCCCCGUGGAGAUCGUCAGACCUCCUCAGGACGCGUUUGAACCUCCAGGCUCGGACAUCGUGUUUGAGGUGGAGCUCAACAAGGACAGAGUGGAGGUGAAGUGGAUGAGGAACAACAUGAUCAUCGUCCAGGGAGACAAAUACCAGAUGAUUAGCGAGGGUAAAGUCCACAGACUGCAGGUCUGUGAGAUCAGACCCCGAGACCAGGGAGAGUACAGGAUUGUGGCUAAAGACAAGGACGCCCGCGCCAAGCUGGAACUGGCAGCUGUUCCCAAGAUCAAAACCACCGACCAGAAUCUAAUGACAGAUGCUGGUAAACCCUUCGUCAUGACCGUGCCCUAUGAUGCUUACCCUCGUGCCGACGCCGGGUGGUUCUUCGAGGACACCAGUCUGCCCGUCCAGAACAUCGACACCUCUGCUGACAAGACAGAGUACCGCCUUAAGAGCCCCAGCAAGGAGGACCAGGGCCGGUACAAAGUGGUCAUCAAGAACAAGCAUGGCGAAGGAGAAGCGUUCAUCAACCUGGACGUGAUUGAUGUCCCUGGACCUGUCAAGAACCUGAGAGUGGUCGACACAGCUGAUGGUGAGGUCAGUUUGGCCUGGGAGGAGCCAGAGAGUGAUGGUGGAAGCAAGAUUAUUGCCUACGUUGUGGAAAGACGUGACGUGAAGCGUAAGACCUGGACUCUGGCAACAGAUCGUGCUGAUGUCCCAGAGUACUGCGUCAGCGGCCUCAACAAGGACUCCAUGUACCUGUUCAGAGUCUGUGCCCGAAACAGGGUUGGCAGCGGACCCACUGUUGCCACAGAGGACGCAGUCCAGGCCAAGAACAAGUUUGAUGUUCCUGAUGCUCCAGAAAAUGUUGCAGUAGCCAAUGUCAACAAGUUUGGUGCCACUGUCACCUGGGAGCCUCCCAAAUUCGACGGCGGCUCGGAGAUCACCGCCUAUGUGAUCGAACUCCGCGACAGGACCUCUGUGAAGUGGGAGGCGGCUCUGGUCUGUGGCGCCAAUGACCGCUCAGCCGCGCUUAAUGACGUGGUGGAGAACAAGGAAUACAUCUUCAGAGUCAGAGCUGAGAACAAGGCUGGCAUCGGCAGGCCCAGCGCCGCCACAAACCCUGUCAAGAUCAUGGAUCCCAUCGAGAGGCCAAGCCCGCCACUGAACCUGAACUUUAGUGACCAAAUCAAGUCGGCAGUCACACUGACCUGGGAGACGCCCACCAGCAAUGGUGGCAGCAUGAUCACCGGCUACAUCAUUGAGAAAUGUGACGAAGGCACUGACAAGUGGCUCCGCUGCAACGCCAGACUGUGCCCAGACCUCUCCUACCGGGUGUCUGGUUUGAAACCUGGUCAGAAGUACCUCUACAGAGUUUGUGCAGAGAACGCUGCUGGCGUGUCUGAUCCAGCUGAGCAACUCGGACCGCUGGUCGCCGACGACCCUCAUGUCGGCCCGACCUUUGACCUGAGUGCCUUUAGGAACGGUCUGGAGGUGAUCGUCCCUCAUCCUCUCACCAUUAGAGUCCCGAUCACUGGAUACCCGACCCCCGUUGCCAAGUGGACCUUUGGAGAGAAGGAGCUGACCACUGCGGACGAGCGUGUCUCCAUGGUGACGAAGCCCACGUACACAGAGCUGACGGUCACACCGAGCGUCCGUCCUGACAAAGGCACCUACACCCUUCAGCUGGAGAACGACGUCUCUUCUGUCUCUGGAGAGAUUGAGGUCAACGUCAUCGCAUGCCCCAGUGCUCCCAAGGACUUUAAGGUGGCUGAGGUGACCCGACACCAUGUCCACAUGAUGUGGGAGGCUCCGGAGCAUGAUGGAGGAAGUCCAGUCACCCACUACCAGAUCGAGAAGAGAGAAGUGUCUCGCAAGACCUGGGCCAAGGUUGCUACUGGCAUCCUGGACCUGGAGCACACUGUGACAGAUGUCAUUGAAGGAAAGGAAUAUCUGUUCAGUGUCACCGCCUGCAACAAGUGUGGACCUGGAGAGCCGGCGUACAUCGACGAGCCUGUUAAUGUCUCCUCUCCUGCCACUGUACCUGAUCCUCCCGAGAACCUGAAGUGGCGCGAUAAGAGUGCCAAGACCAUCUUCCUGUCCUGGGAACCUCCAAAGUAUGACGGAGGUGCCCCGAUCAAAGGCUACGUGGUGGACAAGUGUCAGCGUGGUACUGACAAGUGGGAACCCUGCAGCGACCCCAUCCCUGAACUGAAGUUCCAGGUCACCGGCCUGAUUGAGGGUCAGUGGUACGCCUACAGAGUCAGAGCUGUCAACAAGCUGGGAGCCAGCCGACCCUGCAGGGCCACUGAUGAGAUCCAGGCUGUGGAUGCUAAAGAGCCUCCAGAGAUCCAGCUGGAUGUGAAGUUGCUGGCCGGUCUGACUGCCAGGGCCGGUACCAAGAUCGAGCUUCCAGCCGAUGUCAAAGGAAAGCCCGAUCCCCGGGUGAAGUGGACCAAGGCCGACCUGGUCCUGCGGGCUGACAACCGCAUCACUAUCGACACAGAGCCAGGACACUCCAAGCUUUCCAUCGCUGACACCACCAGAGGGGACACUGCCACCUACAUCAUUGAGGCUGUUAAUACUUGUGGACGCGCCACUGCCACUAUCGAUGUCAACAUCCUUGAUAAACCUGGUCCUCCAGCUGCCUUCGAUAUCUCUGAGAUCACCAACGAGUCAUGCGUCAUGGCCUGGAACCCUCCCAGGGACGACGGCGGCUCACCCAUCACUAACUAUAUUGUGGAGUGCCGUCAGUUGGACAAAGAGGAGUGGGUGAAGCUGUCUGCCACGGUGAAACACACCACCUUCAAAGCCUGCAAGCUCACAGCCAUGAAGGAGUACGUCUUCAGGAUCAGCGCUGAGAACCAGUACGGCAUCGGCGCACCUGCAGAGCAUGUGCCGAUCAUUGCAAAGUAUUCCUUUGAUCCUCCUGGACCUCCAACCAGAGUUACUCCCUCUGACAUCGCCAAGGAUGCCGUGACUCUGACCUGGUUCGAGCCAGACGAGGACGGCGGCAGUCCCAUCACUGGAUACUGGGUUGAGAAGUUUGAUCCAGAGAGCGACAAGUGGAUCAGAUGCAACAAACUGCCCAUUAAGGACACAACCUUCAGGGUGAAGGGACUCCCCACCAAGAAGAAGUACCGCUUCCGUGUUCUGGCUGAGAAUCUGGCUGGUCCUGGAAAACCAAGCGUAGAGACCGAUCCAGUCCUCAUCAAAGAUCCCAUUGAUCCUCCAUGGGCUCCUGGUAAACCUGUCAUUAGGGACAUUGGCAAGACCACAGCCCUGGUGGCAUGGACCCGGCCAGAGCACGACGGUGGAGCUAAGAUUGAAGGCUACAUCAUUGAGUUCCAAAAGACUGGAAGCGAGGAAUGGAUCCGGAUUGCUGAGGACAUUCCUCUGACCGAGCACCAGCUGCAGGGUCUGAUGGAGAAGCAGGAGUACUCAUUCAGGGUCAAGGCCGUCAACAAAGCCGGAGAGAGCGAACCCAGUGAGCCCAGCGACCCUGUGGUCUGCAAGGAGAGACUUUACCCUCCCUCCCCUCCUCAGUGGCUGGACGUAACCAACAUCACCAAGACCAACGCUGACCUGAAGUGGCAGGCUCCCAGCAGUGAUGGAGGCUCACCCAUCACCAACUAUGUGGUGGAGAAGAGGGACGUGAGGCGAAAGGCCUGGCAGGCAGUUGACACCACCGUCAAGGACCUCAAGUACACCGUGAGUCCUCUCAACGAAGGGUCACUGUACGUGUUCCGUGUUGCCGCUGAGAACGCCGUUGGGACGAGUGAAUUCUGUGAAUUGGAGGAUGCUGUGCUCGCCAAGGACACUUUCACAACUCCUGGACCUCCUUAUGCCCUGACAGUGGUGGAGGUCACCAAGAGACAUGUGGAGCUGAAAUGGGAAGCUCCCAAGAGCAAUGGUGGAAGACCGAUAACCAAGUACGUGAUUGAGAAGAAGGAGAAGCUGGGAACCCGUUGGCUGAAGUGCUGCAAGACUCCAGACAAACAGACUCAGUUUAAGGUGACAGAUGUGGAUGAAGGGUCAGAGGUUCAGUUCCAGGUCAGAGCUGAGAACGAGGCUGGAGUCGGUGAUCCAAGUGAACCAACUGAGAUCCUCACCAUCGAGGAUGCAACCAGUGCUCCAUCUCCUCCUCUUGAAGUGGCCGUCCCUGACGCCAGCCGAGAGCACAUCAACGUCACCUGGAAGCCUCCAGCCAAGGACGGUGGCUGCCCGAUUACCGGCUACCAUGUUGAGGUGGCAGAGGCCCGCCCAGAGCUGAAGUGGCUCAGGGUCAACAACAGACCCAUCAAGGAACUCAAGUUCAGGAUUGAUGACGGAAUCAAACCAGAGAAGAAGUACGUCAUCAGAGUUCGUGCCAUCAACUCUGUUGGUGUCAGCGAUCCCUCCGAGAUCUCUGACAAGGUCUUCACCAAGGAUCCCGACUGUGCUCCAACUAUGGAUUUGGAGGCACAAGACGUGGUUGUGGUUGAGGGCGAGAAGCUGCACCUGAACAUCCCAUAUAGGGCGAUCCCGACGCCCAAGAUGGUGUGGCAGAAGGACACAGUGGAGUGUAAGGCCGAUGACCGGCUCUCCAUGACAGUGGAGAUGAACAGCGCACACCUGGAGCUGCUCAAGUGCACACGUCCUGAUGCCGGUGCCUAUGCCAUCACCCUGGAGAACAGUCUGGGAACUGCCACUGGAACUGUCAAUGUCAAAGUCAUCGGACUCCCCGGUCAGUGUAAAGACAUCACCUCCAGCGACGUCACCAAGAACUCUUGCAAGAUCAGCUGGGAAGCCCCAGAGGAUGACGGUGGCACCCCCAUUGUCAGCUACACUCUGGAGCGUCGUGAGGCAUCCAAGAAGACCUACAUGCCUGUCAUGUCUGGAGAGAACGUCCUGACUUACACUGUCAAAGAACUGUUCAUCAAUUGUGAGUACUACUUCAGAGUGAAGGCUGUCAACAAGGUUGGAGCUGGAGAAUAUCUGGAGCUACGCAACCCUGUCAUCACAGAGGAAAUCAAACAGAAACCAGACCCACCUAUCCAGGUGGAGGCUCACGACCCGACGUCCAAGUCCAUCACAGUCACAUGGAAGGCUCCGGACUAUGAUGGCGGCUGUCCCAUCCAGGGCUAUAUCGUGGAGAAGAUUGAAAAGGACGGCGACCGCUAUGAGAGGGUUACCCCAAGCCUGGUUCCUGGUUUCUCCUACGUGGUAACAGGCCUGAAGGAGGACAUGGAGUACCAGUUCAGGGUCCGCGCUGAGAAUGCCGCUGGAGUCAGUGAGCCAUCACGUAGCACACCACUUACCAAAGCUGCAGACCCCGUCGAAAAACCAAAGGUCACACUUCAUGCCCGUGUGCAGUCUGGUGUCUGCAUUAAGAAGGGUGAGGAGAUCCGCAUCGAUGCCUUCAUCUCUGGGUCUCCGUACCCCAAAGUCACCUGGCUGAAGAACGAUGAGGACGUCACCAAAGAGCCGACCAAAAAGAUUGUUCCUUUGGUCAAGAAGAAGAAGUCCAAGGCCAAGGUUCCAGAACCAGAGGAGGAGUUUGUGACUCCACUGCGUGAGCGUCUGGGUCUGGAUCAGACCCAGAAGGGCCGAUCUGCACUGAUGAUACGUGACGCAGUCAGACCCGACCAUGGAAACUUCACCAUCAUGGUGGAGAACACUCACGGUGUUGCCACCGCCUCCUGCAAUGUCAACGUCCUUGACAAACCCGGCGCUCCAAUCAACUUCACCUUCCAUGAGAUCAGGAACACCUCAGUCAUCUGUAACUGGGAACCUCCUGAGGAUGAUGGCGGCAGCGAGAUCCUGAACUACAUCCUGGAGAAGAAGGACAACAGAAACGAUGAGAUCGGCUGGAUCACCAUCACCUCCACCCUGAAGGGUACCAGCUGCCCCGUCACCAAACUCAUCGAGGGGAAGGAGUACAUCUUCAGAAUCACCGCUGAGAACAAGUUUGGCUGCGGGCCACCAUGUAUCUCCGAGCCCCUGGUUGCCAAGAACCAGUUCAAUCCUCCUGAUGCUCCCAACACUCCCAGAGUCCACGAGGUGACGGCGAGCACCGUCCACAUCUCCUGGCACGAGCCGAAGGACAAUGGCAGCCCAAUCCUGGGCUACUGGAUCGAGAGGAAGGAGGUGAACAGCAAACACUGGACCCGAGUGAACCGGGCCCUCCUCAAUUCUCUGGAUGUGAAGGUCACCGGCUUGAUGGAGGGACUCACCUACAUCUUCAGAGUGUGUGCCGAGAACCUGGCCGGGCCCGGGCCCUUCAGUGAGCCUACCGACCGCAUUAUCACCAUGGACGCCAUCCUGCCUCCUGGCCCCCCCACUCCAUGGAUCGUGGAUACUGGGAAGGACUCUGUCAUUGUGGCCUGGAAGCCACCACUGUACAACGGUGGAGGAGACAUCUUGGGAUACCACGUUGAGAAGGUUUUGGCUGGAGAGAAGGACUGGACUCGGAGCACAGAGUUCAGGUGCAAAGAGCUGACAUACACUGUGACAGGCCUGGCCGAGGGAGCAGAUUAUUAUAUCCGUGUCAUCGCCGUCAACGAUGCCGGACCCGGAGCUCCUGGAGUUACCGAACCCGUCACUGUUAAAGAGCCUCAAGAACCUCCUGCUGUGGACUUUGAUGACUCUGUGAAGAACGGUGUCAUGAUAAAGGCAGGCGAGUCUUUGAGACUUCCCGCUGUGGUGACUGGCCGACCCCAGCCGGAGGUCAAGUGGGCCAAAGAUGAGGCCGACAUCGACAAAGAGAGGAUGAUCGUUGAGACAGUGGGCAAAAACAGCACACUGUUCAUCAAGAAGGCCGUAAGGGCAGAUCACGGAAAGUACAAGAUCUCUGGCACCAACAGCAGUGGGACCAAGACCGCUGAGACCAGAGUGGACGUUAUGGACGUACCGGGACCAGUGGUUGACCUGAAGACAGUCGUGGUGACAAAGAAGAACAUCACUCUCACCUGGUCUGACCCCUUGGACAACGGCGGCAGCGACAUUAUUGGCUACGAGGUGCUGAGGAAGGAUGCCAAGAUGAAACUCUUCCGCCAGCCCAUUGAGACGGCGUCCUGUAAGUGUGACGUCCAGGGUCUGCUGGCUGGUGAGGAAUAUGACUUUAGGGUCAUUGCAAGGAACAAGUAUGGUGAUGGAGCUCCAGCUGACCUGGGUCCCAUCUUGGCAGAGGAUCCCAAAGGUACUCCAUCUGCCCCAGAGAAGUUGCACUACACUGAUAGAAGUAAGACAACUAUCACUCUGGCCUGGCAGCCACCUCGCACUGAUGGCGGCAGCCCCAUCAGAGGGUACUACGUGGAGAAGAUGAGGUCUGAUAGCACUGAGUUUGACGUGGCCAACCGCAAGAUCUUCACUGAAUGCUGUGGAACGAUUGAGAACCUGUCAGAGAACCAGGAGUACCAGUUCCGUGUCAAAGCUGUGAACGAGGUUGGGGACGGAGAUCCAUCCAAGCCAAUCACAGCCAAGAUCCAGGAUGAUGAAAUUGCUCCUGUUAUCACGAUCCUGAAGUUCUUCAAGAGCAAUGCCAUCAUCGUGAGGAAAGGGUCAGCCAUCGACAUCCCAGCGGAGGUGAAAGGACUUCCUCUGCCAACGAUCCAAUGGAUGAAGGACGACGUGGUCAUUGAGAAGCCUGAUGAGGAGAAGAUGACCAUGGAGACUGAGGAGGUUAACCGGACAACUCUGAAGACAAAGAUCGCCAUCCCAGAAACCAUCAGGCAGGACAAGGGCAACUACAAGCUGGUGGCUGAAAACUGCUAUGGCAAAGCUCAGCAUGUCAUCACAGUUGAGAUCCUUGACCGUCCUCUUCCUCCGAGGAACAUCGUGGUCUCGGACAUUAAGGCAGACUCAUGCUACCUGACCUGGGACGCCCCAGAGGACAACGGAGGCAGCGAGAUCACCAACUACAUCGUGGAGCGCAGAGACGCCAGCAAGAAGAAGUCCGACUUUGAUGCUCUCACUAUUAAUCUCAUCGACAGGAGAUAUGGGGUCUACAAACUGGACUUGAACGGUUCCUACCAGUUCAGGAUCAAAGCUGAGAACAAGUACGGCGUCAGCGACGGCUGUGAUUCAGAGAAAGUCCAGCUGAGGGAUCCAUUUGGCCUCCCUGGACCACCACGUAACCCCAAAAUCAUUGGCGCCACAGCGACCACCAUGACUCUGACCUGGGAACCUCCUCUGGAAAAUGGUGGUUCCACCAUCCAGGGAUACUGGCUGGAGAAGAGGGAGCGCGGCGCCGUGUACUGGGGUCGUGUCAACCGAGCUCCAGUCACCAAACCAGCAGUGAAGGGCCUGCAGUACACUGUGCUCAGACUCAUUGAAGGAACAGAGUACCAGUUCAGGAUUGCAGCCUGCAACGCUGCAGGGGUUGGACCACCCAGCGAGGCCACUGAAUGCCGUUUCACUGUGGAUCCAUGCAACCCUCCCAGCUCACCUGGAUCCCCCGAGGUUAAAGACAAGACCAAGAGCAGCAUCACUCUCAGCUGGAGUCCCCCCGACAGAGAUGGUGGCAGCCCCAUCAAGGGUUACAUUAUUGAGGUCCACGAGGAGGGCUCUCCUGACUGGAGGAGGGUGAACCCCGCUGACAAGCUCCACCCAUCCACCGAAAUCACCGUCCCUGACCUGAAGGAGGGCAAAAAAUGCAAGUUCAGGAUCUACGCUGUGAACGCCGCUGGCAACUCAGAGCCCGCCAGGACGUCGGACAUCCUGGUUCAGGACAUCCUGAUCGAGCCAGCUGUUACUCUGGACAUAAGUGCUCACGACCUGCUGAACUGCAGAGCGGGAACACCCAUCAGGAUUCCCGCCACCAUCACCGGACGACCCGUUCCGAAAGUAACCUGGACCUUUGACGGAACUGCCGAGACCGAGAAGAAGAACGAGCUUCACACACUGCCUGUCGACUCAGAGAUCCACUCCACAGACACAACCUCGGUGGUUGUGAUUCCAGAGAGCAAACUGAACCACAGCGGCCGGUACGUCAUCAACGCCGAGAGCCCCGCGGGACACAAGGUGGUCAAAGUCAGAGUCAACGUGCUUGACCUGCCUGGACCUCCUAGAGACGUGAAGGUGAGUGAUGUGACCAGGGGAACCUGCAGACUCACCUGGAAAGCCCCAGAGUCUGACGGUGGUGACAGGGUGAAGAGCUACUUCAUCGAGAAGAAGACGGUGGAGGGCAAAGCCUGGACCAAGGUGAACACAGCCUGUGCUUCUCAGUCUCUGGUGGUUCCAGACCUGAUCGGCGGUCAGGAGUACCUGUUCCGUAUCCGCGCUGAGAACCGCUUCGGGUUUGGCCCCUUUGUUGAGACCACAGAGAGCGCCAGAGCCAGAGAUCCCAUCCAUCCUCCCGAUCCUCCCACAAGGCUGAAGAUCCAGAACGUGAGGAAGGGCACCGUGACUCUGACGUGGAAGGCUCCAAAGAACGAUGGUGGUUCACCUGUCACCCACUACAGUGUUGAUCUGCUCUGCUGGGCUGCCAGCGGCGAGAAGGAGUCCUGGAGGAGGUGCAACAGGAGAGAUGUGGACACCACCACUUUCAAAGUGGAGGAUCUGACGGAGGGAGACGAGUAUGAGUUCAGAGUAGUGGCGUGGAAUGAGGCUGGACACAGCCGACCUUCAUCCACCGCCGGACCCAUCCUCAUCCAGGACCAGACCUGUGCUCCAUCCAUUGAGCUGAAGGAGUUCAUGGAGGUCGAGCAGGGCAGCGACAUCAGCAUCGUGGCCAAGAUCCGUGGCUGUCCAUUCCCCACGCUCACCUGGUACAAAGCCCCGCCCCACAAGUCUGACAACAAAGUGGAGGUUCAGUAUGACGAGCACAUCAACAAGAUCGUAUCGGACGACAGCUGCACGCUGCUCAUCCAGCAGGGCAAACGUCCCGACACCGGCCUGUACACGCUGGUGGCCUCCAACAGCAUUGGCAAGGCCUCCAAGGAGAUGAGGCUCAAUGUGCUGGGCCGGCCCGGUCCUCCGUCUGCUCCCAUUAAGUUUGAGGAGAUUGGAGCCGAGAAGAUCACGCUCUCCUGGCUGCCACCGAAGGACGACGGUGGCUCCAAAGUCACAAACUAUGUCAUCUGGAGGCGGGUGGCCAACAGGAAGACCUGGGUGCCUGUCACAAAUGAGCCCAAAGAGCGGAUCUGGACAGUGGAGAACCUGAUGGAGGGACACGAGUACGUGUUCCGCAUAAUGGCCCAGAACAAGUACGGAGUUGGAGAGCCGCUGGACAGCGAACCCGAGGUCGCCCGAAACCGCUACACCGUCCCCGGUCAGUGCGAGAAGCCGACAGUCACCAGUGUCACCAUGGACUCCAUGACAGUUAACUGGGAGGAGCCCGAGGACGACGGUGGCACGCCGAUCACCGGCUACUGGCUGGAGCGUAAGGAGACGACGGGCAAACGCUGGACCCGUGUCACCCGCGACCCCAUCCGUCCCAUGGGCAUGGGCGAGUCGUUCGUGGUGAGCGGACUCAUUGAGGGCUCCCAGUACCUGUUCAGAGUCUCCGCCAUCAACGCAGCAGGACCUGGACUUCCCAGCCCCCCCACAGACCCCAUCUUUGCAAGAGACCCCAUCUCUCCGCCCUCUCCUCCAACCCCCAAGGUUUCUGAUUGGACAAGGUCCACAGUGGACCUGGAGUGGAUCCCUCCUCUGAAGGAUGGAGGCUCCAAGAUCAUGGGCUACUGGGUGGAAUACAAGGAGGAGGGAACAGAAGCCUGGGUCAAGGCUAAGGAGACUGAAAUCCGUGGCACCCGGUUCGUGAUCACUGGUCUGAAGACCGGCGGUCAGUACAGGUUCAGGGUAAUUGCCUUCAAUGCUGCCGGUAACAGCGAGCCAGGCGAAGUCCCAGAGGUGCUCGAGGUCAAUGACAGAACCAUUGCUCCUGAGGUCGACCUGGAUGCCUCAGUGAAGGAGAGGAUGGUGGUCCAUGCCGGUGGUGUGAUCCGCAUCAUUGCCUAUGUGUCAGGCCAGCCGUCCCCAGAGGUUACCUGGAGCAGAGAUGGAGCUGCACUGCCUCCUGAGGCUCAGGUGGAGACGACAGCCAUCAGCUCAUCUCUGGUUAUCAAACCCUGUGCCAGGAAACACCUUGGCGUCUACACACUGACUGCCAAAAACGCUGGAGGGGAGAAGAAGAAGAACAUCACAGUGGAAGUUCUGGACGUCCCUGGACCUGUUGGUAUCCCCGUCACCGCGGAGAACCUGAGCACUGAUUCCUGCAAGCUCAACUGGUUCUUCCCAGAGAAUGACGGUGGCUCUCCCAUCAGUAACUACAUCGUUGAGAAGCGAGAGGCCGAGCGUAAGGCCUGGACUUCAGUCUCCUUCACCGCCAGCAGACAGAACGCUAUAGUUCAUGGCCUCACCACCGGAAAGUCCUACUUCUUCAGAGUGGCUGCUGAGAACGCAAUCGGCCUUGGACCCUUCUUGGAAACCGCCUGCGAACUUUUGGUCAAAGAGCCCAUCAGUGUGCCAGACCGACCUGAGGAGCUGGAGGUCACCAAGGUCACCAAGGAUUUGAUCAGCGUCACCUGGAAGGCACCCAAGUAUGACGGCGGCUCAGAGAUCACCAUGUAUAUCCUGGAGGCACGUAUGAUUGGCAAAGACAAGUUCACCAGACUGACAAAGGAGAAGCUGAUGGACAGGAAGUACACCUAUGACGGUCUGAGGGAGGGCGACACCUAUGAGUUCAGGGUCAUCGCCGUCAAUGAGGUCGGACCCAGUAAACCAUCAUUUUGCACCAAACCAAUCACCUGCAAGGACGAACUGGAGCCACCAACCAUUGAACUGGACUUCCGGGAUAAAAUCAUCAUCCGUGUGAGUGAGAGCUGCCUGCUGCAGGGCCGCUACACCGGCAAACCUUCUCCGUCCAUCGUGUGGUACAGAGACGACAACGAGCUGAAGGCUGACAAACACAUUAUGUUCAAGAAUACGCUGACCACCAUGUCACUGGGUCUGAUGAAGGCAGAGCGCAAGCACAGCGGCAGAUACAUGGUGGUGGUGGAGAACAGCACUGGAUCCAGGAAGGGACUCUGCAACGUCACUGUUGUCGACCGUCCAACUCCUCCUGUUGGCCCAGUCGUAUUUGAGGAGGUGCACAGGGAGUACAUGGUCAUCUCCUGGAAGCCUCCUCUGGACAGUGGCGGCGUGGACGUCUCCAACUAUAUCAUUGAGAAGAGAGACACCAACAGAGACAUCUGGACCACAGUGACAUCUGCCACAACCAAGACCACAUGCAAGAUCCCCAAGCUGACAGAGGGCAGGGAGUACAUCCUGAGGAUCUCCGCUGAGAACAUGUAUGGCAUCAGCGACCCACUGGAAUCUGAGGAGAUGAGAGCCAAAGAUCUGUUCAGAGUCCCUGAGGCCCCUGAUAUGCCGACGGUCAGGGAAGUGUAUGCCACCAACGCUCUGGUGCUAUGGAACCGCCCUCGCGAUGGUGGGAAGCCCAUUACCAACUACAUCCUGGAGAAGAAGGAGCCCACAGCCAAGAGGUGGUCCAGAGCCACAAGAGACCCACUGUACCCGGCCACUCAAUACCGAGUCCAGGACCUUGUGGAGGGCUGCGAGUACGAGUUCAGGGUGAUGGCUGAGAAUGAGCUGGGUACUGGAGACCCCAGCGUCCCCUCCAAACCCAUUCUUGCAAAAGAUCCUAUUGUGUGCCCCAGCCCUCCAGUCACCCCUGAGGCCUACGAUAAGACCAAGGACACUGUCAGCCUGAAGUGGCAGAUGCCCCGCCAUGAUGGCAAGGGCCGGAUCUUUGGUUACAUUGUUGAGUACCAGAAGCCUGGCGCCGUGGAGUGGGUUCAGGCCAACGAGACUCCAGAGCAGUGCCCUGAUCUCCACUAUGUGGUGACGGGCCUGACCGAUGGACAGGAGUAUACAUUCAGGAUCUUCACUGUCAACGCUGCCGGCAGAUCUGACCCUGCCUAUGUCAAACAGUCCAUCAAAGUCCACGACAGACUUGAGGAACCAGAGUUGCUGCUGGACGCUAACAUGGCACGUGACCACCUGGCAAUGGUGGGAGCUGACAUCACCCUGAGUGCCACGAUUAAGGGUGUUCCAACACCCACAGUUAGCUGGAAAAAGAAUGAUGGAGACGUUCCAUCUCACAUCACUGUUGCCGUCACUGCCACUGGCAGCAAAGUCUUCAUUCCCAAGUGCGUUCGCGCGGACUCCGGCAACUUCACAAUCACUGCGGAGAAUGCUGCUGGAAAGAAAUCUGCAACUGUUGCUGUGCUUGUGCUGAAUAAGCCUUCUCCUCCCAGAGACCUGGUGGUCUCCGAGGUGACCAGCGAGUCUGCCUACCUGACAUGGAAAGCUCCCGAGGACAAUGGGGGUGCUGUCAUCUCCCACUAUGUUGUACAUAAGAAGGACGUGGCUGCAGAGCAGUGGGUUCCUGUCGCUCCUGCAAAUAAGAAGCUUAGUUUGAUGGCCAUGUACCUGAUGGAAGGAAUCCAGUACCUGUUCAGGGUGGCUGCUGAGAACCAGUUUGGCAGAAGUGACUUUGUGAUGACCAAGACACCCAUCAAGGCAAUUGAUCCUCUCUAUCCUCCUGGCCCACCAAAGAACCUGCACCACACUGAUGCAGACAAGACAGAGGUGUGGUUGGCAUGGCAGUGGCCUGACCGCACUGGUGGAAGUGAAAUCACUGGCUUCAUUGUGGAGCACCAGGAAGAGGGCCAGACUGACUGGGUCACCUUCAAGACCGUGAGCAAUAACCACGCCCAUGUCACCGGUCUGGAGGAGGGCAAGACUUACCGCUUCAGGGUGAAGGCUCAGAACGCCAUUGGUGUGAGCCGUCCGGACACUAGCGUCCCCAUCACCUGCCAGGAGAAGACAUUGCCACCAACUAUUGAAGUUGAUGUGAAGCUUAUAGAGGGUCUUGUUGUCAAAGCUGGCAGCAAUAUUGUCCUUCCUGCAAAGAUGACAGGCAUUCCCAUUCCCACUGCUAAGUGGAUGACAGAUGGCAACGAGAUUGCAUCAGAAGGCCACUAUCACAUUGAGUCUGCUGGAUCCUCAACUAUUCUCAGUAUCCCUGAGUGCAAGAGAGGAGACACUGGAGAGUACAUCCUCACUGUGUCUAAUCCUGCAGGUAGCAAGACUGUUGCCCUGCAUGUCACCGUUCUGGAUCUUCCAGGUCCACCCAUCGGACCCAUCAAUAUCUUGGAGGUCACUCCAGAUUACAUGAUGAUCCAAUGGAGGGCACCCAAAGAUGAUGGUGGCACGCCCAUCACCAACUAUGUGGUGGAAAAGAAGGAUGUGAAGAAGCCAUGGGAGCCCUGGUCUGUUGUUAGAUCCAGUGGCACCAGCACCAAGGCCAAGGUGUCCAGGCUGGAGAAGGGCCGUGAGUAUAUUGUCCGUGUCCGAGCAGAGAACAAGAUUGGAAUUGGCGCUGGACUUGAGAGUCCUCCCACUGUUGCCAAGCACAUGUUCAACCCUCCUGGUCCACCAGGCCUGCCAGAGUGCUCUGAUAUCACAGAAAAUGCUGUGACAGUACAAUGGAGCCUGCCUGAAUACGAUGGAGGAAGCCCCAUCAGCGGCUAUGUGAUUGAACGCAGAGAAAUGACAGGGAAGUGGAUCCGUGUCAACAAAACUCCUGUGCUGGACCUCAGAUACAGAGUCUCAGGCCUAUUUGAAGGCAACACCUAUGAGUUCAGAGUAUUUGCUGAGAACAUUGCUGGUAUCAGUGAGCCUUCUCCCACCUCCGACCCCAUCAAGGCCACUCGCGCUAUCACUAAACCUGGACCCCCUGGUAAUCCUAAACUGAAGGACUGGAGCAAAUCCUAUGCUGACAUCUGCUGGACAAAGCCUACAAGAGAUGGUGGCAGUCCCAUUCUUGGCUAUGUGGUUGAGGCUCAGAAGACAGGAACUGCCCAAUGGGACAGAAUCAACAAGGACCUCAUCAAGAUGUGUGCCUACAGAGUGCCAGGCCUCAUUGAAGGAAUGGAGUACAAAAUUCGCAUUAGGGCCACCAACAAGGUUGGAGACAGUGAACCCAGAGAACUGCCACAGACCAUCUUGGCAAAGGACAUCCUGGUGCCUCCUGAAGUUGUUGUUGACGUGGCAUGCCGCGACUCUCUAACAGUCAGGGCAGGUCAGAUCAUCAGUUUGAUCACUAGGGUGAAAGGCAGACCAGAUCCAGAGAUAACAUGGACCAAGGAUGCCAGAGCUUUGUCCAGGGAUAAACGCACUGAAAUUAACAACAACUACCCUCUCUGUGAAUUGGUAAUCAAUGAGGCAGUCAGGUCAGACUAUGGUAAAUAUGCAAUUGUUGCCAAGAACAGUAGUGGACAGGCACAGGCCACAAUUAUUGUCAAUGUCCUGGACACACCAGGAGCUUGUCAGAACAUAAAAGUGGCCUAUGUGACUAAGAACUCCUGCAUGGUGUCCUGGGAAAACCCUGAGGACAAUGGAGGCACUGAGAUUACUCAGUACAUUAUUGAGUGCCGUCAGCCCAGCCAGAGAGGUUGGACAGUCGUCUCCAAUGACUGCACCAAGCGCCUGAUUAAGGCUCCUCUUACUGAGGGUUGUGAGUACUUCUUCCGUGUCAGUGCAGAAAAUAAGAUUGGUGCUGGUCCACCUACUGAGACCAAGACACCUGUGCUGGCAGUUGAUCCCAUUGAGAAGCCUGGUGAACCCAUUGACUUCCAUAUAUCUGAGAUUGGCAAGACCUUCUGCUUCCUCAAGUGGAGGAAGCCAGACUAUGAUGGUGGUAGCCGUAACCUGGGUUAUCAUGUUGAGAAGAAACCAAAGGAAGCUGAGGAGUGGGAGAGGCUCCAUAAGGGUGCCAUUAAGGAGACUUACUUCAUGGCUGACAGGUGCAUCGAAAACCAAAUCUACCAGUUCAGAGUUCAGACUAAGAAUGAGGGAGGCGAGAGCAACUGGGUGACCACAGCUGAGGUCCUGGUUAAGGAACUGCUUGUGGAGCCUGAACUCAAGAUUAAACUGGAUGGAACCCUUGUGGUCAAGGCAGGAGACUCCAUUCCUAUUGAGGCAACAGUGAAGGGCAAACCCCAGCCUGAUGUCAAAUGGACCAAGGAUGAGAGCACAGAGGAGAUUAGGAAGGGCCCCAGGCUUCAGAUUGAAACUGGUGCUGACUUCUCAAAACUGCUGCUUACCGGCGCCAGGCGCACUGACAGUGGCAAAUAUGUUAUCACUGCCAUCAAUAGUGCAGGAAGCGGUUCUGCUCAUGCCAAGGUUAAUGUACUGGAUAGACCUGGUCCCAUCAGGGAUCUCAAGGUGUCUGGUAUCACCACCGACAGGUGCAAUCUAGCCUGGGAAAUCCCAGAGGAUGAUGGCGGCUGCGAUAUCUACAACUACAUUAUUGAGAAAUGCGAAACCAAGAGAGGAGUCUGGUCAGUCCACUCCAAUGCUGUCAUCACCAACAAAGCUAAAGUUACUCGCCUUAUUGAGGGUAAUGAGUAUAUUUUCAGAGUUCGUGCUGAGAAUAAGAUGGGUCCUGGUCCUGCAGUGCAGAGUGGAUCCAUUGUUGCAGGCACACAGUUCAGUGUACCUGAUGCUCCUGAAGCACCAGAAGUCACCAAGAUUGCCAAGGAGGAGAUGACCGUGCAGUGGUCAGAGCCUGAGAAAAAUGGAGGCAAGCCAAUCACAGGUUAUCUUUUGGAGAAGAGAGAGGAGCAUGCCGUUAGAUGGUCUCCUGUCAACAAAGAUCCACUCCCUGGAACGCGUUUCACAGUUACAGGACUCUUGCCCCUCCAUGACUACCAGUACAGAGUCAAGGCUGUCAAUGAAAUCGGCAUUGGUAACCCAAGCAAGCCAUCACGUGCCAUCACUGCCAAGGAUGCAGUUGAGCCUCCUGCACCUCCUACCAACUUGAAGGUCAUGGACAGCACCAAAUCAAGUGUCACCCUGGGCUGGACCAAGCCUGUAUCUGAUGGUGGAGCUCCGCUCAUUGGCUAUGUUGUAGAGAUGAGAGCACAGGGCUCUGCCAAGAAAGGAGAUGAUGGUUGGAAGAGGUGCAACGUAGCAGCUCAACUGGUCGUGUGUGAGUUCACAGUCACAAGUCUCGAUGAGAAGCUUGCGUAUGAAUUCAGAGUGUCGGCUCAAAACCAGGUGGGCAUGAGCCUGCCCUGUGACCUGGAGGGUGCUGUGAUCCCCAAGGAGAUUCUAGAGGCACCAGAGAUUGACUUGGAUGCUAGCCUGAAGCAGGGACUGACAGUGAGAGCUGGCUGUCCCAUCAGGCUUUGUGCCACCAUCAGAGGCAGACCACCUCCCAAGGUAACUUGGAGGAGGAUGGGAAUCGACAAUGUGGUCAGGAAGGGAAAGGUCGACAUCAUUGACACCAUGACCUUCCUGGUUAUCCCCGACAGCACACGUGACGACUCAGGCAAAUAUUGCCUGACUGUCCAGAGCCGUGCUGGAGAGAAGGCUGUGUUUGUCAAUGUUCAGGUUCUUGACACUCCUGGACCGGUAAUGAAUCUGGAAGCUACCGACAUCAAACAGACAUCUGCUAUGCUGUCCUGGAGUCCUCCAGAUAACAAUGGUGGCAAAGAAGUCACUCAUUACAUUAUUGAGAAGCGCGAGAUUGACCGCAAGACAUGGGCAACCGUCAAGGCCGAAGUGGAGAAGGAUAAGGUUCCCUUCAAAGUCAGCGGUCUGAUGCCAGGGACUGAAUACUACUUCAGGGUCACAGCUGUCAAUGAGUAUGGUUCUGGAGUACCCAGAGUGACACCCACUUCCUAUAUGGCCUCUGAUCCUGUCAGCAAGCCAGAUCCCUGUGAAAAGAUUGAGGUUCUGGAGAUCACUAAGAACAGUGCAACGGUCGGCUGGGUGAAGCCUUUAAGGGAUGGUGGUGCCAAGAUCGACGGUUAUGUGAUUGAAUACAUAGAGGUCAAACCUCCUCCAGAGCCUCCAGCACCUGUGGAGGUUUAAGGAGAGGAGGCUCCACUGCCACCACCUCCACCUCCAGUGGUAGUGGAGGAAGAGGAGGAGCCUGAAAAGGAAGUGUGGAAUGCCUACACCACAGUGAAAGGUUUGACAAUCAGCAUCAGCGGCCUGAAGGAGGGCAAGAGGUACAAGUUCAGAGUGGCUGCCAAGAACAUCAUGGGCAUGAGCUCAUUCACUGAGACGAGGGAGCCAAUCGAGAUCAAGGAACAAAUGUUGGAACCAAAGAUUGUUAUGCCAGAGACAGUGAGCGCCAGAGCCGGAGCCAAGCUCAGAGUGGAGGCACUGGUUUCUGGAAAACCUGCCCCAACCUGCAAGUGGAUGCGUGGUGAGAAUGCAGUAGUCCCAUCCAGUCGUCUGGCUGUGCACCAGUCCGGCAACCUGUGUGUCCUGAUCAUCAAAGAUGUGUCAAGGACUGACAGCGGAGAGUACAGCCUGGUGGCUGAGAAUAGCUCUGCGAAGGUGGUUCAAGCCCUGAAGAUCAUCAUCAGAGACAUCCCUGGUCCUCCUGAAGGCCCUGUGGAGAUCAGCGACAUCGACUCUGAUGCCUGCUCCCUGUCCUGGAACAAACCACUGGAGGAUGGAGGCAGCAAUAUCACCAAUUAUGUAGUGGAGAAAUGUGAUGUGACUAGAGGUGACUGGGUGACGGCCGUUUCUUCCUGCUCAAAGACCAAUUGCAGGCUUGGAAAGCUUAUUCCUGGGAAGGAGUAUGUAUUCCGCAUCCGUGCUGAGAACCGCUUUGGUGUAUCAGAUCCCAUUCAGUCUGACAGGAUGGUUGCCAAGUUCCCCUUUGAUGUUCCUAGCGAGCCCCUCAACUGCCGCAUCAACAAAACCAACAAGGACUGUAUGUUUGUGGCCUGGGAUAAGCCCGAAACUGAUGGCGGCAGUCCCAUCACAGGUUACUAUAUUGAGCGUAAGGAGAGGAACAGCCUGCUCUGGGUGAAGGCCAAUGACACAGUUGUCCGCACCACUGAGUACCCAUGCGCUGGCCUCAUCGAGGGCCUGGAAUACACCUUUAGAGUGUCCGCCAUCAACCGUGCUGGCCAGGGCAAACCAAGCAAGAAGACUGACUUUGUUACUGCCAGAACACCUGUUGACACUCCAGGUAAACCUGAGAUCCUGGAUGUAACCAAGAACACUGUCACUUUGGUUUGGACCCGUCCCAAGAAUGACGGUGGAAGCAAGCUCAUUGGCUACUACGUUGAGGCCAUGCGAGUGCCAGGAGAUCAUUGGAUACGCUGCAACACCAGCAGCCAGAAUGUUCCAAGGGAGGAGUAUACAGUUACUGGCCUGGAGAGAGACCUGCAGUACCAGUUCAGAGUCAUCGCCAAAACUGCUGUCAACAUAAGCAAACCCUCUGAGCCCACAGACCCUAUCUUGGUCUGUGCUGAGAAUGUUCCUCCAAGAGUGGAGCUCAAUGCCAAGAUGCAGAAGGGUAUAAAGGUGAAGGCUGGAGCCACAGUACUGCUGGAAGCUGAGGUAUUUGGUAAGCCCAUGCCCAGAGUGACCUGGAAGAGAGGCGACGAUAGCCUGAAGUCAGGUGAAGGCCAGGUCAUCACCCAUCAGAGGCAUCACUUCCAGCUGGAAAUGACAGGAGUCACCAAGGAGCACACAGGAACCUACACCAUCCUGGCAGAGAAUGCCAGUGGCUCCAAGACUGCUGAGAUCCAGGUCAACAUUCUGGAUGUGCCUGGCCCUCCUGCAAGUGCCAAAUUCCUUGAGGUGUCAGCCACCAGUAUCAAGCUGUCCUGGGAGCCUCCUCUGAAGGACGGUGGUGCCCCCAUCACCAGUUAUAUUGUGGACAAGCGUGAGACCAGCAGAGCUAACUGGGCCCUGGUCUGCGCCAAGCUCAAGGGCGACAUCCUUGAGUACAAUGUGGAGAGGCUGAUCGAGGGUCGCGAGUACCAGUUCCGAAUCCGUGCUGAAAACAUGUGGGGAGUUGGAGACCACCUCAUCACUAACCCUGUCAUCGCCAAAAACCCGUUCACUGUCCCUGGCCCUUGUGAGGCCCCGGUGAUCACCAAUGUGACCAAAGACCAUAUGACUGUGAGCUGGAAGGAGCCUGCUGAUGAUGGAAAGUCCACAAUCCUUGGUUACAUGCUGGAAAAGAAAGAGGCCAAGGACUUGAACUGGACUAAGCUGAACCGGAAACCUCUGACAGAAAGGACACUUGAUGUUACAGGCCUCACAGAGGGAACUGAGUACGAGUUCAGAGUCAUUGCAGUCAAUGUUGCAGGGCUUGGCAAACCAAGCGAACCCUCUGCUGGCACCUACGCACAAAAUCCCAUCACUCCUCCUGGCCCAGUUGUGAAUCCCAGUGUGACAGACACCACCAACAGCACCAUCAGUCUCACCUGGACUGCCCCCGCCAACAAUGGUGGAAGCCCCAUUAUUGGAUACUUGGUGGAGUGCAAGAGGACUGACACCGCAGACUGGAUCCGCUGCAACGUCCCCAGGAACCUGCAGGAGACCAAUUAUGUCAUCCAGAACCUCAUUCACAAGGCUGAGUACCAGUGUCGCAUCACUGCUGUCAACAAGGUUGGCUUCAGCGAGCCAGUUGAAGUACCUGGAAAACAUAUUGCCAAGGACAUCAUUGUUCCUCCCGAGGCAGAGCUGAGCGCAGAGCUAAAGGAGGGCCUGGAGCUGCGUGCUGGCAGCACCAUGAGGCUUCAUGCCACCAUCAAGGGCCGUCCCAAUCCCAAGAUCACCUGGGCAAAGAUGAACACCAAUAUCAAGGACCGCCAAGGCAUCAUCAUCAAAUCAACCAACACUGACACCACUGUGAUGGUGGAAAAUGUCAACAGAUAUGAUGCUGGCAAAUACAUUCUGAACCUGGAGAGCCUGGCUGGCAUGAAGAUGUACACCAUCGUUGUCAAGGUUCUUGACACUCCUGGACCACCAGUCAACCUGGUCGUGAAGGAGUCAUCCAAAGACAGUGCCUCCAUCUACUGGGAUACUCCUCUGAUUGAUGGUGGCUAUGAAGUCACCCACUACAUUGUGGAGAAGCGUGAUACUGAGAGGAAGGCCUGGUCCAUCGUCUCCAACAACUGUGCCAAGACAGCAUUCAAGAUCCCAGACCUGGAUGCUGGAAGGUCCUACUGCUUCAGAGUGUCGGCAGUUAACGAGCUUGGUGCUGGAGAGUGCUGCGAGACAGCCGAUUCAGUCAGAGCAUCAGAGGAGCCUGGGCCAGUCAUGGACUUCAAGACCCUGUUGGUUACCAAGGACUCUUGCACUCUAAGCUGGAAGAAACCACUCACCGACGGUGGCAGCCGCAUCAUCUGCUACGUGCUGGAGGUUCUCAAUGGUGAGGACAAGUACAAGGAGCUAAUGAGGUCCAAGAACAUGCAAUACAGCGCCAAGGACCUGGUGGAGGGCAAAGAGUACAACUACAGAGUCAAGGCUGUGAAUGACACAGGAGAGAGCGCUGCAAAGGAACUGACAGUGGUUGCCAAGGACCAGAUCAUUCACCCAACCUGUGACUUGAGGGAGCUGCCUGACAUGUGCUACAUUGCCAAGGAGGGCAGCACCGUCCGUCUGAAGAUCCCAAUCAUUGGCAAACCUACGCCCAAGGUCUCCUGGAAGAAGGGAGACGAUGAAGACCUGACAGAUACUGGCCGAGUGUGCGCAGAGUCCUCUGCAGUGAACACCACCCUCCUGAUCAGAGACUGCCAGAGGAGUGAUGCUUCUAAGUACACCAUCACCUUGAGGAACAGCGCUGGAAGCAAGGAGUCCACCAUCUUCAUCAGGGUUGUAGGUAAACCUGGCAUCCCCAUUGGACCUGUUAAGUUCAAAGAUGUCACUGCCGAUGGUGCUACGCUGAGGUGGGGUGCUCCCAAGGAUGAUGGGGGCUCAGAGAUCACCAACUACAUCUUGGAAAAGAGGGACUCCAUCACCAACAUGUGGGUGACUGUGUCCUCGAAUGUGGAGACAAACACCAUGAGGGUAACCGGUCUCCAUGAGGGCACAGAAUACAUCUUCAGAGUCUGCGCGGAGAACAAGUACGGCGUUGGAGAAGGACUCAAAUCUGAACCCAUCGUCGCUAAACAUCCAUUCAAUGUUCCCGACGCUCCUCCUCCUCCUCAGAUCAUGAGCAUGCGUCAUGACUCGGCAUACCUGGCCUGGUCUGAUCCCAGGAAGACUGGAGGAUCUCCCAUCACAGGCUACCAUGUUGAGUUCAAGGAGAGGAACAGUAUGUUGUGGAAGAGGGCAAGCCCAGCUGCCUUGAGGAUGAAGGAACACAAGGUGACUGGGCUGACUGAAGGUCUGGAGUACGAGUUCAGAGUCAUGGCAAUCAACCUGGCCGGCAUCGGCAGACCGAGUGCUCCCACUGAUCCACAGGUGGCCCUGGAUCCCAUUGAUGCCCCUGGUAAACCUGAUGUGGUCAGCAUCACGAGGAGCACAGUGACUCUCCAAUGGACUGAACCACAAUUCGACGGUGGCCACAGGCUGACUGGCUAUAUUGUUGAGAGGCGCGACCUUCCAUCUAAGAUCUGGGUUAAGGCUAACAAUGUGAAUGUUGUGGAGCCUGCGUUCACUGUCACCAAUCUGCAGGAGGGUUGCAAAUAUGAGUUCAGGAUCAGGGCGAAGAAUGCUGCUGGUGCUCUCAGCCCACCCUCCGAGCAGACAGACACCAUUAUCUGCAGAGAUGAAUAUGCUGCACCAACCAUUAUUAUUGAUGCUCAGGUGAUGGAGGGUCUGACUGUCCGAGCCGGUGAUACCAUUGUUAUUACUGCCACAAGCAUUUUAGGCAAACCUGCACCAACUUCAUGCUGGUCAAAGGGAGGAAAGUACUUUAAACCCUCUGACAUUGUUCAAAUUGAGACCACCGCAACUUCCUCUACUCUAUCCAUCAAAUAUGCCGGUAGGAAGGACUCUGGAGACUAUACCAUAACGGCCAGCAACCCCUUCGGUGUAAAGGAGGAAACUGUUAAGGUCAAAGUUCUGGAUGUUCCCGGAGCUCCUGGGCCCGUUGAAUGCAGUGGUAUUUCAUCUGAAAAAGUGACUCUUACGUGGACAGAACCUACUGAGGAUGGAGGCUCGCCUAUCAAAUAUUACACCAUCGAGAAGAGAGAGACCAGCCGCCUGCUCUGGACUGUCCUGGAAGAGAAGGUCAUCAACUGUCACUAUGUGGCCAACAAGCUCAUCCAGGGGAAUGAGUACUUCUUCAGAGUCUCUGCUGUCAACCAGUAUGGUGCCAGUGAGCCUUCUCACUCGGAGGCAGUCAAGAUGGUUGAUAGAUUUGGUCCUCCUGGUCCACCAUCCAAACCAGAGGUUGAUAAAGUGGAUGGACAUUCAGUCACUGUAAAGUGGAGGAGACCAACUGAGGAUGGAGGAAGUGAUAUCAUUGGUUACUGUGUUGAGAAGAAAGAGAAAAGGGCUAUGGGAUGGGUCAGGGCAUCCAAGAAAUCCAUUGCUGAGCUCAGCUAUGAAGUCACCGGUCUCACUGAGGGCGUGGAGUAUGAGUUCCGUGUUCUUGCUGAGAACAAAGCUGGCUUUGGAGAGCCAAGUGAACCAUCUAUGCCUGUCAGAACAAUAGUCGUUGCCUAUGUUCCUGGACCUCCAGUGAAUCCAAGAGUCACAGACACAACCAAGACCACUGCCACACUGAACUGGGGAAAACCUCUUGAUAAUGGUGGACUUCAAGUAACUGGGUAUGUGAUUGAACACAAGAAAGAAGGAACAGAAGAAUGGAUUAAGGAUACCCCUUCAUCUCUACUUAGGAUCACAGAAUUUGUUGUUCCUGGGCUGGAGACUGGUGCAAAAUACCACUUCAGAAUUAGUGCUGUGAAUGCUAAGGGGGCAGGUGAACCUGCUGAAACUCAAGAGCUGGUUGAGAUCGUGGAGCGUGCAGCUGAGCCAGAUUUGGAGCUGGAUGUUGAGCUGAGAAGAACCCUUGUGGUCAGGGCAGGCUGCUCCAUACGACUCUUUGUGCCAAUCAAGGGACGUCCUACACCUACAGUCACCUGGACUAAGGAGGGUGGUCCUGUCCCACGUGCAGUCAUUGACACCACCGAGUCAUUUACAAUGCUGCUUAUUCCUGAGAGUUCAAGGAUUGAUGCAGGCAAAUAUGAGCUUACCCUCGAAAACUCAGCUGGAAAGAAAAGUGCUGAUAUACAUGUGAGAGUUCUGGAUUCACCUGGACCUCCACUUAACCUGAAACCCAUCAAGAUUGACAAGGAAAGUAUUACUCUUCAGUGGGAAAUGCCUCUUAUCGAUGGUGGAGCCAAGAUCACAAACUAUGUCAUUGAGAAGAGGGAAUCAACACGCAAGGCUUUUGCUACUGCUGUUACAAAUUGUCCACAUACUUCAAUCAGGAUUGGUGAUUUGGGUGAGGGUUGUGAGUACUAUUUCAGAGUGUCUGCCGAGAAUGAGUAUGGCAUUGGUGAGGCUGUUGAAACUACAGAUCCAAUUCGUGCAUCCCAGGCACCAACUCCUCCAGAAAGUAUUAUUCCUACUGAUGUCACCAAGAGCUCUGUGAGCCUGGCUUGGACCAAACCCAAGCACGAUGGUGGAAGCAGAAUAACAGGAUACGUCCUGGAAGCCCAGAAGAAGGGAACUGAUCAGUGGGCCCACGUAACAACAGUCAAGACCAUGGAUUUCACUGUGAAAAAUCUCAAUGAGAAUGAGGAGUACAUUUUCCGUGUAAUGGCUGUCAACCAUUCAGGCAGAAGCGCUCCACGUGAGAGCAAACCCAUUGCUGUUAAGGAUUCUACUUCACUGCCUGAGUUUGACCUGCGUGGCGUAUGUCAGAAGAUUGUUAUUGCCAAGGCAGGCGAUGACAUCAAGGUUGAGAUCCCAGUUAUGGGACGUCCUAGACCAACUAUCUCCUGGCAGAAGGAUGGCGCAGCCCUGAAGCUCACACAGAGAACCAAUGUGGAGACUACCGCUGCUACUGUUGUCCUCAGCAUCAAUGAAUGCAACCGAGCCGACAGUGGCGUCUACACCAUGACAGGAAAGAACAUUGUUGGUUCUGUGAUAGAUAACAUCACCGUCAAAGUACAUGAUGUACCAGGGCCACCUAAGGGACCCAUUAAGAUUGUGGAGAUAUCUCGUACCUAUUGUGUCUUUGCAUGGGACACUCCUGAGAAUGAUGGAGGUGUUCCAAUCAAUAAUUACGUGGUUGAGAUUAGAGACACCACUUCCCAAACAUGGACAGAGCUGUCCUCCACUGUCAUCCGUACCAUGUUCAAAGCCAUCCGAUUAAACACUGGAUCAGAGUACCAAUUCAGAGUAAAGGCUAAGAACAGAUAUGGUGUUGGACCUCCCAUCACCUCAGCAGCAGUGGUGGCUGCCUAUCCAUUUAAAGUCCCUGGACCUCCUGGCACUCCUAGUGUUGUUGCAUUUACCAAGGACUCUAUAACGAUUGGCUGGAAUGAGCCUGUGUCUGAUGGUGGAAAUGAAGUCAUUGGUUAUCAUGUGGAAAGGAAAGAAAGAAGCAGUAUUGUGUGGCACAAGAUCAGUAAGGGUAUUGUGAAAGGAAACAUCUUUAAAACCACUGGGCUUGAAGAUGGUGUUGCCUAUGAGUUCCGUGUCAUGGCUGAAAACAUGGCUGGAAUUGGUAAGCCCAGCAAGGCCUCAGAAGCAAUACUGGCCUUGGACCCUGUAGACCCACCAGGCCAGCCUGUGCCAAUAUUUGUCAACAAGAAUGUCAUCACUAUUCAGUGGACAAAGCCUGAGUAUGAUGGUGGCUUCAAAAUCACUGGCUACACAGUUGAGAAGAAAGAACUUCCAGCUGGUCGCUGGAUCAGAGCCAACUUCACCAACAUCAUUGAGACAACUUUCACUGUCAGUGGGCUGACACAAGAUGCCUCCUAUGAGUUCCGUGUCAUAGCCAGAAACUCAGCAGGUGCAGUAAGUGUGCCCUCUGACCCCUCAGACCCAAUUAUCUGCAAAGAUGACAUUAUCGAGCCACGCAUUAUGGUUGAUGCCAUCUUUAAGGAUGUUGUUCUACUGAAGGCAGGAGAAUCUUUCAAGCUUGAUGCUGACAUUGCCGGUCAACCAACACCAUCUAUGGUUUGGACCAAGAAUGGAAAGGAGAUUGAGAACACAAUGAAACUGGAUGUUAAGUUCACUGAACUGACAACCACUCUCACCAACAAGGACUCUGUCAGAUCCGAUGGAGGAGAAUUUGUUUUGACUGCCACUAAUGUUGGUGGAUUUGCUAAGCACAUCUUUAAUGUUAAAGUGCUCGACAGACCUGGACCACCAGUUGGACCUCUUAAGGUGUCUGAUGUCACAGCUGAUAACUGUGUACUGACCUGGGCUCCACCUGCAGAUGAUGGCGGUGCCAAGAUUGAAGGAUAUGUGGUUGAGAAGCGUGAGUCAAGCAGACUGGUUUGGACCAAUGUGAUUUCAGACCUACAGACUACACAAUAUAAGGUGACUAAGCUGCUUAAAGGAAAUGAAUACAUCUUCAGAGUUAUGGCAGUAAACAAAUAUGGACUUGGCGAGUCUCUUGAAUCAGAACCCACUAUUGCAGAUAACCCAUAUGUUGUUCCAGAUCCUCCAGAGAAUCCUGAGGUGACAGCUAUCACUAAAGAUUCAAUGGUUCUUAUGUGGCAAGCACCUAAGAGUGAUGGUGGAACUCCCAUCACCAACUACAAUAUUGAAAGGAAAGACAGAAUAGGCCUGCGCUGGGUCAAAUGCAACAAGAGAAAGGUCAAAGAUCUUCAGUUCAAGGCAGCAGGCCUUGUUAAUGGACAUGAAUAUGAAUUCAGAGUAAUAGCUGAGAAUGCUGCUGGAGUGAGUGCACCAAGUGUCUCCAGUCCAUUCUACAAGGCAACUGAUGGACUGUACAAGCCAGGGGCUCCAUGCAACCCCAGAAUCUUGGACACAACCAAGUCUUCAAUUACUGUUGCCUGGAACAAACCUGUGUAUGAUGGUGGCUCUGACAUCACUGGCUACAUUGUAGAGACAUGCAUCCCAUCUGAAAAGGAAGAAGAGGAGGAAUGGACCAUUGUGACACCCAAAGAAGGUCUCAUUGCCACCUCAUUCACCAUUAUUAACCUGAAGGAGAACCAGGAGUACAAGAUCAACAUCUCGGCCGUCAACAGUGAAGGAAUUGGAGAUGCAGCAUCUGUACCGGACAAUGCCAAGGCAGAGGACAGGCUCCUUCCACCUGAGAUGGAUUUGGAUGCUGAGCUCCGCAAGGUUGUGAGUCUUAGAGCUUGCUGCUCACUUAGACUGUUUGUGCCGAUCAGAGGCAGACCAGCUCCUCAGGCCAAAUGGACCAAAGGAGAUGGUGAGCCAAUUGAGAGGGCAACCAUUGACAGCACAACAUCAUACACAUCACUUGUUAUUGAAAAUGUAAACAGAUUUGACAGUGGAAAGUAUAAUCUUACAAUUGAAAACAGCUCUGGCUCCAGGACUGUUACAGUCCAAGUUAGGGUGCUUGAUACACCAAGUGCCCCACAGAAUCUGAAGAUUACUGCUGUAACAAAUGAAGCUGUCACUCUGACUUGGGAUCCACCAGUGAAUGAUGGAGGAGUUAAGAUUAAAAACUAUAUUGUUGAAAAACGUGAAUCCACAAGGAAAGCAUACGCCACGGUCAAUGCUCUCUGUCAUCAUACCACCUUCACAAUUGGCCAGCUCCUGGAAGGAUGCAACUAUUACUUCAGAGUUUUGGCUGAGAAUGAAUAUGGCAUUGGCUUGCCCAUUGAGACUGGUGAAUCAAUUAAAGUGUCUGAGAAACCACAGCCACCUGGCAAAGUCACUCUUAAGGAUGUUACUAAAAACAGUGUCACCCUCUCCUGGGAGAAGCCAGAGCAUGAUGGAGGCAGCAGAGUAGGCUGUUAUGUUGUUGAGAUCCAGCCUAAAGGUGUUGAUAAGUGGACCCAGGCUGUGAUUGUGAAGGAAACAGAAGCUACAAUUAGUGGACUCAAUGCAGGUGAAGAAUACAUGUUCCGUGUAGCAGCGAGAAAUGAGAAGGGAACAAGUGACCCACGCCAAAUCGGUGUACCUGUGAUUGUAAAAGAUCUUGUGAUUGCACCUGUUGCCAAACUGCUGUUCAACACAUUCAGCGUGUUGGCUGGAGAAGACCUGACAGUGGAGGUUCCAUAUGUUGCACGUCCCAAAGCAGCUGUCUCCUGGGUAAAGGAUGGUCAGCCUCUGAAAAGGACUACCAGAGUUAACUUUGGUGGAACAGACACAAUGCUGAACCUCAAAAUAAAAGAGGCCACUAAAGAUGAUGUUGGACACUAUCUCAUUACUCUCACCAAUACAGCAGGAGAGACAACGGCAAACAUUGGCAUAGUUGUCCUUGACAAACCUGGCCAGCCAAGUGGUCCAAUUAAGGUGGAGGAAGUCACUUCUGACAGUGUAACCAUCUCCUGGAACCCACCUGAGUAUGAUGGUGGUUGCACCAUCAAAAACUACAUUGUGGAAAAGAGAGAUACAUCUACAACUAACUGGAUGGUUGUAUCUCCUAACCUUGCAAGGACCAAAAUCAAGGCAGGCAGACUGAAGACUGGCUCUGAAUAUCAGUUUAGAAUCACAGCAGAGAACAGAUAUGGAAAAGGCCCAACUCUUGUAUCAGAAUGUAUUGUGGCUCAAUACCCAUAUAGGCUCCCAGGACCCCCAGGAACACCAUCCAUUGCAGCCUGGACCAAGGAUAGCAUGGUAGUGGCCUGGAAUGAACCUGUGAAUGAUGGUGGAAGCGCCAUCUUGGGCUACCAUCUUGAACGUAAGGAGAGAAACAGCAUCCUAUGGAUAAAACUUAACAAGUCCCUUAUUACUGACCAAACCUUCAAGACCACUGGCUUGGAACCAGGAAUGGAGUAUGAAUACAGAGUUUAUGCUGAAAACAUUGUCGGAAUAGGCAAAGUGAGCAAAGUGUCUGAGGGUCAUGUUGCUAGAGAUCCCUGCGAUCCUCCUGGCACCCCAGAGGCAACAAAGAUCACUAAAGACUCUGUGACCAUUGUUUGGACCAAGCCUGAGUAUGAUGGUGGUGCAAAGGUUACAGGUUACAUUGUGGAAAAGAAGGAGCUUCCUGAAGGUCGUUGGCAGAAGGCUAACUUUACUAACAUCAUUGAGACAGAAUAUGUGGCAACUGGACUUGUGCAGGACGAUCAGUAUGAGUUCCGUGUCAUUGCCAGAAAUGCUGCUGGUGUUUUCAGUCUGCCCUCUUACAGCACUGGUCCUAUCACUGCCAGGGAUGAGAUUGACCCACCACGCAUCAGUAUUGACCCAGAGUACACACAAACCAUUGUGGUUAAUGCUGGAGACAACUUCAAGAUUGAUGCAGAUGUUCAUGGCAAACCCUUGCCCUCUAUCCACUGGAUGAAAGGAGAGCAAGAACUGGGAAACACCAUUCAUAGAGAAAUUAAGAACACACCCAUCAAAGCUUUUAUAUCUGUCAAGGAAGCUAAACUUUCUGAUGGAGGCCAAUACACUCUGCUGUUGAAAAAUCCAGGGGGUGAAAAGGCUGUACAGGUCAAUGUGGUUGUUCUAGAUAAACCCGGAGAACCACAAGGACCUCUUGUUUUUACAGGAAUAACCAAAGACCAAUGUUGCCUUGCAUGGAAAGCACCAAUACAAGAUGGUGGCAGUAAGAUCUCUCACUACACUGUGGAGAGGAGAGAGACAAGCAGACUUGUCUGGACUGUUGUUGACCCAAAAGUGGAGAAUAUUUGUCUAAAGGUCACUAAGCUCCUGGAAGGAAAUGAGUACAUCUUUAGAGUCCGUGCUGUCAACCAGUUUGGAGUAGGUGCACCACUGGAAUCUGCUGCUGUCAUAAUCAAAGAUCCGUAUGUGCCCCCUGGGUCACCAAAGAGUUUAGAAGUUUCACAUGUUAAAAAAGAUUCAAUGGUGCUCACCUGGGAGGCUCCUUCUGAAGAUGGAGGCAGUCCUAUCACUGGAUACAUCAUUGAGAAACAUGACAAAGAGGGUGUAAGAUGGACCAGAUGUAACAGACAAACUGUCACUGACUUAACUUUAAAGGUCACUGGACUCCUGGAGAGCCACCUUUAUGAAUUCAGAAUUGCUGCUGAGAAUGCUGUUGGGGUCGGUGAGCCAACCUCCCCAACUGUAUUCUACAAAGCUCUUGAUCCCAUCUUCAAGCCUGGCCCACCACACAAUCCAAAGGUCACUGACACAACUAAAACCUCUGUAUUCCUAUCAUGGAGCAAGCCUGUGUGUGAUGGGGGCUGUGAAAUUCAGGGAUACAUUGUUGAGUGUUGCACUACCACAAUGUCAGCAGAGCCAGCUGAGGCUCCUGCUGAAGCCCAAGCUGAAGAGGCAGCUACCACAGAUGCACCUGCUGAGGAGUGGAUAAUGUGCACACCACCAACAGGUGUGAAAAAGACCAAGUUUGAAGUUGUAAAACUGAAGGAAAACCAGGCAUACAGGUUUAGAGUAUGUGCUAUUAACAAAGUUGGAGUUGGCGAGCAUGCCGAUGUCUCUGGAGCUGUUGUUGCCCAGGACAGGACAGAAGAGCCAGAUCUUGACAUUGACCCAGAACUGAGAAAGAUUGUGACCAUUAAGGCCGGAGCUUCCCUUAGGCUGUUUAUCCCCAUCAAAGGAAGACCCACUCCUACCAUCAAGUGGGACAAGGAUGAAGCUGCCCUUAAAGAAACUGCUCAAGUUGAAGUGACCAGCAGUUACACAUCCCUUGUAAUAGACAAGAUGAGCAGAAAUGACAGUGGAAAAUAUACGGUCACUGCAGAGAACUCAAGUGGAACAAAAUCUGCAUUUGUUGUUGUCCGUGUUCUUGACACACCUAGUGCUCCUGUUAACCUCAAAGUGAAAGAAAUUACAAACCAGUCAGUGACAUUGGCAUGGGAACCACCACUGUUGGAUGGUGGAUCCAAGAUCAAGAAUUACAUUGUUGAAAAGAGAGAAAGCACACGUAAAACAUAUGCAGCUGCUGUGACAAAUUGUCAUGCUCUUUUGUGGAAGAUUGAGCCACUCCAGGAGGGUUGUAGUUACUACUUCCGAGUGCUUGCUGAGAAUGCACAUGGUGUUGGCCUGCCUGCAGCAACUGUCGACCCUCUUAAGGUCUCAGAGGUGCCCCAGUCUCCAAAGAACUUGAUUGUUACAGACCAAACCAAAACAAGCAUCUCUUUGGCGUGGGAGAAGCCCGAGUAUGAUGGUGGUAGCAGAGUCAUGCAGUACCUGCUUGAGGUGCAGCUUAAAGGCCAGGAGAAGUGGUCUGGUGUUAACACAUUUAAAACAAUGGAAGCUACUGUUUCUAAUCUGAACCCAGGAGAGGAGUAUCUAUUCAGAGUUACAGCAAUCAAUGAUAAGGGAAAGAGUGAUCCAAAAGUCCUCGCUGGUCCAGUAAUGACCAAGGACUUGGUCUUUGAGCCUGAUGUUCGACCAGCAUUCAGCAGCUACAGUGUCCAUGUGGGCAAAGACAUGAAUAUUGACAUACCCAUCUUUGGACGUCCUAAGCCAGCAGUCUCAUGGACUAAAGAUGGAGCUCCUUUGAAGUUCACCACCAGAGUCAACAUUCUCAAUACACCAACACAUACAACACUCAGCAUUAAGGAGGCAGCAGGUGAUGAUGGUGGCAUGUACAGUAUAAAUGUUUCCAACUCUGCUGGAAAGAAGGACACAACAGUUGAAAUCAUUGUACUUGACAAGCCUGGCCCUCCAUCUGGCCCUGUGAGGUUUGAUGAAAUCACAACACAGAGUAUCUCUAUUUCAUGGGAUCCACCAAAACACAAUGGCGGCUGCCAGAUUUCAAACUACAUUGUGCAAAAGAGAGAUACUACUACAACAACAUGGGAAAAUGUCAGCAUCAACUGUGCCAGAACCUCCAUUAAAGUGCCUAGAUUGAAGACCGGUGCUGAGUACCAGUUCAGGAUCAUUGCUCAGAACCGCUAUGGCAAGAGUCAUGGCCUGGAUUCAUCUGCUGUGGUCGCUCAGUACCCAUACAGAGAGCCAGGACCCCCUGGCACUCCUUUCAUCGCCUCUCUCUCUAGAGACCACCAGAUUGUUGAGUGGCAUGAGCCUGUCACAGAUGGAGGAAGCCCUGUUCUCGGCUACCAUCUUGAAAGGAAAGAGAGAAAUAGUAUUCUCUGGGUCAAGAUCAACAAGACACUUAUUCACGACACUACUUUCAAGAGUCACCCCUUGGAGGAGGGUGUCGAGUAUGAAUACAGGGCAUAUGCUGAAAAUAUUGUGGGCAUUGGCAGGUGCAGUAAGAUCUCAGAGGGCUGCGUUGCCCGUGACCCAUGUGAUCCUCCUGGUACACCAGAAGCCAUCCAUGUGACCAAAGAUACCAUUGUCAUUCAGUGGACUAAACCAGAGUAUGAUGGUGGCAGUAAUAUAACUGGCUAUACUGUGGAGAAGCGUGAUCUGCCAGAGGGCAGGUGGGUAAGAGCGAACUUCACUAAUGUGAUUGAGACCAAGUUUACUAUGACUGGACUGACUGAAAAUGCACAGUAUGACUUCAGAGUCAUUGCUAAAAAUGCUGUUGGCACCAUCAGUAAGCCAUCCUUCAACAGUGGACCAAUCACUGCAAGUGAUAAGGUGGAGGCACCCAAAUUUUCCAUUGACCCAGCAUUCACCAAGGCCAUUAUCAUCAAUGCCGGAGAGACAUUUAAGCUAGAUGCCGAUGUCCGCGGAAAGCCACUUCCUGCAAUCCAGUGGUUCAAGGAUGAAAAACCAAUAGAGAAUACUCUCAGACUAGAGAUCAAAAACACAGAACACCAUGCAAUGAUUGUCAUUAAGGACUCUGUUAGAAUUGAUGGUGGAGUCUACACGCUCCAGCUGACAAAUGAGGCUGGCAGUGAAACUGUGCCAUUUAAGGUUGUGGUCCUGGACAGGCCUAGCCCAUGUGAAGGACCCCUCCACAUCACUGGAGUAGCUGAAGAUAGAUGUACACUGGUAUGGCGUGCCCCUCUACAUGAUGGAGGUAGUCCUAUUACACAUUAUAUCAUUGAGAGAAGAGAGACCAGCCGUCUAGCUUGGACUGUUGUUUCUAACAGCUGUGAGACAACAUGCUACAAAGUCACCAAACUGUUGGAAGGUAAUGAGUAUAUGUUCCGUGUCAUGGCAGUUAACAGUUAUGGUGUCAGUGAGCCACUCGGGUCUGGUGGAGUGAUUAUGAAGACUCCAUUUGUUCCUCCUGGUCCACCUCAUGUUGAGGAUGUAUCCAACAUUGCCCAUGAUGGCAUGACCAUCACUUGGUCUGCCCCUGAGUCUGAUGGUGGCAGUGAUAUUACCAAUUACAUAAUUGAAAAGAAGGACAGAGCUGGAAUCAAAUGGACCAGAUGCAAUAGGCAGAAGGUCACUGACCUCUCCUUUAGAGUCACAGGCCUAACCACUGGCCAUGAGUAUGAGUUCAGAGUGGUUGCCGAGAAUGUAGUUGGAGUCGGAGAGCCAAGCCUUCCAAGUUCAUUCUACAAGGCCUGUGAUCCCAAGUACAAACCUGGUGCCCCAGCAUAUGUGCAUGUGAUUGACUCCACAAAGAGUUCGCUUACAGUGUCAUGGGGUAAGCCUCUGUCUGACGGUGGCAGCACCAUCCAAGGAUACCUUGUUGAAGUUUGCAAGGCUGAAGAGGAGGAAUGGACCAUGGUUACUCCCCCCACUGGCCUGCGUGUCAAUAAAUAUGAAGUUACCAAACUUACUGAGGGUCAGGAAUACAACAUCCGGGUGUGCGCUCUGAACAAACUGGGAGUUGGUGAGCCAGCAGCUCUCUCGGGAACAGCUAAGCCAGAGGAAAGGGUGGACCCACCACAGAUCCACCUUGACUCUGAGCUAAGGAAGGGCAUCACCGUGAAAGCUGGUGGAUCUGUUAGAAUCCAUAUUCCAUUUAAGGGCAGGCCAACACCUGAGAUUAAGUGGACUAAGGAUGAGGGAGACCUGACUGAAAAGGCAGUAGUUGAGAAGGCCCUCAACUUCACACAGCUGUCCAUUGACUCAUGUGACAGGAGUGAUUCCGGAAAAUACACAUUAAGCCUAACCAACAGCAGUGGCUCUGUGUCUGAAUUUGUCGCUGUUAAGGUCCUGGAUACACCUGGAGCCCCACAUAAUCUUGUGGUUAAAGACAUCAAAAAGGACUCGAUCACCCUUGUAUGGGAUGCCCCCUUGGUUGAUGGAGGUUCUAAAAUCAAGAACUAUGUCAUUGACAAACGUGAAUCAACCAGAAAGGCAUAUGCAAAUGUGUCCACCAAGUGCACAAAGACAACAUUCAAAGUUGAGAACUUGAUUGAAGGUGCUAUGUACUACUUCAGAGUCAUGGCUGAGAAUGACUCUGGAGUUGGCCAAGCUGUUGAAACAAAGACGGCGUCCAAGGCCUCUGAGGUACCACUGCCUGUUGGAAAAGUAUUCCUCACUGAUGUCACCAAGGCCACUGUCUCACUGGCCUGGGAGAAACCUGAGCAUGAUGGAGGCAGUAGAAUUGGUGGCUACCUAAUUGAGAUGCUGCCCAAAGGUACAGAUAAGUGGGGAGUUGCAGCAAAUACAAAGACAUGCGAGGGUACUGUCAAAGGACUCACCGCUGGAACAGAAUACUUAUUCCGUAUCAUUGCUCACAACGAGAAGGGAAAGAGUGAGCCAAAGGCACUUGCUGCACCAGUUAUUGCCAGUGACAUGACUAUGGAGCCAAGCAUUAAGAUGCAGUUCAACACGUACAGUGUAUUAGCUGGAAAAGAUAUUAAGUUGGAGUUCCCUGUGCUUGGCAGGCCCAAACCUAAAGUUACCUGGACCAAGGAUGGUCAAACAUUAAAGGUGACAUCCAGAGUCAAUGUAGCAAACACUCCAGAAACAACUGCAAUUCAAAUUACUGAGGCAUGCAAAGAAGACUUUGGUAAAUACACUAUUACAGCAACCAAUACUGCUGGCACUGUCACUGAGGAUGUGGCUGUCAUUAUCCUUGACAAGCCUGGUCCACCAACAGGUCCAGUCAAGGUUGUUGAAGUGAGCAACACCUUUGUCCAUCUUGCUUGGGAGCCCCCAGAGUACACAGGUGGAUGCCAGGUGAAGAACUAUAUAGUGGAGAAGAGAGAUACCACCACCACAACAUGGCAGUCAGUCACCACACAGCUUGCUAGAACAGCUUUUAAGGUCACCAAGCUGAAGACUGGUGCAGAGUACCAGUUCAGAAUUGUUGCUGAAAACAGAUAUGGAAAGGGUGCACCUCUGGACUCCAAGGCCAUUGUUGUGCAGUAUCCAUAUAAACCACCAGGACCUCCAGGAACACCACAUGUCAAAUCUGCAACAAAGGAAAUGAUGAUCAUUGAAUGGAAUGAGCCAGUCAAUGAUGGUGGCAGUGCAGUUAUUGGUUACCAUCUGGAAAGCAAGGAGAGAAGCAGCAUUCUGUGGAACAAACUGAACAAGACUAUCAUAACUGAUACCCAGUUCAAGAUCUGCAAUCUUGAGGAGGGUAUUGGAUAUGAAUUCAGAGUUUAUGCUGAAAAUAUUGUUGGUAUUGGUAGAUGCAGUAAAGUGUCUGACUCCUUUAUUGCUCGUGACCCAUGUGAUCCUCCUGGUGCUCCUGAAGCUGUAUCUAUUUCUAAGAAUCUAAUCAAGAUUCAGUGGACCAAGCCUCAGUAUGAUGGUGGCAGCAAAGUGAAUGGAUAUAUUGUGGAAAGGAAAGAUCUUUCCUCCCCUGAUGGGCGCUGGGUAAGAGCUAACUUCACCAAUAUCAUUGAGACGGAGUAUACCAUCACUGGUCUGACCGAGAAUGAGCAGUACGAAUUUAGGGUUAUUGCAAGAAAUGCAGCAGGAGUCUUCAGUGAGCCAUCUGAUAGCUCUGGACCUAUUACUGCUACUGAUGAAAUUGAAGCACCAAGGGCUUCGAUGGAUCCCAAAUACAAGGAUGUCAUUGUUAUCAAUGCUGGAGAAAACUUGCUUCUUGAUGCAGACAUUCAUGGAAAACCAAUUCCUGAUGUUGCCUGGCUAAAGGAGGGCAAGGAAAUGGACAAAGCCCUGCGUAUUGAAGUGAAGACUACAGAGAAGUGUGCAGCCAUGACCAUUAAGGAUGUAACCAAGCUUGACAGUGGCCACUAUGACCUUGUCCUCAAAAAUCUGGGUGGUAUAAAGACUUUCCCUAUCACUGUCAAAGUUCUUGAUAAACCAGGUCCACCCACUGGACCGUUGAGAGUGACAGGAGUCAUGGCUGAUAGGUGCAUCCUUUCCUGGUCUGAGCCAACUCUGGAUGGUGGGGCUAGAAUUACUCACUAUGUCUUGGAGAAGAGAGAGACUAGCAGGCUGUCCUGGACAGUGGCUGCACCAGAUAUCAAGGGUCUGUUCUAUAAACUAACAAGUUUGCUUCCUGGAAAUGAAUACAUUUUCAGAGUCAGGGCACUGAACAAAUAUGGUGUUGGUGAUUAUCUUGAGAGUGAACCAAUCAUUGCACGUAAUCCAUACAAGCCACCUAGUGCUCCUGGAACCCCAGAAGCCAACCAAAUCACAAAAGACUCUAUGGUUCUGUCAUGGACCGUUCCAGAACAGACUGGUGGAGCUGACAUUGAAGGUUACCACCUUGAAAAACGUGACAAAGACAGUGUAAGAUGGACAAAGUGUAACAGACAAAAGCUGACUGACACCCACUUCAAGGUCACAGGUCUGAUGACAGAUCACUUCUAUGAGUUCCGUGUUGCUGCUGAGAAUGAGGCUGGAAUGGGAGACCUCAGUGAAUUGUCCUUGUUCUAUAGAGCAUGUGAUGCUACAACACCACCUGGGCCUCCACACCAUCCUAAGGUGACAGACUACACAAAGUCCUCUGUGUCACUGUCAUGGGGCAAACCUGACUUUGAUGGUGGUGCCUAUGUUAAGGGCUACAUUGUUGAAAUGAGGGAGUAUACACCAGUGCCUGAAUCAACAGAAGAGGCAGAAGAAGCACCAGCAGUAGAGGCAGUAGUUGAAAAAGUAUGGACUAUGUGCACUCCACCCACUGGUAUUCAGGCCACUAAACUCACUAUCACAGACCUGAAGGAGGGUGGAGAGUACCAGUUCCGCAUCUGUGCAAUCAACUCUGAGGGAGUAGGGGAGGCUGCUAACAUCCAUGGCACUGUGGUUACUUCUGACAGAGUAGAAGCACCAGAGAUUGAGCUGGAUGCUGAUCUCAGAAAGGUGGUAUCUGUCCGUGCUGGUGGAACUCUGCGUCUCUUUGUCACUAUCAGAGGAAGGCCUGAACCUGCUGUGAAAUGGGAGAAGGUUGAAGGUACUCUUACAGACCGUGCUGCAGUUGACACCACCAGUUCAUACACUAUGCUUGUCAUUGACAAUGUCAACCGUUUUGACAGUGGAAAAUACUCACUGACACUAGAGAACAGCAGUGGUACAAAAUCUGCUAUUGUUGCAGUGAGAAUUUUGGAUACACCAAGUGCACCGCAAAACUUUGCUGUAAAGGAGCUCAAGAAGGAUUCAGUGACUCUUGCCUGGGAUUCUCCACUCACUGAUGGUGGUUCUAAAAUCACAAACUACAUCGUAGAGAAGAGAGAGUCUGUCAGGAAGGCUUAUACUACUGUCACCAGCAACUGCACUGCUAACUCAUUCAAGAUUGAAGAGCUACCUGAGGGUGGCAUGUUCUACUUCAGAGUCUGUGCUGUUAAUGAAUAUGGUCAAGGACAGAUGGUUGAAACAAAAGAAGUCAAAAUAUCUGAGGUACCUCUGCCACCAAGCAAAGUUACCCUUGUAGAUUUGACAAAGACCAGCGUGUCACUGGCAUGGGAAAAACCUGCUCAUGAUGGUGGAAGCAAAGUAAUGUGCUAUAAUGUUGAAUUUAAGCCUAAGAGUGGAGACAAAUGGGGCACAGCAUGCACUGUCAAGGUGCCUGAAGCAACCAUUCCUAAUCUGACUCCUAAUGAAGCCUAUUUAUUCAGAGUAGUUGCAAUCAAUGAGAAGGGAAAGAGUGAGCCAAAGGAUCUUGGCUUGCCUGUUGUUGCAAAGGAUGUUGCAAUUGAACCAUCUGUCAAUUUACUGUUUACUACAUACAGUGUGAAGGCUGGAGAUGACCUAACUCUUGAGGUUCCAGUAAGAGGCAGGCCAAAGCCUGUUGUAUCCUGGAAGAAGGAUGGCCUUCCUUUGAAACAAACAUCAUCAGUGACCAUCUUAAACACUGCAACCUCAUCCAAAAUACUCAUCAAACAGGCUAGCAGAGAACAUGUUGGCAAGUAUGAGAUCACCCUUGCCAACACAGCAGGAACUGUCACAACAGAUAUUGGAGUUGUUGUCCUUGAUAAACCAGGUCCACCUAAAGGUAUUAAGGUGGAUGCUGUGACCUCAGACAGCAUCACACUGUCCUGGUCACCACCAGAUUAUGAUGGUGGCUGCUCCAUCAGUAACUAUAUUGUGGAGAAGAGAGACACAAACACACAGGAAUGGCAGAUGGCAGCAAGUAAUGUUGCCAGGACAUGUUUCAAGGCUGGCCGCCUGACACAUGGAGCAGAGUACCAAUUCCGUAUCUAUGCAGUUAAUCGUUAUGGAAAGAGUACAUAUCUGGAUUCACCAGGAAUUACUGCUCAGUAUAACUUCAAACAACCUGGACCUCCUUCCACACCUAUAGUGAAGUUGGCCACAAAGUCCUACAUGUUGGUGACUUGGAAUGAGCCAGUCAGUGAUGGUGGUAGUCCUGUUCUGGGCUACCAUGUAGAGAGGAAGGAACGUUCUAGCAUUCUUUGGACAAAAAUGAACAGAGGAAUGAUCAAAGAUACAGAAUACAAAGUCAAUGGAAUUGAAGAGGGCAUGAUGUAUGAAUACCGUAUCUAUGCUGAAAAUAUUGCUGGUAUUGGUAAAUGCAGCAAAGCUUGUGAAGCAGUCGCAGCCAGAGAUCCAUGUGAUCCUCCAGGUACACCUGUGGUCACUGCUGUUACGAGAACAUCUGUCUCUUUAUCUUGGGAUAAACCAGAGUAUGAUGGAGGAGCCAAGGUUUCUGGUUACAUCAUUGAGCGCAGAGACCUUCCUGAAGGACGCUGGACAAGGUGCAACUUUACCAAUGUGCCUGAGACCCGCUAUGAUGUGACAGGCCUUACAGAAAACAGCCAAUAUGACUUCCGUGUCAUUGCUAAGAAUGCAGCUGGUUUGUUCAGUGAACCAUCUGACAACACUGGCCCCAUCAUUAUCAAGGAUGAUGUGGAUCCACCCCGUAUCAUGAUGGAUGUCAAGUUCAGAGAGACAGUGUUUGUGAAAGCAGGUGAAACUCUGAAGAUUAAUGCUGACCUUGCUGGGCGGCCUGCUCCAGUCAUUUCCUGGACCAAGGAUGGCAAAGAGAUUGAGCUGAGAGCCAGAAUCCAGAUUGUUUCUACAGAUACCAGCACUUCUGUCAUUGUCAAGGACUGUAGCAGGAGAGAUUCUGGACAGUAUGUGUUGACUCUACAGAAUAUUGCUGGAACAGUUACCAUGCCAAUAAACUGUGUGAUUCUUGAUAAGCCAGGACCUUCAGCAGGACCUCUGCAGAUCACAGGUCUCACAGCGGAGGAGUGCACUCUGUCAUGGGGUCCUCCUCAGGAGAUCGGUGGUGCUAAUAUCACACAUUAUGUUGUUGAGAAGCGUGAGACCAGCCGCUUGGCAUGGACACUGGUGAAAGGAGAUGUCACAAAAACUUACUUCAAAGUCACAGGACUGCUUAAAGGCAAUGAAUAUAUCUUCAGGGUUUUAGCUGUCAACAAGCAUGGACUUGGUGAGGCUCUGGAGAGUGAGGCAAUAAAGGUUACAGAUCCAUACACAUUUGCCACUGCCCCAGCUAGUGUUGAUGUCACUACCAUAACUGGAGAUUCAAUGACCCUCACCUGGUGCAAGCCAGCCAGUGAUGGAGGCAGCCCCAUUACUGGAUAUGUAAUUGAGCGUCGUGAGAAGACAGGCAUGCGCUGGGUCCGUGUGAACAGAGAUCCAGUUGUUGAAUGUACCACAGUAGCAACCAAACUGCGCAAGGGUUGUGAGUAUGAUUUCAGAGUUUAUGCUGAAAAUGCUGCUGGUCUAAGUCCCCCAAGUGAACCAUCUGCAACCUUCAGAGCAAUGGAUCCUCUGGUUGUUCCUUCUCGCCCAACCAAACCAAAAAUUGUCAGUUCAACCAAGGACAGUGUUUCCAUUGUCUGGAAACCACCAACAAAUGAUGGUGGUGCUCCCAUCCUUGGAUACACUGUAGAAUACAGAGAUUAUGAGGACGAAGAGGAGGUACCUGAAUCACCUGAAGACCUAGCAAGAUGGGUUGAGGCGAUCCCUCUUACCAAGAGCUUGGAAUUCACAAUCAAAGGACUAAAGACAGAUGCAGAAUAUGAAUUCUGUGUCAAGACAAUAAACAAAGUUGGCAGCAGUGUGCGUAGCCUGUAUUCAGAUGCAGCUGCAGCAAUGGACAGAACUUCAGAGCCAUCAUUUGAUGUUGACAUUGAGAUGCGGAAAGUACAUCUUGUUAAGCAUAGCACAGCAUUUACUCUAAAUGUACCAUUCAAGGGCAAACCUGUCCCAUCAGUGGACUGGACCAAGGAGGGUGUUGAUCUCAAGGUCAGAGGAACCAUUGAAUCAACAGAUUCCAGCACUUCACUGACUAUUGAGAAGGCAACUAGAAAUGACUCUGGGGAGUACAGUGUCACUAUAGAAUCACCACUUGGAAAAGCAACAUUGCCCAUGAUUGUCAAGGUUCUCGACUCUCCAGGACCCCCUGUCAAUGUUAAAGUUUCAGCUGUGACUCGGGAUUCUGCAACCCUCACUUGGGAGGCUCCAGAGAAUGAUGGCGGUGAUGCAGUGAAGGCCUACCAUGUUGAAAAACGCGAGGCCAGUAAGAAGGCCUGGGUGUGUGUGACCAGCAACUGCCACGCACUUACUUACAAGGUUGAAGACUUGCAGGAGGGAGCCAUCUAUUACUUCAGAAUUAUUGGAGAAAAUGAGUAUGGAGUGGGUGUCCCCCAGGAGGCCAAGGCUGGAACCAAGAUUACAGAGGUACCAAGUACACCAAUGAAACUUGGAGUUGCAAAUGUUACCAAGGACAGUGUUACGAUUGCCUGGACAAGACCAGAAUACGAUGGUGGUAGCAGAGUUAAAGGUUACCUUAUUGAUGCCCUGGAGAAGGGACAGACCAAGUGGGUGAAGUGUGCCACUGUGAAGACCAUGACUCACACAAUCAAGAGCCUGAGGGAGGGUGCUGAGUACUUCUUCAGAGUUCGUGCUGAGAACCACGCUGGACUCAGUGAACCCAAGGAGAUGAUUGUACCUGUUAUUGUCAAGGAAAUACAAGAGGCUCCGGAGUUUGACCUGAAGAACUACCCCAAGAAUACAGUUUAUGUGAAAUCAGGAUCCAACCUGACCUUUGAGAUUCCUCUCACUGGCAGGCCAAUGCCUAAGGUGACAAUGUCCAGGAACAAUGUUGUCAUCAAGGGAUCCAAGAGGCUGCUGACAGAAGUAACACCAGACAGCUUAAUCAUCACUCUACAUGAAAGCAUUUCGAGUGAUGCUGGCAAAUAUGAAGUCACUGCCUCAAAUGCAGGAGGUACCACAAAGAUCUUCAUUAUCUUUGUUGUGCUGGACAGACCUGGACCUCCUGUUGGUCCUGUUGCGAUUGGAGAAGUCGGUGAGACGACAGUGUGUCUGAAAUGGGCUCCCCCAGAGUAUGAUGGUGGCAGUCCUGUUACCAACUAUGUUGUUCUGAAACGUGAAACCAGCACUCCUACCUGGGCAGAGGUGUCAACAAGCAUUGCCAGAAGCGCGAUCAAGGUGACUAAGCUGACCAAGGGAGAGGAGUAUCAGUUCAGAAUCAAGGCUCAGAAUCGCUAUGGUGUCAGCGACCACAUUGACAGCAAAUCAGUCAUGAUAAAGCUUCCAUACACCAUCCCAGGACCUCCAUCCACACCAUGGGUCAGCUAUGUAUCUAGAGAGAGCCUGACAGUCUGCUGGAAUGAGCCAGUUACUGAUGGUGGAAACCCUGUGAUAGGAUAUCAUCUUCAGAUGAAGGAGAGGAGCAGCAUCCUCUGGCAGAAGGUCAAUAAGACAGCUAUCCCAGGAAACCAGUGGCGAGUUACAAACGUCUGCCCUGGCCUUAUCUAUGAAUUCAAGGUGGCAGCUGAAAAUGCGGCUGGUAUUGGAAAGAUGAGCAAGACCUCUGAGGAGGUGCUUGCUAUUGAUGCCUGUGAGCCCCCAGCAAGCAUCCGUGUCACAGAAGUCACUAAGAACUCCAUCAGUCUGGCCUGGCAGAGGCCUCCAUAUGAUGGUGGCAGCAAGAUUACCGGCUACAGUGUGGAGAGGAGAGAAGCUCCCAAUGGGAGAUGGGUGAAGGCCAACUUUACAAACAUCAUUGAGAUGGGCUUCACUGUAUCUGGACUGACCCAGGAUGAGUCUUAUGAAUUCAGAGUAUAUGCCAAGAAUGCUGUUGGGUCUGUCAGCAAUCCGUCUCUCAUUGUUGGCCCAGUCACUUGUAUCGACGCAUGUGGUGCCCCAGCCAUUGACCUUCCACCAGAGUAUCUGGAUGUGGUUCAGUACAAGGCCGGAGUGUCAGUUAAACUCAGAGUUGGAAUCAUUGCCAAGCCUCUGCCAACCAUUGAGUGGCUCAAGAAUGGAAAGGAGCUGGUGGCAUCUUCUACUGUGUCUGUUGAAAAUUCCACAGACUCUUCUGCUGUUCUGAUCAAGGAUGCAACUCGCCUUGAUACAGGCUCAUACGAGAUCAAGAUCAAAAAUGUUCUCGGAUCAGCAUCUGCAACCAUCAGGAUUGAAAUCCUGGACAAACCCGGACCCCCAGCUGGCAUCAUUAACUUCAACCUCAUCACAGCAGAUAAGAUGAUCUUCUGCUGGGAACCCGUGCCUGAGUCUGAUCAGGGAGGUUCCAAAGUGACCCAUUACAUUGUUGAGCGGCGUGAAACCAGCCGAGUGGUCUGGUCGACAGUUUCAGACAAGCAUGAGCAAACACACGUCACUGUCGGCAAGCUUGUGCGUGGAAAUGAAUAUGUGUUCCGCGUCGUGGGUGUUAAUAAGUUUGGAGUUGGAGAACCACUGGAGUCAGAGCCUGUCAUCGCUAAGAAUGCCUUUGUAACUCCUGGCCAGCCUCAUACUCCUGAGGUGAAUAUCAUCACCAAGUCCACCAUGGUGGUAGAAUGGGACAAACCAGGUGUAGAUGGAGGUAGCGCAGUGACUGGCUACUACCUCGAGAGACGUGACAAGAAGAGCUUGCGCUGGAUCAGGGUUUACAAAGACCCUAUAACUGACAUCAAACAGACUGUCUACCACCUGACAGAAGGAAAUGAGUACCAAUAUCGCAUCUGUGCCAUUAACAAGGCUGGAGAGGGGCCGUUCUCCGAUGCAUCGGACUACUACAAGGCUGCUGACCCAGUUGACCCACCAGAUGAGCCUUGCAAGCUGAAAGUGGUUGACUCCACCAAGACAUCCAUCACCUUGGGUUGGUCCAAGCCAGAAUGGGAUGGAGGCAGUGAGGUCACCAGCUACAUGUUGGAGAAGCUUGUUGAGGGAGAGACAGAAUGGGCUAUGAUUACCUCCAAGGGAGAGGUCAAGACAACAGAGUACACAGUUCAUGACUUAAAACCAGAUGUCAACUACUUCUUCAGAGUUUCUGCUGUGAAUUGUGCUGGCCGUGGAGAGCCUCUGGAGAUGACUGAACCUGUACAGGCUAAGGAUAUCUUGGAGGAGGCCCAGAUUGACUCAGAUGUGGCCAUGAGAACUCACUACAUUGUGAAAGCUGGCAAGGAUGUGGAGCUUUCUGUUCCUCUGAAGGGCAGACCUGCUCCCACUGCUUCGUGGAGCAAGGGAGAGGAAUGCAUUGAUCGCAAUCCCAAAUAUGAGUUCCACCACUCAGACACAACCACAGUCCUUGUUAUGCGUGAAGUGACCAGGCUGGAUACUGGAAAGUACACAGUCAAGAUAGAGAAUGGUGUGGGAGAGCCCAAGACACUGACCCUAUCCGUGAAAGUACAGGACACCCCAGCUCAGUGCAGAAACCUGGUCCUGAAGGACGUGACCCGUGGAAAGGUGACUCUCUGCUGGGAGCCUCCACUCGUUGACGGUGGUGCUGAGAUCACAAACUACAUUGUUGAGAAGAGGGACUCCUCCAAGAGAUCCUAUUCUGCAGUGACAAGCAAAUGCACAGACACAACAUACACCAUUGAAGAUCUCUCUGAGAAGACAUCCUUCUUCUUCCGUGUGUUAGCAGAGAAUGAGAAUGGUGUUGGGGAUCCAUGUGACACACUUGAGCCUGUGAAGGCCACAGAGACUCCAGGACCAGUCAAGGAGGUCUCUAUGAAGGAUUCAUCAAAGACAUCUGUUACUCUGCAGUGGCUGAAGCCUGAUUAUGAUGGUGGCAGCAUCAUCUCUGACUACGUCAUUGAGAAGAAGCUUAAGGAUGAGGAAUGGUCUCUGGGAGGAACCAGCAGACAAUGUGAGUUUGAGGUCAAGAAACUCAAGGAGCAUUCCGACAUGUUCUUCAGAGUUGCCGCCAGGAACGAGAAGGGACAGGGCGACUUUGUUGAGAUUGGGGCUAUCAAAGUCAUUGACUACAUAAUCACACCUGAGGCAUGCCUUGCAGAGUACCCAGAUGGCAGCAUCAGUGUUCGCCUGGGUCACAAUGUGCACAUUGAGCUGCCAUACAAAGGCAAACCCAGACCUGCUAUUCUGUGGCUGAAGGACAACCUGCCCCUUAAGGAGAGUGACCAAGUACGCUUCAAGAAGACAGAGAACAAAGCAACUCUGAUGAUUAAGAAUGUGAAGAAGGAGAAUGAGGGUAAAUACACCCUGACCCUUGACAAUAAGGUCAACAGGAGAUCCUUCCACAUCCACGUCAUCACACUUGGACCACCCUCAAAACCUGUUGGACCCAUCCGACUGGAUGAAGUGAGAGCUGAGAGCAUCAUGAUCUCCUGGGAUGAACCCAAUGAUGAUGGCGGUGGAAAUAUCACCUGCUACACUGUGGAGAAGCGUGACACCUCCCAGACUGCCUGGAAGAUGGCCUGCUCCAGUGUAAAGGACACUCAGUUCAAGGUCCCCAACCUGAUCAAGGGUGUACAGUACCAGUUCAGAGUGUGUGCUGAGAACAGAUAUGGUGCCAGUGAGCCUCUGAUCUCACAGAUGGUCAUUGCCAAGCACCAGUUCAGGCCUCCAGGCCCACCGGGCAAGCCUGUUGUGUACAACAUCACCAACGAUGGCAUGACCAUCCAGUGGGAGCAGCCCAUCUAUGACGGUGGAACCCCCAUUCAGGGCUUCCAUGUGGAGAAGAAGGAAAAGAACAGCAUCAUGUGGCAAAAGGUGAACACUAUGCUGGUCAAAGAAACAGAGUACAGGAUUUUGGAACUCAUUGAAGGCCUUGAGUACUCCUUCAGAGUCUACGCCCAGAAUGAUGCUGGCUUCAGCCGAAUGAGUGAUGAGAGCAAGCCAACCAUGGCUGUCAGUCCUGUUGAUCCUCCUGGCCAGCCUGACUACACUGAUGUGACUAGUGACUCAGUGACACUGAAAUGGGAUGCACCUAAGCGUGACGGUGGUAGCAAGAUUACUGGCUACAACAUUGAGAAACGCCAAGGACAUGGCCGCUGGUUCAAGGCCAACUUGACCGACGUACAUGAGUGCCAGCACACUGUCACUGGGUUGGCAACAAAUGAACGCUAUGAGUUCAGAGUCAUCGCCAGAAAUGCCAUUGGUGUUGUCAGUCCUCCAUCCAACUCAUCUGGCUUGAUUGUAGUCAGAAGUGAGAAUGCUACUCCAAAUAUUGAGUUUGGCCCCGAGUACUUUGAGGGUUUGACAGUCAAGGCAGGAGACAACAUCAGGCUGAAGGUAACCAUCACUGGACGCCCAGUUCCGAAGGUCGUCUGGUACAGAGAUGGUGUGGAAGUUACCAAAAAGAUGAUGGACAUUAUCAACGUAGCUGGAUCCAGCACCUUGUUUGUCAGGGACGCUGACAGAACACACCGUGGCCUCUACACUGUGGAGGCUACCAAUGGAUCUGGAAGCAAGAAGGAGAACAUCCUUGUUCAAGUCCAAGACACACCUGGGGAGCCAGUGGGACCCAUCAUUUUCAGUAGCAUCUCAGAGGGCAAGUGCACUCUGUCUUGGAGCCCACCAGAGAACGACGGCUGCUCCGAGAUUUCACAUUAUAUAAUUGAGAAGCGUGAGACUGCCAAGAUCUCCUGGGCCUUGGUGUGUGAUGAAUGUAAGGAGUGCACCUUCAAUGCAACCAAGCUCAUCAAGACCAAUGAGUACCAGUUCAGGGUCUCUGCUGUUAACAAGUUUGGAGUUGGCAGACCUUUGGAAUCCACUCCCAUCAUUGCACAGAUGCAAUACACUACUCCUGAUGCUCCAGGUACUCCUGACGCCACUGAGGUGACAGGAGAGAGCAUCACCCUGUCCUGGGCUCCUCCAACAUCUGAUGGAGGAAACCCCAUUCAGUACUACAUCAUGGAAAAACGAGAAAAGAAGACUGUCCGGUUCUACAAAGUGAUUACCAAGAAACCCAUUGUUGAAUGUGCUCACAAGGUGCUUCACCUGACAGAAGAUAUGGAAUAUGAGUUCCGUGUCAUGGCCGUGAAUGAUGCUGGUGUUGGAGCCCCCAGCAACAUCUCUAUGCCUAUCAAAGCUGCCGAACCAAAGGAUAUUCCCUGUGCUCCAUCUGUGGUCUGUGUAUCUGACUCCACCAAUACAUCCAUCAGUCUGGAAUGGAGCAGGCCUGCAGAUGAUGGAGGCAUGGACAUCCUGGGCUACAUUAUCGAGAUGGUGAAGGGAGAAGAAACCGAAUGGAAGAGAGUAAACGAGGAGCUGGUGGCAGAAACACACUAUGUGGCAGCUGGUCUAGAGACAGGAGCUGAGUACAAGUUCCGUAUCGCAGGUGUCAAUCAUGUGGGCAGAGGCGAUGAAAAGGAGACUCCAGAACCUGCUCAGGCUGUAGAUAGGUUAACACCACCACAGGUGGAUAUUGACGCCACCUUCAAGCAGACACACAUUGUCAAGGCUGGAGGUUCAGUGUGCCUGGGCAUUAACUUCAGAGGAAAACCCAUUCCCACUGCCACCUGGAUAAAAGAGGAAGGAGAGCUUGGUGUUAUGACAGAGAUCAUAACCACAGAUGGCUACAGUUCUCUAAGUAUUGAAAGCUGCUCUAGAACUGAUACAGGUAAAUACACUGUUAACCUGGAGAAUGCCAGUGGCAGCAAGGCCAUUACAUUCACUGUAAAGGUGAUGGACACUCCUGGAGCUCCACAGGAUGUUGCCUUCAUGGAGGUAUCCAGAGGCACGGUGACACUUACCUGGAAGCCUCCUCUCAAUGACGGUGGUGCCCGAAUCCAUCACUAUAUUGUUGAGAGGCGUGAGGCUAGCCGCCGCACUUGGCAGCAGUCUGGUGGCAAGUGCACACAGCACAUCCUGAGGAUCCAGGACCUGCUUGAGGGAGUGCCAUACUUCUUCAGAGUUUCAGCUGAGAACCAGCAUGGUAUGGGUGAAGCAUUUGAACUGACAGAGCCUGUUAUUGCCACUGCAGAGCCAGCAUCUCCAAAGAGAAUGGACAUCCUGGACACCACAGACAGCUCUGUGUUACUGGGCUGGCUGAAACCUGAGCAUGAUGGUGGCAGCCGCAUCCAGUGCUAUGUCAUUGAGGCAAAGCCAAAGGGUACAGACAAAUGGGUUGUGGUUGGCAACACUAAGAAUCUCACUUAUGCAGUUGAAAAGCUCAACAAGGGUGAUGAAUAUGACUUCCGUGUGAAGGCUAAGAAUGAAGCCGGCUACAGCAAGCCCAGAGAGACUCUGGCUCCUGUGCUGGUCAAGGAGCCUCACAUUGAACCUGCUGCUGACCUCAGUGAGAUCACCAACCAGCUGAUCACAUGCAGGUCUGGCAGCACCUUCACCAUUGAGGUUCCCAUCAGUGGUAGACCUGCUCCUAAAGUCACCUGGAAGCUAGAGGAGAUGAGGCUGAAGAGCUCAGACAGAGUCUCCAUCAAAGUAACUAAGGACAGAACCAGCAUCUCAGUCAAGGAGGCCAUGAGAGGAGACGGUGGUAAAUACUACCUGACUCUGGAGAAUGUGGCAGGAACCAAGACCUUCACUGUUGAAGUUAAUGUCACAGGUAGACCUAGUCCUCCAACUGGACCCAUCGAAAUCUCAUCCAUCACAUCAGAGUCCUGCGUCGUUAACUGGCAACCACCAGAGGAUGAUGGUGGCACUGACAUCACCAACUACAUCGUAGAGAAGCGUGAGUCCGGUUCCACAGCCUGGCAGCUGAUCAAUUCCAGCGUAAAGCGCACAACUCUCCACGUUAGUCACCUGACCAAGUACAUGCAGUACACAUUCAGGGUGUCUGCUGAGAAUAGAUUUGGUGUCAGCAAGUCCACUGAGUCUGAGACUAUUGUUGCAGAGCAUCCUUUCACACCUCCUGGCCCACCAACAAGGCCUUCAGUCUUCAAUGUCACUGCUAACACAAUGACCCUGAAAUGGGAGGAGCCCUAUCAUGAUGGUGGAAGCAAGGUGACAGGCUACUGGAUCGAGAAGAAGGAAAGGAAUAAUAUCCUGUGGGUGAGGGAGAAUAAGAUCCCUUGCUUUGAGUGUUACUACAAGAUGGAAGCUCUAGUUGAAGGCCUGGAGUACCAGUUCAGGGUUUAUGCCAUGAAUAGUGCUGGGCUGAGCAAAGCCAGCGAGGCUUCCAAGGGAGCAGUUGCUCAAAACCCAGUUGAUCCACCAAGUAAGCCAGAAGUCACAAAUGUCACAAGAACCACAGUCUCCCUCAAAUGGUCGGCUCCACUGAAUGAUGGCGGCAGUCCCAUUGUGGGCUACAUCAUCGAGCGUAAGCCGUACACUUUGACUGGUGAGGGCCGCUGGCUCAAGUGUAACUACACCAAUGUGACAGACAACUUCUACACCGUCACUGCCCUGGGAGAAGGAGAACCCUAUGAGUUUAGAAUCAUUGCCAAGAAUGCCAACCAGGUCUUCAGUAUACCCUCAGAGUCUACUGGAUCUGUGCAGUGCAAGACCGACUUUGAACCUCCAAAAGCCCAGCUGGACAGCAAACUCUUGUCUGAAACUGUGAUGGUCAGAGCUGGUUCAGACCUGGUUCUGGAUGCUGCAGUAGGAGGCAGGCCUGACCCCAAGGCUUCCUGGUCCAAGGGCAACAGGGAGCUGGAGUUGUGCGAAAAGUACCACCUGCAGUACACUGCCACCAAGGCGAUGGCCAUCAUCAAAUUCUGUGACAGAGAUGACACAGGAAAGUACAUCCUCACGGUCAGGAAUGUAAGCGGAACCAAAACUGCUGAGGUCAACGUCAAGGUGCUUGAUACACCUGGAGUUUGUGAAGGCAGCAUUGAGAUCAGCAAAAUCACUGAAGAGUCAUGCACCCUGAGCUGGAAGCCUCCUGUUGAGGAUGGUGGCGAUGAGGUUGCCCACUACAUUGUGGAGAGGCGUGACACCAACAGGCUCAACUGGGUCAUCAUGCAUGCCGAGUGCAAGAAGCUGACCUGCAACAUCACCGGCCUUUUUAAGAACACAGAGUACCUGUUCAGAGUCCGGGGAGUCAACAAAUAUGGAGCCGGAGUCCACCUACAGUCAGCCCCCAUGGUCGCCAGAAACACUUUCACUGUGCCAACUCCUCCUGGUACUCCAGAGAUCUUGGCAUCAGGAAAGGACUUCGCCACCAUCGAGUGGCUGAAGCCAGAGAGUGAUGGUGGCAGCCCGCUGAUCCACUACCUGGUGGAGAGGCGUGAGAGAAAGAGUGCCCGCUGGGUGAAGGUGAACAGGGAUGGAGCUAAUCUGGACACCACACUGAAGGUGUCUGGUUUGACUGAAGGCAACAUCUACCAGUUCAGAGUGACGGCCAUCAACAAAGCUGGAGAGAGUGAAGCCAGCGAGGUUUCUCUGUAUGUCGUCUGCAGAGUGCCAACAUGCACCCCUGCUCCUCCUUCUAUCCCUCGUAUCACCGACACUCAUGCAGACAGCAUCAGCUUGGCCUGGUCCCGCCCCGUGGAGGAUGGAGGAGCUGAUGUGAUGGGCUACAUCCUUGAGAUGCAGGAAGCUGGAGCGGAGGCAUGGAGCAAGGCCCAUGAAAAGACCCUGCGUACUUCAGAGUAUGUGGUGACUGGACUUUCUGCAGGCAAGAAGUACUGCUUCAGAGUGGCUGGCAUCAAUAUCAAUGGUGCAGGAGACUUCAGUGAACCCUGUGCCGAGACUGAGCCAGUGGAGAGAAUUGAAACCCCUGACUUUGAGCUCCACGAUGACCUAAAAAAGACAAUCUGCCUACGUGCUGGUGGCUCCCUCCGCCUAUUUGUCAAUAUCACUGGUCGUCCCACUCCUGCCAUCACUUGGAGCAAGCCAGGUGUUGACCUCCACAACAGAGGCUUCAUCGAGGUCACCAACACGUCCACCACACUCAUCAUUGAUAAGGUCCACCGCUACGAUGCUGGCAAGUACACGCUGGUGGCUGAGAACUCUGCAGGGAAACAGGAAGUCAACAUUCUGGUCAAGGUCUAUGAUACUCCUGGACCAACUGGACCAAUCAAGUUCAAGGAGUUGACCAAAGAUUCUGCCACCAUCUCUUGGGAAGCCCCAGCUGUAGAUGGUGGUGCUCCUGUCAACAACUACAUCAUUGAGAGGCGUGAGGCUUCCAUGAGAGCCUAUAAAACCAUCACCGCCAAGUGUAGCAAGACAUCCUACAAGAUUGAUGGCCUGAUGGAGGGCAUGCUGUACUACUUCCGGGUCCUCCCUGAGAACAUUUAUGGAAUUGGAGAGCCCUGUGAGACUCCCGAUGUGAUCCUGGUUUGUGAGGUGCCUUUGUCACCACACAAGCUGGAGGUGAUUGAUGUCACCAAGAGCACCGUUACCCUGGGAUGGGAGAAGCCUGAGCAUGACGGUGGCAGCAGAUUGACAGGCUAUGUCAUUGAGGCCUGCAAGUUUGGCACCGACAAGUGGAUGAAGGUGGCCACACUGAAGCUCACUGACUUUGAGCACACCAUUGAGAAGCUGAAUGAGAAGGAACAGUACUUGUUCAGAAUCAGAGCGAUCAACAGCAGGGGAGCCAGUGAGCCCAAAGAGCUUGUUAGCCCCAUCACUGUACAGGAACAGAGAGUGAUGCCCGUGGUGGACUUCUCCAGUAUUCCUCAGAAGGUUGUCAAUGUCUUGGCCGGUAAGACUCUGGAGUUGGACCUGCCCAUCAUUGGCAGGCCUCCUCCCGUCUGCUCCUGGAUCUUCCAUGACACUAAGAUGAAAAUUACAGACCGUGUCAAAAUUAAGAGCACCGGCAAGUUCUCCAAAUUGACCGUGUCCGACACCACCAUUGACGACACUGGUGACUACACCCUGGAGGUGAAGAAUGUCGUUGGUGUCAUCACAGAGGUCAUCAAGGUCAUCAUCCUCUCUAAACCUGAUGAACCAAGUGGAUCCGUCAGGUUUGAUGAGAUUGAUGCAACAUCCGUCACCUGCAGCUGGGAUCCUCCAGUAAGAGACGGUGGAGCUCCCAUCAGUGGCUAUGUAGUGGAGCAGCGUGAUGCUCACAGACCUGGCUGGGUGCCUGUCAGUGACUCUGUUAGCCGACCAACCUUCAAGUUUGUGAACCUGAUUGAGGGAGAUGAGUACGUCUUCCGCGCAGCUGCCGUGAAUCGCUAUGGCACCGGAGAGUUCCUACAGUCUGAGAUUGUCACCUGCAGGAGCUUGAAGAAUGUGCCUGGACCCCCUGGCCGUCCAACCAUCUUUGAUGUUUCUCGUGAUGGCAUGACCGUGGCCUGGAAUCCACCAGAUGAAGAUGGUGGCCUUGAUAUUUCUGGAUACAUCAUUGAGCGCAAAGAAGUGAGGUCUGACAGAUGGGUGCGCGCCAACAAGAACCCCGUCACUAUGACCAGAUACAGGUCAACAGAGCUAAUCGAGGGCCUGGAGUACGAACACAGAAUCACUGCCAUCAAUGCCAGAGGACAGAGCAAACCAAGUCUGCCCUCCAAGCCAGCGGUAGCAACAGAUCCCAUCGAUCCACCUGGCUGUCCUCAAAACCCAAGGAUCACUGAUACCACCAAGUCCUCUGUGUCUUUGGCUUGGAGUCCUCCUGAUGAUGAGGGAGACGCAAGAGUGGAUGGUUACCUGAUUGAGAUGCAGAAGGUGGGCACUAUGGCCUGGAUCAAGUGCAACACCACACCAUCUCUGAUCUGCGAGUACACGCUGACCAGCAUGCCACAAGGAGAAGAGUUCAAAUUCCGUGUGAUGGCCUGCAAUGCCGGUGGCUCUGGAGAGCCUGCUGAAGUGCCUGGAACUGUCACUGUGACUGAGAUGCUUGAAUCUCCUGACUAUGACCUGGAGCUGAAAUACAAAGAUGUGUACGUGGUCCGCCAGGGAGGAGUGGUUAGACUUUCAGUACCCAUUAAGGGUAAACCUCACCCAACCUGUAAGUGGUUGAAGGAUAGCGGUGCAGUCUCCACCAAGGCCAUGAUUGCCUCCACCGAGGACGCCAGUGAGCUGGUGAUCAAGGGAGCUGAAAGGAGCGACUCUGGUGUCUAUGACCUCCUGCUGGAGAAUAAGGUUGGCAAGAAGAAGGCCCAAAUCAAGGUGAAGGUUAUCGGACGGCCGAAUGCUCCAGAGGGACCAAUGGUCUUUGAGGAGAUCCAGGCUGCAUCUGUUAAAGUGUGCUGGAAGGCACCCACUGAUGACGGUGGCUCAGAGAUCCUGGGUUACAUUGUGGAAAGACGUGAGGCAACCAGAAACGCCUGGUACACUGUGGACUCCAGAGUGACUGACACUCAAUUGGUUGUUAAGGGCCUGAAGGAGGGAACAGAGUACCACUUCAAGGUCACGGCUGAAAACUCUUUUGGUAUUAGUAACUCUCUGAAAUCAGAGCAGCCACUGGUGCCCAAGACUCCUCUUUGUCCUCCUGAGCCUUCAAGCACCCCACCAGAGAUCAUGGAUGUCACCAAGAGCUCUGUGGCAUUGGCCUGGUCCAGACCAAAGGAUGACGGUGGUUCUGCCAUUACUGGCUACUUUGUUGAAUACAAGGUGGUGUCCACUGAGUCAUGGUCCCGCCACGAGACCAAGAUCACUUCUACCAUGUUUACUCUGCCUGGACUCACCCCUGACGCAGACUACCAGUUCCGCAUUGUAGCUGUCAACGACAUUGGUGAGAGUGAGGCUGGUCCUGUGUCUGACCCAGUCACAUGCAAGGAUCCAUUCGACAAGCCAAGCCAACCAGGUGAGAUCGACACUGUCAACGUCACAAAGAACUUCAUCACUAUCCGCUGGCAAGCUCCAGAGUGUGACGGUGGAAAGGAGGUCCUAGGCUACUGGGUGGAGUACAGGAAAUCAAUCGAGAGUACAUGGAAGAAGUGCAACAAGCAGAGGCUGAAAGAAAAGGAGUUUACCAUGCCUGGAUUGGCUGAGGCCACAGAGUACGAGUUCAGAGUGUUUGCUGAAAAUGAGACAGGAAUGAGCAGACCUCGUAGGACUACCACAUGCAUCAAGACCAAACUGAGCGUUGAAACUAAACCAAGCCUGAGAAAGGAAAUGGAUGAAACAACAGCCAAGCUUGGCCAGCCUGCUGUCAUGAAGUGCCAGAUUAUUGGCAGACCUGUUCCUGAAAUCAAGUGGUAUCAUGCUGGCAAGGAGAUUGUCGAGUCCCGCAAGUACGAGAUGAGCUCUGAUGGUCGCAACCACUCCCUGUCCAUCAUGACUGACGAGCAGGAAGAUGAGGGAGAGUACACCUGCAAGGCCAUCAAUGACACCGGAGAUGCCGAGACCACAGGCGUCCUGGUGUUGGAGGCUGCUUCAUCCUUCCACCCAGAUUACCCAUUGAAAGAAACCUACUAUGCUGGCCUGGGAACCACUUUACGCAUCCAUGCUGUCUACAUUGGUCGUCCCGAGCCAAAGAUCAUGUGGCUACAUGGGACAAAAACCCUGGAGAACACAGAAGAUAUCAGCAUUGAGACCACAGAGCACUACACACACCUGGUCAUUAAGAAUGUGCAGCGCAGAGUCCAUGGAGGAAAGUACAGGAUCAGACUGCACAACCACUUUGGCAGGGCUGACACUGCGUUCAAUGUUGAAAUCUAUGAUAAACCUGACGUGCCUCAGGGUCCCAUUGUCCUGGACGCCCUCCUGAAGAACUCUGUCAUCAUUAGCUGGAAGCCACCCAAGGAUGACGGAGGCUGCAUGAUCACCAACUACAUUGUGGAGAAGCGUGAGGACAAGGAGGGCACAGAGUGGGAACUGGUGUCAUCAUCCAUUAAUGGCACAUCUUGCCGCGUCCCUAACCUCAUUGACAGUGCCGGAUACUUCUUCCGAGUGUACGCCCAGAAUCGCUAUGGCAACAGUGAGCCAUUGGAGCUCACAUCACCAAUUCUUAUCAAGAGCCAACUGGAGAAACCAUCACCACCUCUGUCACCAGUUGUGUCUGGAAUCACCAAGGACUCCUGCGUUGUUUCCUGGAAGCCUCCACUCAGCGAUGGUGGCUCCAAGAUCAAGAGCUAUUGUCUUGAGAAGAAGAACAAGAAGGACAAGAAGGAAUGGACCGAAUGGACUCCGGUGACCACAGACGAGAUCAAACAGACAGUGUUCUCGGUCAAACGUCUGACCGAGGGCAUCGAGUACAUCUUCCGUGUGAAGUGCGAGAACCUUGGAGGGCAGAGUGACUACAGCGAGGAGACCACUCCCAUCAUUCCAGCCACAGCCGUCGACAUCCGUGCUCCUGCCUUCAAGGAGGAGCUGAGGAACAUGAGUGUCAAGUACAAGAGCAAUGCUACCCUUGUCUGCAAGAUCACAGGACAGCCCAAGCCUGUGAUUAAAUGGUUCAGACGAGGAAAGGAGAUCCAUUCUGACGGAAAGAAGAUCAAGAUCCAGGAGUUCAAGGGAGGUUACCACCAGCUGGUCAUCACCGAGGCUGAUGAAGAAGACUCCACUGUGUACCAGAUCAGAGCCACCAACCAGGGAGGAUCCAUUUGUGCUACAGUCUCUCUGGAUGUUGAAGUCCCUGCCAAGAUCCACUUGCCAAAGAACCUGAAGGACAAGGAAGCCAUCCCCGCCCUGCGUGGAGAGGUGGUCAAUAUCAAGAUUCCUUUCGGUGGCAAACCAGAUCCUGUCAUUACAUGGCAGAAGGGACAAGAUCUCAUUGACAGCAAUGGCCACUACCAGGUCAUUGUCACCAGGUCAUUUACUUCUUUGGUGUUCCCCAACGGAGUGGAGAAGAAGGAUGCUGGUUUCUACAUUGUUUGUGCCAAGAACAGGUUUGGCAUCGACCAGCAGACAGUUGAGCUGGAUGUGGCUGAUGUGCCUGAUCCUCCACGUGGUAUCAAAGCCAGUGAUGUCUCCAGAGACUCAGUUUCACUGAACUGGGUGGCUCCAGCAAAUGAUGGCGGCAGCAAGGUCAUCAGCUACAUCAUUGAGAAGUGCCCCACCACUGCUGAGAGGUGGGAGCGUGUUGCCCAGUCCCGUGACACCCGCUACACCGUAAUCAAUCUGUUUGGAGGAACUAGCUAUCAGUUCAGAGUGAUUGCUGAGAACAAGUUUGGACAGAGUGCUCCAUCUGAGACCAGUGGACCUGUCAUGACCAAGGAGGACAAAUCUAGAGUUCUGCUCUACGACAGGGAGGUUGAUGAUACUGAACAUGUCCCCAAGGGCAAGGCUCCAAACUCCGAUGCCAAGAAUCUGCACAACAAAUAUGCCAUUGCAGAGGAACUGGGCAGAGGUCAAUUUGGCAUUGUCCAUCGCUGUGUUGACAUCAGCUCUGAGAAGACUUACAUGGCUAAAUUCGUCAAAGUGAGAGGAGCUGAUCAAGCAGUAGUCAAGAAGGAAAUUGCAACACUGAACCUGGCCAAACACACUAACUUCCUCCUCCUCCAUGAGUCUUUCGACAGCCCUGAAGAGCUGGUGAUGAUCUAUGACUUCAUCUCUGGUGGUGAUAUAUUUGAGCGCCUCAGCACAGCUGAGUUUGAGCUUAAUGAGCGUGAGAUUGUUAACUACAUCAGACAGAUCUGCUCAGCUCUUGAGUUCCUGCACGCUCAGAGCUAUGGACACUUUGAUAUCAGACCAGAGAACAUUGUGUACACAACCAGAACCAGCUCUAAUGUGAAGAUUAUUGAGUUGGGCCAGUCCAGACAUCUGACCCCUGGAGACCAAAUCAAGGUUCAGUAUACCACUGCAGAAUAUGCUGCCCCUGAGAUCCACCAGUGUGAUAUGGUCAGCACUGUCACUGACAUGUGGUCAGUUGGUGUCCUUGCCUAUGUACUCCUCAGUGGACUUAAUCCAUUCACAGCUGAAACCAACCAACAGAUGAUUGACAACAUCUCCAAUGCAGCCUACAGCUAUGAUGACGAGUCCUUCAUGCAGUUCAGCGUUGAGGCAUUGGACUUCACAGACCGCCUAAUGACAAAGGAUCGCAAACAUCGUAUGACUGCUGCUGAGGCCCUGGCGCAUCCUUGGCUCACCAAGCCUGUGGAAGAGAUCAGCACCAGAGCGAUCCCAACUGGCAGGCAUAAGAGAUACUACCAGACGAUGGUGAGGAAAGAGUGGAGCACUGUUGUCUCUGCAGCCCGUGUGGCCAGCGGUGGCUCCAUUAGGUCCCAGCGUGGCGUCUUUGUUGCUAAGGUGAAGAUUGCUCCAUUUGAACAUGGUCCUCUUGCAGGCCAGAUUUCCCAUGCAGUGGUGAAUGAAGGAGACAAUGUGAAAUUCAUCUGCAACAUUGACAACUAUGAUAGCACUACUGAAGUGACAUGGUACUGUGGCGUCAGGCAGCUUGAAGCUGGCGACAAAUAUGAAAUUGAAUAUGAGGAUGGCCUGGCUGUAAUCACCGUCAACAAGGUCACAAGAGCAGAUGAUGGCACUUACAGAUGCAAGGUUGUGAACGAGUAUGGUGAGGACAGUGCCUACGCAGAGCUGUUUAUCAAUGGCGUUAGAUCUUACCGCGACUUCUUCACCACUCGUGUGGUCAAGAGAACAAAGCGCAGAGUUGACACUGCCAGAAUGCUUCAGAAACCACCAGAGUUCACUCUUCCUCUGGUCAACCAUACAGCCUACAUUGGUGAGGAUGUGCGCUUUGGCGUCACCAUCACUGUUCACCCUGAGCCUCGCGUCAUCUGGCAUAAGUCAGGACAGAAACUUAUCCCUGGACAUGAUGACAGGAAAUACACUUUCAUAAGUGACAAGGGUCUGUACCAGCUGAUUAUCCACAACCUCGACAAUGAAGAUGAUGCUGAAUACAGUGUCGUAGCCCGUAACAGGUAUGGUGAUGAUAGCUGCAAGGCUCGUCUUACUGUUGUUCCUCGACCUAAACCAGCAGACCUCACCCUGAGGCCCAUGUUCAAACGCCUGCUAGCAAAUGUAGAGUGCAGGGAGGGCCAGAAUGUGCGCUUUGAGAUUAGAGUUUCCGGCCAUCCAACACUGAAGUGGGAGAAGGAUGGCACACCUCUAGCCUUUGGACCAUCUAUUGAGGUUGUUCAUGAGGGUCUGGAUUACUUCAUCCUUCAUGUGAGAGACACUCUUCCUGAGGACUCUGGCGUAUACAGAGUUACAGCUACCAACUCCGCUGGAUCUGCCAGUUGCCAGGCCACACUCAAAGUGGAGCGUGUCGCUCAUGUGAAGAAGGAUUAUGAGACCAGUGAAAAGGAGAGGGAAAGGGUAUCUGGAAAGGAGGAAUUAGAUAAAAAGGUGAGGCUGUCCCAGAUUUUGGCAGGCACUGUUGUUACUCCUCUACCACCUGCAGCAGUACAAGCUGUAAGGGAGGCAGCCACCAUGUUCAAACCUGCUGUGACAACUAAAAAGGGUGAGAAGACUGAGGCUGAGAUAAAGAAAGAAAAAGAGGAGAGGAAGAAGCGUGCAGAUGAGAAGAGGCUGCGUAUGCCCUAUGUCGUCCCAACUCCUCGUGUCAUUAACCCAGCUGUUCUUGAGGAGGAUGUAGAAAUAAAACACUUCAAGCCAUUCUCUGACAUGAAAUGGUACAAGAAGCUGCGGGAUCAAUAUGAGUUCCCUGAGCCUAUGGAGAAAAUCAAGCAGAAGAGGAUGAAGCGUAUUCGCCUCUCCAGGUGGGAGCAGUUCUACGAGGUGCCAAUCAGAAUCAAGGACCAGUAUAAGCCUAAGUGGCGCAUCUCAUCCAUGACUCAGGAUGACUUGGAGACUGUGAGGCCUGCAAGGCACCGCACUCCUUCCCCUGAGAUGGAUGCCUACCACAGGAUCAGGAGGAGGUCCCUGGGUGACCUGUCAGAUGAGGAACUGCUGCUGCCUGUGGACGAGUAUCUGUCCAUGAAGAGAACUGAGGAGGAGAGGCUUCGUCUGGAGGAAGAGCUGGAGCUUGGCUACUCUGUUUCUCCACCUAGCCUCAGCCCAGUGCGCUUUGAGCUGUCUACCCUACGUCCCUCAUCUCCAAGAAGAGCCUACAGUGAUGAUGAAGAGGGAGAAGAGGUUCACAGAUAUGACUCCUACCGUAUUCCAUCUAAAUACGAGGCUGGCCCAAGUUUCGUUGAUCUCCGCCAGCGUCACGACAAAGCCACAUAUAAACCUCCGAGACAGAAGCAGAGGGUGCAUGAAGAGAGAGAAGAUCAGGAGCUGCUGCGCCCGCACACAACUGCUCAGAGAAUCUCCUCCUACAAGAGUGAACUCAAACGUAUGGAGUUUGAGGAGAAGACCCGAACCUCGAAAAGGGAAACAACUGUCACUGUUGCAAAGGUCUCUGAGAGCAUUGAAUCUGAGCACCUGACAGCCAUCACUUCAGAAUAUAUUCCUAAACCAAUUAAGAAGCUCCCAAUGCCUGAACCUGAGAGGAGAAGAUCUCCUACCCCAGAAAAGACUGUGAAGACAGACAUAGUCCUCCCCAAAGUUGACUUUGCAUCCAGAUAUGAGGAGAGGAAACAGGCUUUGAGAUCAGAGAGAAGAUCAGUGGAGAGGAGGGUUGAGGUGGUGACACAGGCUCCCUUCAGCCUUGACCACGCCCCACGUAUUACUAUCAGGUUGAGAUCUCAUCGCGUACCCUAUGGCACCAACACAAGGUUUACCCUUAAUGUCCAGGCCAAACCAGAACCAGAAGUCAAGUGGUUCCACAAUGGAAAAGAGAUUCAUCAGAGCAGCAAAUACCACAUGACCAAUAUCAGUGGAGUUCUGACCCUCCAGAUCAUCAACUGUGUGACUGAAGAUGCUGGCACUUACCGUGUGGUCUGCAAGAACGGCAAAGGAGAUACUUCUGACUAUGCCACAUUAGAUGUAGCAGGAGCAGAAUAUGCUGCCUUCUCUUCACUCCGCAGAGAUGAGGAGCCUCCAUCCUCCCAUCUGCCAGAAAUGACCAGAACAGAGGUGUAUCAUGUCUCCUCCUCUAAGACAACAGUGAAGGAAACUGUGACAGAAACUGUGAAAGAGACCACCGCUGAGAAGCCAAGGGAGAAGCCUAGUGUUCCUGCCAAGAUCCUGACCAAACCACAGUCUCUGACUGUAGAGGAGGGAGACCUCGCCAGAUUUGAGUGUGAUGUGGCUGGCGAACCUGCGCCGUCUAUCACCUGGAUGCAUGAAGGAGCAGUUGUCGGUUCCUCUGCCCGUCACCACAUUGUCUCCACUCAAUACAACUCCUCCUUUGAGAUCGCCGCUGUUGAGAUGUCGGAUGAAGGCAGCUACACUCUGCAGGUGGAAAAUGCUGGAGGCAAACAAGAGGCCCAUUUCACUCUUACGAUCCGUAAAUCUGAGUCCAAGGAAAAAGUAGUUGCCCCUCCCAGAGUCACCUCUCCAGAGGCAAAAUCCCCUCUUGCUAAAUCCCCUGAACCUGUGAAAUCUCCUCAGAGAGUGAAGUCUCCUGAGCCAAUCAAGUCACCUCAGAGAGUGAAGUCUCCAGUCUCACCAAAAUCCCCUACUCCAAAAUCCCCAACACCAAAGUCCCCUACUCCAAAAUCCCCAACUCCAUCUGAGAAGGAACGAGUGACCUCUCCAAUCAAGUCACCAAAGAGAGUGAUGUCACCAACUCUUGAAAAGAAGCCAGCCUUCUCUGUCAGUCUGAGCGACGUCACUGCAACCUCUGACUCUAUUGUCAAGCUGUCAGUGAAGGUGACAGGAGAGCCCAAACCUGCAAUCUCAUGGUUGAAGAACGGAAAGGCUCUGUCUCAGGGUGGGAAGUAUGAAAUUUUUGAGGAGUAUGGCUCAGCUUACCUUGAGAUCUAUGAAUCAGAAGUCUCUGAUAGCGGGGAGUACAAGUGCACUGCAACUAACAGUGCUGGAGUAGUGUCAACAACCUGCACAGUCACUGUACGAGGCUCAAAAAUCUCUGAGGAGGUUGUGAAAAAGGAAAUGGUCCAUGAGGAGGUCCUGUCCUCUGUGAGGGAGGUCAAGUCCUCCCACAGCCAAAUGUCCAUUACAGAGGGCCAGUCUCUGACUCUGAGGGCCAACAUCCCUGGGGCCUCUGACAUCAGGUGGAUCCUGAAUGGGGUUGAACUGGCCAGUUCAGAGCAAUACAGAUACGGAGUGUCUGGAAACGAGCAGACCCUGACCAUCAGGUCAGUUGGCCAGAGCGAGCAAGGGAUCAUCACGUGUCAGGCUCAAACACAGCAAGGCCUGGUCCGGUGUCAGUUUGAUACUGUGCUCUCAGCCAAGCGCUCAGAUGCACCCCACUUCCUGGUGCAGCCCAGGUCCCAGAAUGUGAAUGAAGGAGAAAAUGUCAAGUUCACAUGUGAACUUGCAGGAGAGCCUUCACCUGAGGUGGAGUGGUUGAAAGACAACAUGAUUAUGUCUGUCACAUCAAACAUUAGACUGAGCUGCUCUAAAAAUGUGUACACUCUGGAGAUCUGUGAAGCCACAGUUGCAGACAGUGGGAAAUACACGAUAAAAGCCAAAAAUCUUUUUGGACAGUGCUCUGCAACAUCGUCCCUCAACGUCCUCACUCUUGUUGAAGAACCAACAAAAAUGAUUAUUGUGGAGCAAAGAGCUUCUACUGAUGCUGCUGCCAGCAUGCAGAAAGGUUUCUCAGCCUCGUCAGUUCAUAUGGAGACGGCUUCCAUGCAGGCCAGCAGUCGCAGCAGCAGCAGCAGCUCCCGCUCUGCAGCUGCCCAGUACUCGUUUGAGAGCAUGUCUGCGAGUAGCAUGUCUGCCAUGAUGGCUGAGUCACUGGUUUCCAUUAGCUCCAGCAGCCAAAUGAUGGAAAUGUCUGCUCACUCGCAUGUUGAGGCCUCCUCUUCCUCCUCCUCCUCGCUGAGGGCCCUCACCACUGGGGUUAAAAGAGGCACUCCACCAAAGAUCGAAGCCCUUCCACAGGAUGUCAGUGCUGAGCCAGGGAAGUCCCUGACGGUGGCAGGGGUGUUCUCCGGAGACCCCGCCCCCUGCAUCCAGUGGGUCCGCUCCGGUCGGACCCUUCCCAACGGGGACGAGCGGUACCACGUGGAGAACACCGCUGACCUCUCCACUCUCGUGAUCUCUGCGGUGAAGGAGGACGACGCCGGAGCAUACACACUCCGACUGAACAACGAGCUCGGCUCCGACUCGGCAACUGUCAACAUUCACAUUCGGUCCAUGUAAAAAAAAGAAGAAGAAAAAAAAAAGAUAAUUUAUAUCCCCCGUUUCCCUGAUCCAGAACCUUUUUAUUUAGUGAAUUAGCAACGAUAAUCUACUUGAUAAAGAUCUGGGUUUCUGUUCUUGUAAAUAUGAACUAUUUUUGUACCAAUCUUGACAUUAAUUUAUGCCAAACUAGACUAAAGUCUAAAGUUGUUAUAAAAUGUGCCAUAUUGGACAAUUAUGACUUAGGAUUUUUGAACCACUUUUCUGUGACAUGUACAUAAUGUAUAUAGCCGAAUUUAACGGUUAUGGGAAAUGUAUGCAUUGUUAUUUAUGACAAUAAUAUUAACUGAAACAAAAGAACAAAUGUUUUAACAGGAGAAAGUUUCACCAGGAACGAAUACCCUGUCAAACCAAGAAACUAAACUCUGUGCCUCAACAAUAAGUUGAAGUCUGUAAGAUUGCCUCAACAGGUGGAGAGGCUCCCUGUUGAUGUUCUGAACCAGAAACAGAAAGACAAAGUUAUUGUUUUGGACACGCAUCUGUGCGUGUGAUAUUUCCUAUGAGUUGUACCAUGAGCAUAAGACCCUGAGUGCUGUUUGCAUUACCCUCAUGUAAGCAGCAUGAACUGGCCUUGUGCUCAGACUGACUGAGUCACACCACCAUGAUUUGAUGACCUGCUGAGAGCGCGAGCGGCCUGCACUCUCAGCAUUUAGAUCAUUUUAAUAAGGAGCGCUGCUUCUGUCACAGAACAGCCGGAUUGGCUUUUCAAAACAUAACAUCUCCUGGCCUUAAAAGAAGAAAGUCAAGGCCGGUUCUGCUGUGCAGAAGCAGCGCUGUCUCUUGGAGGAUAGUUAGGUAACCUGUUUGUGUGUUUGAGUGCGAGUGUUUUUAGCUUGUAGAUCUUUCACUUGUCAGUAGUCAGGGUCUUCUUCAUUCACCACAGUGAUUCCAUCUGCUGUGAAAGAGACAAAGAGAAGAGCAGUUAUGUUUUACCCUGCACUUUGAUUUAAUUGAUCUGUUGAUGUAGAACUAUAUUUCAUCCUCCUUGAGUUUUAUGCAUUACUGAUUUAAUAAAGCAUGAUUUCAGCACUACA